UGAAGAGCUGCUAAAGCGCGCGGCGGAGAACACCUCACGGGACACGCAGGGAGAGAGAGAGAGCUCGCGAUCUCACACGGCAGCGGGCGGUGACUGCCCUGUGCCCACCCCGCCCGAACAAGCGGACACUAUAACGAAAGCCAAAGCAAAUAAACCGUGUAAAUAUAGUGAAAACAAGUGGUGUCCGGCGGGCGGUGAUAUUAGUGUAAAGAAGCCCUGUUUGCUGACAGGAGACAAUAAACCGGGUGGAUUAGGGGUAGAAAAAAGCCCGCAUGAUCAAUAAACGUCUGCCCCCCUAGCUUUGAGGAGGUGAAGAAGUUGAGGAGGGUGGGGCGGAGUGGGGGAAGGCCAGAGCAGAGGUUGGUGCGCUAUUGAGGCAGUGCGUGUGUUGCGACGUGCACGGGCCUGCCUGUCUGCGCGCUCACGCGCCCCUUGUACGCUUUAACGUUACUCUCUGUCUCCUCCCUCCCCCUCUCGCAGGUUAGCAGCUUUCGGAGGAGAUCUCGCUGACGUCACAGCCCUCGCGAGAUUCGACAAAAGCGCUGCUAGAACCCAGCAGCAAGCAGCGCAGUGUCCGUACAAGAAGGAGGAGGCCGGGGAAGACAUGAUGAUGAUGGAGCCGCCGUUACCGCCAGCACCCUCACAGGACCCGCAGCAGCAACCGCCGCCACCGAGCAGAACCCACGAAGAGGAGGAGGACGAGACAGCAGAAGUGGUAGAGAAGAUCCCGAGCCAGGUCACGAACGGGAGCCACGGGCCGAGCAGCGAAGCCCCGGCCGAGCUCAGCAAGUCUGCCCGCGGCCUGGUCAGGAUGUGCGACCUGCUCCUCAAGAAGAAGCAACAGCGACAGCGGAGACACCAGGGCAGCGACGCCUCGCCCACCGGGGCCCUGCUCCCCCCGGGACACAGCUGCCGGCAGAAAAGGAGCCGGAGCAGCCGCACCGCCAGCAGCAGCGACACCGACAAGAGCAGCGAGAGUGGCGGCAGCAGCAGCAGCCAGGAAGAGGAGGAGGAGGAGGAAGAGGUGUCCGAGGUGGGCAGUGUGUGUGUCUGGGUGUGACUGAGAGACGAUAUGGAGGAGGGGGGGGGGGGUAAACUCACUAAUGAGCUGUGGGCUCCUCCACAGAUAUUGAGGCAGUAAAUGCCCGCACUGGCCUGAGGAGCUGCGUUAGCCAGGUAGGCCUUGACACUGGAUCCUCAUGGCAAGCCAUGCAUUUCCCUCACAGCCCUGGAAGUAGUAGAAACUUACAGCUAAACUUGUCCUUUAAGGCAGUUUCUUGGGGCGCACAUGGCACUGGAUACAUUGUACUGGGGGGAGAAAAACUUUGUUAGCUUUAUUUCCAACUAAUCACUCUAAAAACAAACAAACUACCCCCAUUAUAGUCAAUUUGUGUUAGGUUUGUUUGGCCCAUUCUCGCUGUGACAAUUGUCAGUGAAAAUAUUAAGUGUAGCGGCCUUCACUUUUUUCUUUCUUUUUUUUUUUUUUUUUAAAACUAUGACAUAAAUAAUUAUAUUCUCAUACUGCAUGUGCAGUAUAGUAAAACUGCAUAGUGUAUGAAAACAAAAAUCAGAGGCCUUUGUAGCCAUGGCUUUUUUUUUUAUAUAUAUAUAUAUAUAUAUAUCUCUUAAAGAACAGUUAACUAGGGUGUAGGUCAUAAGAUAAACACUUACGUUUAAAGAAAAAAAAUAUAAAACCAUUUCAAUGCCUUUGUUUCUAGUAACAUAAAAUUCCCAUUUAAAUUUUUUUUUUUUUUAUUAUUAUACGUGUUUUGGACAACAGAGUUUGGCAUUACAAUCUGUAGUAGUAGAAUAAUAAACACAUGUAUAAAUGGCCUGCCAUACAUGGAAUGAGUACAUUUUAUUUCCAAAUUACCUAGUUUUGUGCACCAUAAAGUGUUUGGGUAGGGCUGCAACAAGUGUCUGAGUCACACAGUUUGUAGUAGCCAUCAGGGUUUUCUUGUGUUUUUGCAUACUUGAUGUGUUUUUGUUUUUUUUCAUAUUAUACAGAAUUUGGACACAUCUGUUUUUGCUUUACAUUUGUCUUAGUUGGUGGGUUCUUCAUUUACGAAUGCCUUUACAAAAAUAGUUAACUGGGAAUAAGUGAUAUAGUUGUAUUUUUCCAGGCAUAGGUUCACUUUGUAAAUUAUUGGUCUGUCAACCAAUGUUGAUAUGCAAAGUACAGUGCAUUUAACCCCUUAAAGACUAAGACCUUUGUCAACAUUACCAAAAUAAAAACUUCUUGUUCAACUGUGAUUUUCCACUUUUGUAUGUCAUGUACAGAUACACAUUUUUUAUGGGUUUUAAAAUACAGGCAGUUUUUGCUCUUUUAUAACGAGUACAUUUAUACUAAAAUGAGAAAGGUAAUAAAAUAUUUCAAACACAAACAAUUGGAUAAGUGGCGCUAAACAAAAAAUAGAUAACAAAUCCCAGUGCGUCUAAAACCAAACCAGUGUUUGUCACCUUAAAACACUUACAUUAAAGGACCACUAUAGUGCCAGAAAAACAUACUUGUUUUCCUGGCACUAAAGUGCCCUGAGGGUGCCCUCACCCUCAGGGUCUCCCUCCUGCCCGGCUCUGGGGAGAGGAAAGGGGUUAACUUACCUUUCUCCAGCGCCGGGCGGGGCGCUCUCCUCUCCGCCUCCCCUCCUCCCUUUUGGCUGAAUGCGCAAGAGCUGCGCGCACAUUCAGCCGGUCUCAUAGGAAAGCAUUUACAAUGCUUUCCUAUGGACGCUUGCGCAUUUUCACAGUGAGAAUCACGCAAGUGCCUCUAGCGGCUGUCAAUGAGACAGCCACUAGAGGAUUUGAGGGCUGGAUUAACCCAUUUAUAAACAUAGCAGUUUCUCUGAAACUGCUAUGUUUAUAAAAAAAUGGGUUAACCCUAGCUGGACCUGGCACCCAGACCACUUCAUUAAGCUGAAGUGGUCUGCGUGCCUAGAGUGGUCCUUUAAUACAAAUGGAUACAGGGGAAGGUGGUUUUGCGCACACAAUGGAUGCUUUGAUGAGAUAAUCUGCAACAUAGACAGCUAUCAUAGGGCAAUAUGCAUAAACCAAUAACUGGUAUAGGAAAUAAUUAGGAGCACUCACACUUUAGAGAGCCAUAUGAGUCGGCUCUCUACUGUAGUAGCAUGUAGAAUACUCUGUAGUUGAAAUGUUCCUCCAGGAACAAAAGUCUGGAUACAAUCAAGAACCAAAAAUAAAAUUAUGAAUAAAGUAUUUUAUUUGGAAAUAAAAACUGGAUAAGCACAACGCGUUUCUACCAUUCAAAAGGGUCUUCCUCAGGUGCAAUACUAGUACAAACCUGCAGUAUACUUUUAUACCUAACUAAAUUACAAAAUAACACACACGUGAAAAAAUAAAACCCCACCCACCCAGACCCAUAUAUGGGAAUUCCGGCUCCCAUUCCCCUCCCAAAAUGGAGUCCUUGCAUUAUAAGUUCAUAUAGGGUGACCUUUUCAAGAUGGUGGUUUGGUUCGGAUGUUUGCCGUGGGUGGGGUUUUAUUUUGUCACGUGUGUGUUAUUUUGUAAUUUAGUUAGGUAUAAAAGUAUACUGCAUGUUUGUACUAGUAUUGCACCUGAGGAAGACCCUUUUGAAUGAUCGAAAUGCGUUGUGCUUAUCCAGCUUUUAUUUCCAAAUAAAAUACUUUAUUUAUAUUUAAAUUUUGGUUCCUGAUUGUAUCCAGACUUUUGUUCCUGGGGGACCAUUUCAACUACAGAGUAUUCUACAUGCUACUACAGUAGAGAGCCGACUCAUAUGGCUCUCUAAAGUGUGAGUGCUUCUAAUUAUUUCCUAUACCAGUUAUUGGUUUAUGCAUAUUGCCCUAUGAUAGCUGUCUAUGUUGCAGAUUAUCUCAUCAAGCAUCCAUUGUGUGCGCAAAAUCACCUUUCCCUGUAUCCAAUAAAAUAUUUCAGAUCGUUUUUUUAUUUUUUUUAUUUUAUUGUAAAUAGUGCAGCUAAUGAAAAUACAGCAAAACAUAUUUUAUCUUGAUUUUCGAGGUACCUCAUUUGCAUAGGUUUAUCAUUUUUUGCCAUUUAAUAAUGUAAUGCUACAGAAUUGUGCAAUUAUAGAGGUCACAAAACCUAAAACAUGCAUAGUAACUGCGUGUGUGUAUACAUAUCUCUAUAUCUACGGUCAAGAUUUCCAUUAGUCCUAUACGUGUGUGCGCGUGUAUGUAUACACACACAAUCACAGAAAUGGAAAGAAUAUGUGCACCCACAAGUCUUGAAAUUGCAUUAAAAUAAAUAAAUAAAAAAUUCCUUUUUAUUGCAUGCCUCUGUUUCGGGCCUCCAAGUUUAAGAAAGGACAGAAAGAGUUCUGAAAUGUUGACAUGCAUAUAUCACGAUUGGCGUGUAGAAAUUCACCCCUGGUGAAUGUGCUAUGGACCCUCCAAGCUUUCGUCCCCCAAUGCAAGCAAGGAUUUAACUCUGAUCUUGCUAAAGUGGAAACCAGUUGAACCAGCAGACAGUUGUUAUAUAGAGCGCCCAAAAAUCCCAUUGUAAAUGUAUGUCUUAAGAUGAUCAAUUUUUCCUCAAACUUUAAAAAGGCUUGUCUCUCAUGACAAUAUAUUUCUUCUGACACACAAAGUAUUGCACUUGGAAAGGUAGGGGUUCUUUCUUAGAGAACUCAGUAUUGUUACUCAUCUCCUAUCUCAGUUUAGUGUGUGUAAUGUGUAUGUGUAGUGGUUCCAUGUGUUUUUUCUACAUCCUGCUUAUCUUUCUGCAAGGUUACAAUUCAUGGUGGUUCAGUAGGCUAAAUGUUCUAAUUGUCUCCAGCUGGUGGACACACACAGUAAUGGCUGCUUCCAGUCCUAGUGCUCAGUGAUAAUUCAGAGUGCAGUUUGCGGGUGGCUGUGUUUUUAAAGGAGCACUAUAGGGUCAGGAACACAAACAUGUAUUCCUGACCCUAUAUGGUUAAAACCACCAUCUUGCCUCCUUAAAUAUAGUAAUAUCUUACUUUUAUUCAAGCCUGAAGCUGCAGGCUUUGUCCCGGUUUCCUUUUGACCUGCCUGCUAACUUCAUCAGAAGUGGUACAUGAUCCAAUCACAAUGCUUUCCCAUAGGAUUGGCUGAGACUGACAAAGAUCAGGGGCAGAGCCAGCAUGAUUGAAACACAGCCCUGGCCAAUCAGCAUCUCCUCUUAGAGAUGAAUUGAAUCAAUGAAUCUCUAUGAAGAAAGUUCAGUGUCUGCAUGCAGAGGGAGGAGACACUGAAUGUUUGGAUGCAUUUUUCUCUGAAAAGACAGUUUUUACAGCAAAAAGCCUGAAUGUCAUUAUUCUACUCGCCAGAACAUAUUCCAUAAGCUGUAGUUGUUCUGGUGACUAUAGUGUCCCUUUAAGUCAUUUAGUGAGCACCAGUAUUGCAAAAAGUGGUCUGCGCCUCCAGUUCAUGCAGACCAUACUCCCUUUUGGCAGCAUUGCAAGCGGACACGUGGAGACUUUGGUUAUGAAUAUAGACUUUGGUAUUUUAACAUAGUGACUUAUAAUUUAUGCCAUACCUUGUGGAAGAUGAUAUAUUAUGGCAACUAUGUUAUUGCAAUCCAAUAACAAUCCUGUCUUAAGUUUCUUAUUUUUUUUCCAGUACAGUUGUGCCCUCUGCUCUUCUUAUCUCUCUACCUUCCAUGACAUCAUGGAGGAGGCAUGGCCUCCAGUAUGAUGGUACAAUCCGUGCUUAUAGAGGAGCAUUGAGGACAUGAUGCACAUGGUUUCCAAAUGCAUCCAAGCUUCUGAUUCAUUGCUUUCCAAGGGGGAUUUUGUAUUUAAGGGAUACUGUAGUGCCAGGAAUACAUAGCUGUAUUCCCAGCACUAUGGUUCACCCGGUCUCUCCCCUCCCUCGCGACCCGCUUCUCCCCAGUAAAUUAAGGGUUUACUUACCUGAUCCCAGUGUUGACGUCCCUCGUUGCUGGGUUGAGACUCUGCCCCUCCAAUGUCCUGUGACGAGCAGGCUCUAAUGCACAUUCAUGGCAAAUGCUUCGCGCAUUUGACCUCCCCAUAGUAAAGCAUUGAAUCUGUAGGUUCUCAUGCAGAGUGUGAGGACAUCCAGUGUCAGAUACUGGACCAAAGUUCCGUUUUAAACCAGGAAGCCUUCUAGUGGCUGUCUGGUAGACAGCCACUAGAGGCUGACUUAGUGCUUCAAUGUAAACUUUGCUGUUUCUUUAAAAAAAUAAGGAUCGGUGAAUGAGUUUGUGCAAAGAAAUGCAGAAAUUAAAGAAUGAAAGCUAUAACAUUAUUUAUUAGUAGGCAAAUGCGUGACGUUAUGAGGUGCCUAGUGUGAAAAGCAAAUUAAAAAAGAAAAGGAAAAUGUAAAUCCUCAGAUUUUGAAGAGUUUAACUACUGCUGUGGUUUGAUCUAUAUUUCAUGUAAUUCCUUGCUGGGCAGCGGUUCAUGGUAUAAAAACAUACACCAGAAGGAAACUCUUGCAAUUGGUGACGCUCCCCAUGCUUUAUUUUUCUACUCAAUGGACUCCGUACGAAACUGCAUUAAAGAAACCAGAUGCUACUGGGGACAGGGAGAUCUGGUGCUGUAGAGCAAGCUUUGGUGUUAAACUGACCUUUUAAUCCCUUCAUUGAACUCUAGGUGCCACAACAACUUAAUUUUUUGAUUUGUUAUGGUGCAAUCACAGUUCCUUUACCUUUUAAAGGACAACUAUAGUGCCAGGAAAACAUACUUGCCGGGCUCUAGGGUAAGGAAGGGGUUAAAAUUUUACCCUUUUCCAGCGCCGGGCUCCCUCUGUGCUGGGGAAUCUUCUGCUGUCAUCGGCUGCAUGCGCGGCAAGAGCCACUCACGCAUUCAGCCAGUCUCAUAGGAAAGCAUUCUCAAUGCUUUCCUAUGGACGGCAGCGUCUUCUCACUGUGAAAACCACAGUGAGAAGCGCAUCUAGCGGCUGUCAAUGAGACAGCCACUAGAGGCUGGAUUAACCCAUUUGUAAACAGAGCAGUUUCUCUGAAACUGCUAUGUUUACCUCAGAAAGGGUUAAUCCUAGAGGGAACUGACACCCAGACCACUUCAUUAAGCUAAAGUGGUCCUUUAAUGAAGGGAAUGAACACUAGAUUUCAUUUUUGAAAUAUUUAUUUUAAAAGUUGUUAAUCAAUGCUCCUUUUAAUUUUGAUCUACAAAUCUAUGAAGUGUAGUUUUGUACUCAUCAUGGCAUGCUCCACUGGAACAUCCAGUAAUUUUUCAAAACUAUUUUUAUAUUCACAAUUGGUGAUGAUUGUCACAAAAUAAUUACUUGUAUUUAUAAUAUUUAUCUGGUUUUAAGAAAAACAUUGUUUUCACUCAGCGUAUAUUUUGUGCUAACCCUGCUGAUUUUUUCAGUUGCUUGUUUAUGAAGGUAAAGCAGAGAAUGUUGCAGUUUUGUCUUCUGUGAAUGCUACAUACACUGGUUAUUUUAAAGGUAAAGUUUACCUCAUGUAAAUUAAGUUAUGGUGCCAGGAAGCCCCCAGGCAUAAUUUUACCUCAAGAGGUUAAACUCCAAAGCUGCCGCCAGCGCUGAUCUCCGCUCCCCCCUGGCAAAAUCUGGCUUCUGAAAUUUGUUUCAGGAAGAGUGAAGUGCUGUCGAGGAGAGGCGCCUUAACUGGCUUGGAAAAGGUAUGUUUCUUUCUAAGCCAGUUUUAUGAAUAGGGAGUCACGACCGAGACCCAGAGGAAAUAAAGUGGACCCUUGACUUGCCCCAUAGGCUACUAGCGAGCAGAGUAUCUGUGUGCUGUGGAAUCAUUGCUCCAUCUUUUACUUUGGACAGCCAUUUCUUAUCUCAAUUUUCUCUGCAAUUGUCACAUGUACUGUGUACCAUCCGAUGACAUAAGCUUGAUGACAAGGGUUAAGGCAUGUAUGAUCAGUUUCAAGUGUGUCUGUAUGUGUUGUGAUUGGGGAUCUGCUAUAAAUCAUAUGAGUGAUUGCCACAUUAGAGUGUGAAGUGGCUUAAGGUGCAUGAAUGCACCUAUGGCACUCACCUUUGAGUGCUCAGAGGCUUGCCCUUUAGGUCAGUUUUACAGUGCCUUACUUGGCAUUGCCAAAAGGUCCGGGACAGAGUUUGAAAUAGGAGUGUUUUUAGAGUGAUAAAACUUAGUGAUAUCUGUGAAAGCGCAGUUUAUGUGAAAAAUAGAAGGAAGGAAAAACUAGUGAUGGAAUUAGGUGUUAGAAAAAGAAUUGGAGAAGAUAUGCUGCUUGAAUGCAUUACAGCUGCUAUAAAGCAUCCAGUUAGUGUUAUGAUCUUUAUAUGACAGCAAAAGGUGUGAGCAGAUUUUGUGUUAAUAGCAAAAAAAAUUAUACCAGUGAGAUACUAGAGCCAUAAAAUGGCCAGGUAAUGGCUCUGACCUGAAACCAAUAGAACUUUUGUGGAGCUGAUUAAAAGAAACUUGUUAGACAGAAGCAACCAAGGAAUAAGACAAUUGAUAAGCGUAAUCAUACCAAAUUGGUAGCACAUUUUUAAAAUCUGAUUAAUUAAAACACUUGUUAGGCUUUGAUUGCAGAAAAAGAUCUCCAGAGUCCAUACUAACUGAAAUGGUUAGAAGUUAUGAAAUGGGCUAUACCAUGGUUUUGUGUUUAGAACUUUUUUAAAUGCUUUAAAAAGUAUCUAGUAUUACAUCCUGGAUUCAUUUGUUUUAUAUGUAGAUAGAGAGUUUAUGGUAUUCUAAAAUAGACAGGUAAACUUGCAAUUUACUGUAUGUGUUGGCUGAUAAGUCGACAUUUUAGGCAUAAAAAAAACCUCUCCCUAAAACUAGCUGUUGACUAAUAUGUCAAGCACAAAGUUGCUGAUACAUGGGCGAGAUGAAAAUAAGGCCUUGGCUUAAUACUUUGAUACACGCAGUGUUUUCACCCUUCUCCCACCUGUUUAUCACUUGCAACUUCUAUUCUGGAGAAAUAGCAGUAAUGGCAAGCAAAUUAUAUCACCCAAUCAUGCUUGGAAGCCAUUAAUUACUUUUUAUACACAAAUUCCAGGAAAACUAGUGGAGGAUAAGCUGGAGAAAGAUAUGCCGUCAAACACAUACACACCUAUCUGCAAAACAAAAGUAAACUACACACUUAUGUUUUUUUGUUUUUUUUGUUUCAUUUACUGACCAUCUUAUUAAUCAUAGAAAAUAACCAUAAAUCAUAACGGGAUACAGAAAGCUAAGCAUUAAAAAGCCUUUAUGGAACUGAACUAUGUGUUUACUUCUGCUGCCUAGCCUAGAUCCAAAAGUUUCACAUUCUUUUGAGAGUAGACUUGUCCAUCUAAUAAAGGCCUAAACCUAUAUACCACCUCUUAAAAAAAAAAAAAAAAAAAAAAAGUUUCAUCCUCCUCCCUGACUAAAAUUCUGACACAUGCAGUACAUUUUUACCAACUCAGACUGACCUUUCAGUAACCCAAAACAGCCCUGCUCUUUGUCCUCAGUUCCAAUUGUCAUUCCUGGAGGAAUGAAUGGCUGAAAGAGUUAAACUGACUCUCAGCCAAUCACUGACUCCCUAUUAAUAAAACUGGCUUGAAAAGAAACCUACCUUUUUUCAAGUACUACAGGUGCUUCUGCUGCACUGACAGAGUAAAGCUUGGUUACAUGAUGCAGAAGUCCUGUAGUAAAGUAUUGAUUCAUUGCUUCUUGUGCCUGCAUCGCUCGCCGAACACGCACUUUAGGUCUGGAUUGGACCACAUUAGAGGAGACUUUGCCUCCUCCAUAGUGGCAGUGUCAAUGAAGUCUCGAUGCUGUAACAAGGUGGGUGGUAACUGCCUACAAGUGUAGGAACAGGAACACAAUAGCAUAAGGAAUACAGAUUUAUAUGCCUAAUACUAAUGUGUUCCUUUAAGGGAAAUUACUGAUUAGUUUAAAUUUUAAUCCGAUUAGUUGAUUUUACAUUAGAGAAAUGUAAUGCCAAUGUGUUAUGUUUGCAGAACAGUUAAAAAGAAUCCAGAGUCAGUAGUAAUUUCCUCCCCUUGUUAAACACAAUACCUUGCUGCAUUGAAAGCCUUGACCACUUUGUUUUGACUCAUUCAGCUUUUGUUUAGUCCUAGCGGCUUCUUUGUAAGCCUGAGCUAUUUGUUUUCCCCAGUAUGAUGAUUUAGAGAAGUUUGGGUAAUGCUAAAGUCUUUGAAUUAAAUUCAUAUCGUGAACAGAAUGUUACUUUCUCUUAAAGGAUCAGUAGGGUCAGGAAUAUAUAUGUUUAUUCCUGACCCUAUAGUGCUAAACCCACCAUUUAUGUGGCUUGCCUUCAAAAGGCAGUUUUUACAUGAUGUGCCUGAAGGGAGCUAUUAUACUCACCAGAACAACUACAUUAAGCUGUAGUUGUUCUGGUGACUAUAGUGUCCCUUUAACCUGUCUGAGGUUUGACAGGUUGUAACAUUUAGUGUGUGUGUUUAUAAAAUAUUCUUCAAUGCAGCUCUAUGAGGAGAUGCUAAUUGGUGCAGCGCUGCAUUUUUCAUCGCAUGCACAAUAGCUUCUCAAUGCUUUCCUAAUGUCAGGUUUCAUAAUCUCGGCCAAGGAGGCUGAGUGGUGCGGCGCUAGCAUAAAUGCAAGUAAAUUCCCUUUUUAUAGACAGAUGAGGGUGCUAGGCUCCUAAAUAGUGUUAUUACAACUAUAGUUUCAGGAAUACAUGUUUGUAAGCCUGACACGAGUGUUCCUUUAAUGAAAGUACAGCACCAGAGGACUUCAUACACUAGAAUCACUUUGAUGAGGUCAAGCACAGUGCCCACAGUUUCCCUUUAAAGGACCACUAUAGUGCCAGGAAAACAUACUCGUUUUCCUGGCACUAUAGUGCCCUGAGGGUGCCCCCACCCUCAGGGACCCCCUCCCGCCCGGCUCUGGAAGGGGAAAGGGGUUUAAACUUACCUUUUUCCAGCGCUGGGCGGAGAGCUCUCCGCCUGCCGGGCUGAAUGCGCACGCGCGGCAAGAGCUGGCGCGCAUUCAGCCGGUCACAUAGGAAAGCUUUCAUAAUGCUUUCCUAUGGACGCUGGCGUGCUCUCACUGUGAAAAUCACAGUGAGAAGCACGCAAGCGCCUCUAGUGGCUGUCAAUGAGACAGCCACUAGAGGAUUAGGGGGAAGGCUUAACCCAUUGAUAAACAUAGCAGUUUCUCUGAAACUGCUAUGUUUAUGAAAAAAUGGGUUAACCCUAGCUGGACCUGGCACCCAGACCACUUCAUUAAGCUAGAGUGGUCCUUUAAAUCUGAAAAACCUUUUUGACAAGUAAUACCUGAAUUCAGUGUUUAUUUCUGUGUUCCACAUCUCUUGAAUCUCUUGAAUUUUUUAUGUGAAUAUUAAAAGGUUUCUCCAACCCUUUUUGUUCAUAGAAUGUCUUAUUUGAUUUAUUCUAUCUGUCCCCCUCCCCAAAAAAAAUACUUUGGCGUUUUUAAAUAAAUCUCAAUUUAUGUUACUCCAUCACCAGGCGAGACUCCUCCUCAGCGCAGACCUAUCGGCCAACAUAGAGAAAGCCUUUGAUUGGAGUAUUUAACGUGCUCAGAGUGCACGUGCAUUCUCUGAACCCACGAGGGAGUGGAAAGAGGAUGGUGGAGUGGGAAAAAAAAGUGAUGGGAAUAGGGAGGCUAGGAUAGGUGCAGUAAGUGUGGGCGUCAGAGCAGAUGAGAGGCUCCCAUUGCUGCUCUGUCUGUUGCCAGCAUACUGAUGACAAAAACAAAAUUGACAUUUGGCAGUCCAGAAUAGAUUUCUGGCUCCAAAAGUCACAUGUGCAGUAUUUAAAACUGAAACAAUCCACAGCCAUCCUCCUACCACCAUGACCACUUCAAAAAGCUGAUGUGGAGUAACCCUUUAACUUUUAUGUUGGCUUUGAAGUUAUCUGAACGAAUACAUUUCAAAGGGCAUAUGGCAUUUCUGGCUUUUACUCAAGUAAUUGCAAGAUUCACCAUUUUGUUAUAUUGAUUUCUCAUGCCAUGUGUUAUUUUUACGGAUUUAUUUCUUCGUGCUAACGAGUGCAUGUCAUGCCUUCCAAUUGUAUCUCUGGUAUUUCCUCCUUACCAUAAUAGUGUUGACUUAUCAAACGAAAACAAAAUUGUAUUUAUUAUAUCAUUGAAACUUUAUACAUUAUGUAUAAUGGUGCAUAUAUUAUGCACCAUUAUACAUUCCUGAGGAUGUUGUGGCACCACCAUCUAUAUUUCCUUCAGUCUGUUUCAGCAGGAACACUGCUUUUGGAGUGUCCUUCUCGCAAUUGGAGUCCUGUAGGUAAGCACAAUAUGUUUGGUUGCUUAAUCUUUUCCUUUGUGCUGCUAACUGCCUUGUGUAUUGUACUAUGUCAUAUUGUUAAAUAAUUUGCUGUAAAAACUAGGGAUCAAUUGACAGCAUUUUUCCUAAGCCGAUGCAGAUUAUCUGUUGCCUUUCAGGCCGAUUCCUAUAUAUAAUUUUGUCAAUUGUAUAUGCUACAGUGCAUGUGUGGUGGGCAUUGAUACUUUAAAAGAGUAUUUGAUUUUGUGGUGUUUUAUUGGGAGCUAUGUUUGUAAAAUUCACUGUUACCUCCGCUUGUAUUAUGAAACAUCCAUCAGGCACAAAAUCUGUUGCCCAUAUGGGAGUCAUCAGUUUGUGUGAAGUGCACUUGUCAUGCCAAAUAUAAUGGUGACAUAAUACAGGAUUACAGUUGUAUUGGUAAUUCUUGAUAAGUUACUACUAGUGAUCGACCGAUUUUUGGUCUGGACAAUAUCUGGUGAUAUUCGGCAUUAUCAGUAUCUCCCUGUAAUACAGAUAAUGCUGGUGGCAGUGGAGGCUCAGCACGCACACUGUCUUCAGCUCCUCUCACCAACUCUCGUAAACCCACAGCCAUCGCAAGAGUUGCAGUGAGGAUCUGCUAUCAUCUCCCCCAGCAGCUCCCAAUUCAGUAUAAAAACCCCUGGCAUUCUGCACUGAACCAUCAGGUAGUUAAAUGUCCUGCUCCCUGGCCACAGAUAAACCGGGGAGGGAGAGGUAUAAAGUAUAAUAAUAAUAAUAAUAAUAAUAAUAAUGUCACAGAAUCCUAGAAAAAGAUUAGAAUGUUAAACAAAAAUCUGCACACCAGUUAAGCCAUAAGACUUUCUUUUCCCACAGAAAUCACAAAUUUGCAGUGAUUUUACUACCGCAAAGGAUUCUGGGUGGGCAUAUGCAAAUUAUUUCAAAUCCUUUGUGGUGGUAAUAUCAUUGCAAAUUUGUGAUUUCUGUGGGAAAAGAAAGUCUUAUGGCUUGACUGGUGUGCAGAUUUUUGUUUAACAUUGUAUUAACUAUCCACAGACUUCAGAUGGAAGGAAGGGCUUUUCAAUCAUUUUUUUUUCCCCACCAUAACUAUAUUGUGUGUGUAUGUAUGUAUGUAUAUAUGUAUGUAUAUAUGUGUGUGUGUGUGUGUGUGUGUGUAUGUAUAUAUAUAUAUAUAUAUAUAUAUAUAUAUAUAUAUAUAUAUAUAUAUAUAUAUAUAUAUAUAUAUAUAUAUAUAUAUAUAUAAUAUUGUGUGUGUGUAGAUAAUUUCUCACACACCACAUCCACUUCACUCAUAUUCUUAAAAAGAUAAAAAAAACUGAAAAAAACCACAAAACAUUGCAUAAGAAACAUGUUCAGGUAAUUGCUGAUUUGCAUGAAAACUGUAAAUGUACAUGUUAUCUGACUGAAAGGCCACAGAUAAUCGGUGUCGAUCCCUAGUUACUACCAAAAGGUGUGAAGGAUUAAAAGAAAGCUUUGACAGUACUAAUGCAUCCUGCUUGUAGGGCUUGUGGCACGACUUAACUUCGUGCAAGUUAAAAAAAUGGUAUUAACUAAAGUAAUUACAGUGAGUAAUGGAUCAGCAAUGGUCACUGCGUGUGUUUUUUUUUAUUUUAUUUUUUUGCAAACACAUCAUUGCUUAAUUACACUUUUAAGUGACUAUCAUAGCCUCCUGUCAUCAUAUACCAGGUGAAAUGGCAAAGGGGGUGAUACUAGGGAAUGGAAAAGCGGAGAAAUGGUUUUGGAGAGGUGGAAUGGGGAAGAGAAAUUGCUUAUAUGCACAUUAAAAGAUUACUAGGGUCAGGAACACAAACCUGUAUUCCUGACCCUAUAGUGAUAAAACCUCAAUCAAGCCCCUCAUCCCUCCAUAAAUAUAGCACAAUCUUACUGUAUUCAAGUCAGAAGCAGUGGAUCUGCAUGCUGUUUGCCUAAAAAAGGUGGAAGUGGUGGCCUGAUCCAAUCACAAUGAUUCCCCAUAGGAUUGUCUGAGACUGAUUGAAACACAGGCCUGGCCAAUCAGCAUCUCCUCAAAUUAUUUUUUUAAAUCUUUGUUUACACUGAAGGGAAUGUUUUGACUUUCCGUUGAAAGAGAGAUCAUACAAAAUAUUCUUUUUAAAAGCACGAAUGUUUAUUUUCACUUUAUCACUAUCACCAUUUUUUUUUAAUAAAUGUUUCCCAAAUUAGUCUGAAUGUAAAUAAAAAUGCCUUGUAUUUACAACGCAAUUUUUAACAUGUAAUGCUUCAUGUCUAUAUAAAGACAUUGACUGCAACUAUAUAUUGCUCAUUGGUAACAUAGGAGAGCUCUGUUCUGGGUCCAUAAUUGUCAUGGGACCUAUGUAAGCACUGGAAGUGGUUCCAUUACUAUCUACAAAAGGACUAUAAAAUUUUCUUUACUUUGAAAUGUUGAUGUUUACAUUUGUCUGUAAGGACACAUCUAAUGUUUGUAACUUCGCUACUUCAGGUGCUUCCUAUUAUAGGUCUGCAAUCUUUGCAGGACCUAUGUUUGGCAUCUUCGUGCUCUGCAAUCACACUCUGUACAGUAACAACACUGUACAUACUGGGAUCUCACUGAUUAUGUAAUGGCUGCUUGAGAGGUAGGAGUACGAUUGCUCACAGUAUGUUUAGUUAUUGCCAGGUUUGUGUAGAAGUUUGUGAAAGCCGCUAGAGGGGUUUGCGUGCUUCUCCCUGUGAAAAUCAGUGAGAAGACGCCAGCGUCCAUAGGAAAGCAUUGUAGCUGAAGUAUGUUUUCCUGGCACUAUAGUGGUCCUUUAAAUGACCUCAUACAAGUGUGAUUAUGUCCAACCUUGGAUAGCAUAGCUUUACUCCGCUAAUAUCCAGAAAGAACCAUUUAGUGGCUGUUUGAGAGAGAGCCACGAGUGGAAUUGGUCCAGAUAAAAAAACAAUGCGUUCUAUCUGAAAAAGGCAAGGCAACAUUGAGAUAAAGUGGUCUGGAUGCCUAUAGUGUCCCUUUUAUGAUUACAUUCUGAAGCCAAAAUCAAGUGACUCUAAACUUGCCCCUGUGAGCUCUCAAAUUAAAUGAACAAUAAGGUUCAAGUUCAAACUUAGUGCGAUCAGUGUAGCAAAAUUGGUAUAGAAUGUGCAAACGUAAGUCAAAAACUAGGGAUGCACUGAAAUGAAAAGUCUGCGCUCAAAUCGAAAAUUCAAGAUGUCCUUGGCCGAAAACCGAAAAUGACUUUUUCCCCAAAGGAUUUUAAAAUAGUUUUUUUUUUUUUUUUUCUAUAAUUUUAUUAAAGGGACUCUGCAUUACCAGGAAAACAAUCCGUUUUUUCCUGGCACUGCAGGUCCCCUCUCCUUCCCACCAUUCCUCCCCGGUUGCUGAAGGGGUGAAAACCCCUUCAGUGACUUACCUGAGACCCCUGCCGAUGCCCUCGGCGGUGAUUUCGGGCCGCCGCUGCUCCUCCCCUUCAUCAAGUCAGCUGGCGGGGGAGACUGAUCCUGCCCGCCGGGUGAUGAGACCUAAUGUGCAUGCACUGCAAUGCCGCGCAUGCGCAUUAGAGCUCUCCAUAGGAAAGCAUCGAAAAUGCUUUCCUAUGGGAAAUUGAGCGACGCUGGAGGUCUUCACACAGCGUGCUAUGAAGCCGGAAGUGCCCUCUAGUGGCUGUCUAUUAGACAGCCACUAGGGGAGAAGUUAACCCUGCAAGGUAAUUAUUGCAGUUUAUGAAAACUGCAAUAAUUAGUUGCAGGGUUAAGGGUAGUGGGAGUUGGCACCCAGACCACUCCAAUAGGCAGAAGUGGUGUGGGAGUUGGCACCCAGACCACUCCAAUAGGCAGAAGUGGUCUGGGUGCCUGGAGUGUCCCUUUAAUAUUAGACUUUUUAUUACACAGUGUGGGAGAUGGUGACUGGUGACCAUGACUGAGGGAGGGGGUGACUGGUGACAGAGUGAGUGUGUUAGAAAUACCAUAGCUUCUAUCUAUCUCCAUUACUUACAAUUAAGGAGGUGCUUAGUUACAGAAAGCUAAAUACAACAAUGUGGAUUUUAACAUUUACAUUUUAUAUCUGUCGUUACAAACACAUCUUUGUUAAACAUUGGGGAAAAUGUUUAAUCACAUUUAAAAAAAAUAAAUAAAAAAUAUAUUUAAAUUAAGAAUACUACUGGGCAGCACUUUUCCUGUGGGGCCCACCCUCUAUGUAGGGGGGAUGUGUCAAAGAAAAAUUGUGGAUUUAGCAAUCCGAAAGCUAACCCCUGCUUCCUCCCUCGUGGUCUAGAACGCCAGUUGAGGAAGUGUGGGCCUCUGCGUAACAUGGACGAUUCCAUUCUCGAAAAGGGUGUGUACUUUUUUGGAGAUUCUAUGUUUUCCCCCGCUGCCCCUGUUUGCUGCAUACCUUGCUCGUAGAAGGGGGCCACCUGGUGGGUGGAUCUAACAGCAGAGUUCCCCACACCCUGCUCCCCGCCGGAACCAGAGACCCCCAGCCCCUUUGCCGCCAGACUCUGAUGGUGAAUCCCAGGUAAUAGCUGGGAAGUUAACGGCAGCUGCGUUCAAUGGUUUCCCUCCCCCGUGAGAUUCCCUGUGACAGAUACCAUCCGGAGUUCCUCCCUGUCCUCCAUUUCCUGCCAGGGCAGGUCCCCGCCGGCAGCCCAGACUGGGGCCACCGGACACAGCCCGCUCACCUGGAAGCACAGGAGCUUCCCCACCCGAGAUCCAUGUCAUGGGGGCUGUUGGUGAUGGCAGUGCCGGGCUGGGGGUCUGUCAAUAGGAAUUGUGCAUCCCUGGUGUAAUUUUUUGGCAGAUUUGACUAAUUUUCGGCUAAAAUGGGAUAGAUCCAUUUUUGGCCAAAAUUUCGGCGCAUCCCUAUCAAAAAUUUAAAUAUGGAUGAACAAAAUUUAAAAUACCUAUGUCUUUAUUUGUUUGGGUUCCUGCAAUGGCUAACAAACGCAGCUGUAUCCAGUAUCCAUCAUUCUUCCUUUAGAUCUCAUAUUUAUACAUUCUAUCUAUUCCACAAUUCAUCACCGUUACGGUGUUCUAUGCCGUCCCGCAUUAAAUGGGCUUUAAAGCCGUUGCGGCGGCAUAGAACGCCGUAACGGCUUGCAGCUCCAAUUUACUUCCGCCGCGAUCAUCUUCUGCAGGGCUACCUGGUGGCCCUCUAUAGCGGGCUGUGGAUCUGCCAGCAGGGGGAAUGUCUGAAAUGUCAGACAAUCCCCCUGCUGGUGGGAAGUAUUAAAAAAAGAUUAAAAUACACAUGUUAAAAUAAAUUAAAUGCAUUUUUAUAUAUCAGAUAUUAUAGAUAUAUAAGAAAUUAUAGAUAUAUAUAUAUACGUGUGUGUGUGUGUGUGUGUAACGUCAUACGUAAUGUAUUCUAAUAUUAAUAUAAGUACAUAUAUUAGUAUUACACUUAUACAUCUAUAUAUAUUAUAUAUAUAUAUGUAUAUAUACACGUAUUAAUACAAUAAUAUAAUAAAAUAAAAUAUUUAAAAAUAAAUUAUACAUAUGUAAUUUCAUUCGAACUGUAUUUUGAUAUAUAUAUCUCUAUCUAUCUCUCUAUCUAUAUAUGUAACAAAAUACACUUAGAAUGACAUUUCAUAUCUAUAUAUAAAAUACAAAUAACCGUGUAUAUAUAUAUAUAUAUAUAUAUAUAUAUAUAUAUAUAUAUAUAUAUAUAUAUAUAUAUAUAUAUAUUACAUAAAUAACUACAUAAGUGUACACGUAGACUUUAAAUACAUAUAUAUGUAUAUAUAUUAAAAUUCUACGUGUAUAUUUAAGUAAUAUUUUAACAUAAUUAUGUGAUUUAAUUAGUUAAAAUUUGAUUGACAUGCCUGACAACCCAGGCAAAAAGUGCAGAGAAUUUGAAUUGCAAGCACUAUAUUUAACCCUGUAACUUUCCAAGACACCAUAAAACCUGUACAUGGGGGGUACUGUUUUACUCGGGAGACUUCGCUGAACACAAAUAUUAGUGUUUCAAAAUGGUAACUUGUAUUACAACAAAGAUAUUUUUAGUUAAAGUUAAGUUUUUUUGCAUUUUUCACACAUGAACGGCACUUUUACUGAUGAUAUUGUUGUAAUACAAGUAAAACAGUACCCCCCCAUGUACAGGUUUUAUGGUGUUUUGGAAAGUUAGAGAGUCAAAUAUAAGGCUUGCAUUUCAUUUUUUUUCACGUUAAAAUUUUCCAGAUUGGUUAUGUUGCCUUUUGAGACUGUAUGGUAGCCCAUGAAUGAGAAUUACCCCCAUGACAACAUACCAUUUGCAAAAGUAGACAACCCAAGGUAUUGCAAACUGGGUAUGUCGAGUCAUUUUUAGCAGCCACUUGUUACAAACACUGGCCAAAUAUUUAUUUUUUUUGCUUUUUUUUCACGCAAAAACAAAUAUGAACGCUAACUUUGGCCAGUGUUUGUGAUUAAGUGGCUACUACAGAAGACUGAACAUACCUCACUUGCAAUACUUUGAGUAGUCUACUUUUGCAAAUGGUAUGCCAUCAUGGGGGUAAAUCUCAUUCCUGGGCUACCACAUGGUCUCAAAGGUAACUACUAAUCUGGCAAAUUUCAGUGUGAAAAAACUGAAAAAUGGAAUGUGCUAUAUUUGACCCUUUAACUUUCCAAAACACAGUAAAAACUGUUAGUGGGGAGUAUUGUUGUACUCGUGAGACUUUGCUGAAUCCAAAUAUGUGCUUUUUUUUUUUUUGGCAGUAAAAGCUAAUAGUAUUAUGACAUUUACAGCUAAAAUGUGAGGCGGAACUACAAAUUUUUUUUAUUUUUUAUUAAAAUUUGUUUUUAUUUUAUUCAUAAUAAAUUGUUUCAUAUAUAAAUAUUUGAUAUGAAAUGAAAGCCCUGUUUCUCCUGAACAAAAUGAUAUAUAAGUGUAGGUGCAUAUAAUAUGAAAGAGCGCAAAUUCCAGUUUACUAUUGACUCCGUCCUGAAGGGGUUAAUUUGCAGUUAAUGUGUUCUAGUCCAAUUUUAAAGUCCUCAUAUCAACUAAAUAUAUAAGUAUUAUGUGCUAUUUUAAAUGAUUGUACAUACACUCCUCACUAAUUGACAGUGUUCUGUUUUUUUUCAACUCAGUCAUAAAACAAAUUGGUAAGUAAGGGGUGCGCUACAGAGCAUGUGCACUAGUGCAGGUCUAUGGUGAAAUUUCACACAGGGAAUCCCUCUAAUCUGUUGGGGGAGUAUUCCCUGAACAUAGACCAGUUCUCGAACGUGAGGAAUCCCCAUGUUGGAGAGCUGGUUGUAAGUCCGAGCCGUCGUUAAACAGGUCAGUCAUAAAGUGAGGAUUGCCUGUACAGCGAACCAAAGAAAAUAAACUGGUAUAAAAAAAUUGCAAAAGAGCUACUUUGUUUAAAGAGAUUGUAUCUAAAGUAUCUAAUUCAGUUUGUGUGUAUGUAUAAAGAUGAUUCUUUAUUGAAAUAAUUUGCAUUUGCCCACCCAGAAUCCCUUGCGGUAGGAACAUCACUGCAAGUUUGAGAUUUCUGUGGGAAAAGCAAGUCUCAUGGCUUGACUGGUGUAUGUAGACCUUUGUUGAAUAAUGUAUUGACUACCUACUGACUUCAGGUUGAAGGGGUUUUAAACUACCUUUUUCCCCACCAUAACGUUCUUGGUUAUAUCAAAACUGUAUACAUUUUAGGAUAAUUUAAAAAGGAGAAAACCAGAGUGCAAAUAAAACCCUAAACAUACCAAAGCAACUACUAGACAAAUUGCAAACUUCAGAUUAUUUUUUUUUUUUCCCCUAUAAUCUCAACACCCAUAUGUUAAGGCAGUGGUUCCCAACCCAGUCCUCAAGUACCCCAUAACAGUCCAGGAUUGAGGGAUUAACUAGUUGUGUCUAAGGUGUUUUUUAGAAAGAAAGAAAAAAAACACUUUAGACACAACAGGGUAAUCUGUAAAUCCUGGCCUGGUAGGGGGUACUUGAGGACUAGUUUGGAAACCCCUGUGUUAAGGGUAUUUCUUUUAGAAAAUAUAAAAGAAAAAGAAUUGUUCUAUUUUAAAUAAAUAUAUAUAAAUAUAUAGUGUGUAAAUGGUGGAAGAUCUUUUUACUAUACAUCAAAAUUCUCAAAAAUGCUAAUCACUUAUAAAUAUGACUUCCCAAAAAACUGCCCUAAACGAACCCUAAAAUUUUGGGGGGGUUCUGGUUUGAGAGAUUUGCAUUUAGAUAGAAUUUUUGAUUAUAGUAAUUAGGUAACUGUCAUUAAAAUUGUAUAAAUUAUUAUAAUUCUAUUUUUUUCCUUUAUGUAUAUUGAAAAUUUUGGAAAAAAUUACAUGCCUUUCUUUCCCAUUUUAACUUUCUGAUAGUCAACUGAUUUCUUCAAACAUUUCAGUAUACUUAAAUACUGUAUAUAAAAGAGGUGAUAGACUGUAAGUCCAGCAUGUCUUGUUGCAGCUACUCGCUUGUUGGUCAACAGAGCUGCGGAAUUUGUUUGCGAUUUAUAAAUAAUAGCAGGUUGUUGUUGCUCGUUAAAUAACUGAAAAGAGUCAUGCGUCCAUCAAGUUCAGCUUUUAUCACAUCUGUUUGUGCUGUUGAUCUAAAAGAAGCAAAAUCCCAAUUUUCAAGCGCUUCCAAUUUGCAACAAACUAGGAACAAAAUUUCUUCUUGAACACAAAAUGGCAGACAGAUUUCUCAUUGUAUCAAAUUUUUAUUUACUUAUGUUUAUUAUACCCCACUAAUUAAAAAUGAUAUCCUUAAAUAUAUUUGGUUUUUGCAAGUAUUCAUCAAAUUGCUGUUUAAACAUCUGAAUUGAUUCUGAUAAAAACACUUCUUCAGGGAGAGAAUUCCAUAUUCUUAUUGUUCUUGCUGUAAAAAAAAAAAAAAUCAUUUACUUUGCAUUAGACUAAAUCUUCUUUCUUCCUGUGUAAAUGUUACAUUGUGUCUUGUUUAUCAAUAGAUUUCCAGGCAAGGGCUUGUAUUGACCCAGACUAUUUUUGUAUAAUGCUAUCAUAUCCCCUCUGAGGCGCUGUUUUCCUAAACUAAAGAGAUUUUAAUUUGUUAGCCUUUCUUCAUAACUAAAAUAUUCCAAUCCUUUUUUAUUGAUUUUGUAGCCUGCCUCUGUACUUUUUUUCCGUGCCAUAAUAUCCUUUUUUAGCACAGGUGUCCAAAAUUGUCCUGCAUAUUCCAGGUGUGGACCAGUUAUUUUAUAAAGAUAUUUUCAUACUGGGAUUAAUACCCCUUUUUAUACAUGACAAUACCUUGCUGGCAUUGGCAACUGCCAAUUCACAUUGUACAUUGUUGCCAAGUUUUUCUAUAACAAUUCCCAAAUCCUUCUGUGUUUUAUCCUUAAAGGACCACUCUAGGCACUCAGCUUAAUGAAGUGGUCUGGGUGCCAGGUCCAGCUAGGGUUAACCCAUUUUCUAAUAAACAUAGCAGUUUCAGAGAAACUGCUAUGUUUAUUAAUGGGUUAAGCCUUCCCCCAAAGCCUCUAGUGGCUGUCUCAUUAACAACCACUAGAGGCGCUUGCGUGCUUCUCACUGUGAUUUUCACAGCGAGAGCACGCCAGCGUCCAUAGGAAAGCAUUGUAAAUGCUUUCCUAUGCGACCGUCUGAAUCCGCACGCGCAGCUCUUGCCGCGCGUGCGCAUUCAGCCGACGGGGCGGAAUGAAGGAGGAGAGCUCUCCGCCCAGCGCUGGAAAAAGGUAAGUUUAAACCCCUUUCCCCUUUCCAGAGCCAGGCGGGAGGGGGACCCUGAGGGUGGGGGCACCCUCAGGGCACUAUAGUGCCAGGAAAACGAGUAUGUUUAACUGGCACUAUAGUGGUCCUUUAAUUCAAUACCAUUUAGGUUGUAUGUUGCUUGUGCAUUCUUUAUCACAAAGUGCUUGACUUUGCAUUUUUCUACAUUAAAUUACAUCUGCCAUUUGAGUACCCAGUCCCCCAAUCUAUCUAAAUCCCUCUACAGCAAAGCAAUAUCCUGCUCACAUUGUAUUACUUUACAGAGUUUUGUUUCAUCUGCAAACACUGAAACAUGUCUUUCAAUGCCUAUUGCAAGAUCAUUUAUAAGUAGUUUAAAUAGAAGCGUCCCAGAACAGUACUCUGAUGGACACCACUUACACUUUUGUCCAGCUUGAAAAUUUACCAUUAAUGACAACUCUCUAGACCAACUUCCUUUAGUUUAAACACUAUCCUGGUUGUUUGGCUGGUUGGUUUUUAGAGCAGGAGCACUCCUUCAUGAGCAAUGGCUGUUAGUUGAAGUAUGUGACAAACAUUUAAGUCUGGCUUUACCUAGAACGGAUUUGUUACUGACUGCAUUGGAAUUUCAUUAAAAUUGCAGCACAAUCCAAAGGUGCCAUAUGACAAAGUAGGGACUACUUUACUGUGGUAAUUCUGAGGAUGACAGGAGGCAGUUACCUUUUUGUCCGAUCCCAGCAGCUACCACAAGUGAUAGUUGUGGGAUUCAUUCAUGGUCUCGCACAUUCUGAGAAAUUUUCUCUAAAGGAUAUUGCGCAGUCGUCCUUAGACCUCAGUACUAGGCACUUGCUCAUGUGCAAGUUUACAGCAUUGAUGUGCUCCUGGUGCAUUAAGUACCAAGAGCCAAAGAAGGCAGUAGUGACAGCGUCGGGUAAGUAAGCCUACCUUUCACUGUACCCAAGAUGUCACAUUUUAAGGUCUAUGCAAAAUAAGUACCCCCGAAAGUGACAUAUCGGCUUUAUAAGUCUAGUCUACCUAUAAAGCGGAUAUGUCACUUUAACCCCUUAAGGACACGUGACAUGUCAUGAUUCCCUUUUAUUCCAGAAGUUUGGUCCUUAAGGGGCUUUAUUUUGUAAAUAAGUGGUCCAUAACACUGGAGUAACUAAGGGACUUUAAAAACACACAAAAUUAAAUUGGAGUAAGUCUACGACACUGCUUAGUGACUGAUUACAUGAGAUUGUGCUAGAGGCCUGGGACUAAUGAAUAGUGAUGUCCCGAACGGUUCGGCGAACAUAUGUGGUAAACUUUGACCCUGUACCUCACAGUCAGCAGACACAUUCCAGCCAAUCAGCAGCAGACCCUCCCACCUCCUGGAUAGCCCACUAAGAAUGCAGCUUCACAAUGAAUGUAAAAUGGAUGCUGUCCAGGAGGUGGGAGGGUCUGGGAGGGAGGGUCUGCUGCUGCUGCUGCUUGGUUGGAACGUGUCUGCUGACUAUGAGGUACAGGGUCAAAGUUUACCUCAUAUGUUCGCCACAUCACUACUAAUGAAGAAUUGUACCACUUAUGAUGAAUUAUGUUGCCUCAGCUGUUGGUCUUCGUUGCCUGCAGUGGCAAUCUCACUCUUUACAUUAAUUUAAAUUUUUUGUUCUUCUAGCUGUCCCACUAGCUUAGUUAUUUGAUUUUCAAAAUUAUUUUGUAGUGUAUGGAUGUCAAUCCAUGUGGAUUUUACACAAAAACCCAUGGCGCAAAGACUGCACAGUGUCUUUACAACAUGACUCUGACCACUAUACUGACCUUACAGUCACUGUUUAAAAAUCUGGGUUGAUGUUCUUUGCAAUUGGUUGUGCACUCAUCUGCAUCCAGCAAUCUAUAAUGUGUUAGUAUGCCAGGUUUUUAAGCAUGGUUUAUGAAAAACAAUUGUUGAAGGGCAUUUGUCUCCCAAUAGGUCAGAUCUCUAAUGAAAGCUGUAAGCUCAUCCUAUAGACUGUAAGCUUGUUUGAGCAAGGUCCUCUUCAACCUAUCGUUCCUGUAAUUUUUCUAGUAAUUGUCCUAUUUUUAGUUAAAUCUCCCCCUCUUAUAAUAUUGUAGAGCACUACGGAAUCUGUUGGCGCUGUAUAAAUGUUAAUAAUGAAAGACGUGAGGUAUUGCAACCUGCUGGCAUUUGAGGUGGCUUAAAAAUGCUUGCGUGUACAGGUGUAAUGAUUUUGGCACUAUAUAAGCUUUAUAGUGGUUAAAUCCGUAGAUUUAAAAUUUGUAAUCGUAAUCUAAUAUACUCACACUGUAUAGAGUUUUAUUUCAAUAAAAAUAUCUUAUGGAAUUAUUUCUAUAGUUAAGUUGCUGUUUAAAAGAACACUAAAGUCACCCAGGUCUCCAUGUUAAUGAAGUGAUCUUUUCUUUUAAGUAGCACAAAAUUUAUUAGGGAAGAUAAUACACCCUACACCCCACAAAGUAAAUUUUUUUUUUCACUUGUAAUGUUUAUCUACAAAGUUACCAUGUUGUAGUAACUAUAACUUCAAGAAUGGAAUCUGAUACAUUUGUUGUCUUUUAAAAUGCUAGAAUUUGCAUUUUUUUCUUCUCUUAAAUCCUAUCCAUUAGUACAAGUAAUCUUAACAUCUACCCCAUUGCUUUUCUACAUGCAUUUGUACACUGUACAUUUUUUUUAUAUUUUUCUUAACUGGGCAAAUCUCUUGGAGUUAAAUGAGCAAGGGAAAAAAACAUGUGCCUAUGACUUUAAAACAUAUUCAGUGAGUCACCCCUAUGUGUUGGUAGAGGCCUGCUCUGAAACUGCAGAGCUGCUCCGGGCAAGAAUAGAACCUUCCAUUUCCUGUUCCCUCGCUGACAGAAGAGGGUUCCUGCUGGCACUGAUCUAAUCAUAGUGCAGCAAAGGAUAUGGCUGUUUGAAAAAACAUGGUGGAGACAGCAGCUGAAAUGGAAGCAUAUGUUUUAGAAGACAUCCUGGAGGUACUAAGAAUCUUGUAGCCGCCAGAGAGAAUGCUGCAAAGCAGAAAGGGGGGAGGGAGGGAAAGGGAAAGACGGAUCUCUGGAUAAUGUGAAGGAGAGGCUUGAAGAUUAGCUAGACCUUGUGUGUUUUCUCCUUGUGCGUAUGGUUAUUUGUAUUCCGUACUAAGGUUCAUAAACUCAGCAUUUUGCUUACUUGGUAAUAUUAUGUGUUUGCUGUGGCUGCUGAAUACUGAAAAGGAAGAAAGGGCCUUAGAUUACAUAAAAUGCCUGCGUGCUUGUGACCUUUAGAUUAACUCAUUAGAAGGUGGGGUCUGCAAAGCAGCUUUCUCUGGCUUUAGUAUCAUAUGUCUUACUCAAUUCUUUUGCAUCAAGAGGCCUGCAGAUCUGCAUGUACUUUAAAGACAAAAAUUGCUGUCUUUUUUUUUUUUUUCUCCUAAUAUGCUCCUCCCUUGCUGCCUUUUAGACUGUUUGCAUAAUAUCUGAGCGACAUCGUCAUAAGAUUUCCUAGCUAGAUUGCAGAUAUGGGAACACAACAUGUUCACUGUCGUGUUUACUUUUUAAAAGUUUAUAUGGGCAGUAUAGAUUUUAAUUUUAUUUAUAUAAAAUUAGGCAGGUAUGUAUGUGUAAUAUUUUUUUUUCACCUGCGACGUUUUUGUUGUGAUCAAGUUGAAAAUGUGACUUUAUAAUAAGACUGACUAUUUUUUCAGUUUGCUGACCUGAGUUAUAUUAAAAUGUUACUUUGAUUUUUUUCUUUAGUAAUUUGUUUAAUUUGAUAAUUCCUAUUUAAUUCGCUAGUCCGUUUGUUUGACUUCUGUUUUUAGAAGGUUUUUAUUGCUCCUAUUGAAUAAGGGUGGUUAUCCAACUGCGCAUUAUAAAGUACUGCAUGAUCAAUGAGCGUUUUCUGUAGCCCCUUGAUGUUUAAAGCUGACAUUGCAGUAAAUUCGUAAAGCUUUUAGCUAUGCUCCAAAAGAACUUCUCUCUGCUUAUUGAACUAAUCUUUUUCUGGUUUUAUAGUGUGUGUACACAUAUGUGUGUGUGUUGUUGGCUUUUCUACUAUUCUAUUCUUUUUAUCCAAACCCGAUCUCAGUUUUCCAAUAGGCCUAAAGUCUUUUUCUUUAAUACUAGCAAUUGCAUGUGCCUCGCAUCUAUUCUAGUCACAUGACUGUAUUAAAACAGGAAGUGAUGGACCUGUAAUGUCAUUACUGGAAAAAACUGAUUAACAGAAAUGAAGUGGUUUAGACACACUAAGCACUUAUAUUUGAAUCUAUUUAACGUUCUACAAAAUACAGUUAAUCUUCAAGAGACUGAAUUACACGAUUAAUGGAAUUUGGUCAUUUAAAUUCUCGCACAAACACCCCUCAUUCAUGUUCCCUUUCUCUGUGCUGUGGACUGUGCCAUUUUGGGUGUAGCCUGUCCGAAAUGUCUAAUGGUUUGUGUACCACUUGUAUGCAUCCAUACAUUAACAUGUUUAAUAAUUAAUUUUGUUGUAUUAGGUGAUGCUUAUACUUAAUGUAGGACCGGUCUAAUUAUGGGAUGAAUAAGGGGGGUCAUUCCCAUCUCAGUAUGAGCCUUAGACUCCCUCUUAUUUCCAUAACUGCUUUGUUUAAAGUAGAAUCUCCUAUCUACCAUGAAAAAUUAUAUUAAUUCAGGUAGUGUCGGACUCUACAUACUAUUUCAAGGAGUUCUCUGAAAUCGGGCAUAUUGGUACUAUACAGAUACUGCUUGGGAAGUGCUCAAUCCUAACAGCCCUAUUAACAUGUCCAUGCCCCAAAUUGCUCACAUUGAUUUGGGUAUCUGUGAGCUACAACCUACAGUGAUUUGCUUGUUGGAAGCAGGGACCCCAUUGAGACUGCUUGGGUUAUUUGAAUCCCCUUUGUUAAAGUAAUUUCAAAAUAAAGAGCUACUGUUAUUUAGCUAACUAAAGUAGCCCAUUGUAUCAAAAGUUAAAUUUAGGGAAUUAAUCAUGUUAACACAUUGCAUUUCUUUGCUAAACUGUAUUUAAUGUGUUAAAGGGAUACUCUAGGCACCCAGACCACUGCAUCUUACUUAAGUGGUCUGGAUGUAGUGUCCCUGUUCUCUUACUACAAUUUAAAACAUUGCAAUGUUUCAGAAACUACAAUGUGCUCAUUACAUUACAGAGUUAAGGGUUGUCCACUGCUAGAGGUGCUUCCUGGAGUUUCUCCUGUACAUAAAGUACUAAGGCAGUGCUAUCCCAUGGGGGGGAAGGCCUAAUGCGCGCAAAUUCCCCAUCGGCUGAAGUUGGUGGAUGAGGAUUGCCACCUAGCACUGAGGGACACAGGUGUUGGAUGUGUAAGUUGUCCUGUGGUGGAGCUGUGCGGAAGGGGGAUUAGAGGGCACUAUAGUGUUAGGAAUACAAUUAUGUAUUCUUAACACUAUAGUUUUACUUUAACAGUCCUCACACAUGGUAUGACAAACACAGGCUUAGUUUAUCCGCAGGGUACUCAAUCUAAAAUACAUAAAACUAUUAACAUUUUUGUUAUAAAAAAAAUUCCCCAACAGUCUUACAUUUAUGCCUGAAGUUGUCUGCUGUCUGUUUGCCUAGCAUUUCCUUAACCCCUUAAGGACCAAACUUCUGGAAUAAAAGGGAAUCAUGACAUGUCACACGUCAUGUGUCCUUAAGGGGUUAAAGGGCUUAAAGGACCACUAUAGUGCCCUGAGGGUGCCCCCACCCUUAGGGACCCCCUCCCGUCUGGCUCUGUGGAGAGGAAAGGGGUUAAAACUUACCUUUCUCCAGCGCUGGGCGGGGAGCUAUCCACCUCCGAUCCUCCCUUUCGGCUGAAUGCGCACAUUCAGCCGGUCUCAUAGGAAAGCUUUUACAAUGCUUUCCUAUGGACACUUGCGUGUUCUCACUGUGAUUUUUCACAGUGAGAAUCACGCAAGCGUCUCUAGCGGCUGUCAGUGAGACGGCCACUAGAGGAUUUGAGGGCUGGAUUAACCCAUUUAUAAACAUUAGAGGUGGCAUGGUGUGUGUGUGUGUGUAUGUGUAUGUAUAUAUAUGUAUGUGUAUAUAUAUAUAUAUAUAUAUAUAUAUAUAUAUAUAUAUGUAUAUAUGUAUAUAUAUGUAUAUAUGUAUGUGUGUGUGUGUGUGUAUAUAUAUAUAUAUAUAUAUAUAUAUAUAUAUAUAUAUAUAUAUAUAUAUAUAUAUAUAUAUAUAUAUAUAUAUAUACACACAUACACACACACACCCCUUCAUGCCUGCUAUGUUUCUUGCUUAUAAACCAGUCUACAGUCUGAGUGUCAUGUUGAAAGUAAUGAAACAUGACUUUGAGUUAGGAUUAUUUUCUUUCUUUAUUUUUUAAUCUCAAGUUUUACUUAUUGGAGGUAUUAUUUGAGGCAUUCUAUUAGGGAAUUAAAAUGCUAAUCUUUCGCUCUGAAAUACUUUCUCAUUUUUCAUCAGCAUGUCCAUAGGAUGCCUUGCAGUCUUGCAAGACCUCCCAUAGACCUGCUUUUGUAUUCAUUUUGCAUAACUCUUAGCUGAUUAAGCCAACGUGAAGACGAAGAGACCGUGAAAAGGAAGAUGAGGUAAGGCAUGUACAUCUCAAGCUUGGUUCCAUGGCUGAUUUACUGCCUCUGCUGGCGGAGGUGUAACUCCACCUCUGGCAGCAUCAUUGGGGUGUCAUCAGCCAUUCUGGAACUACUGUUCCCGACUGACCAAUGUUAAUUCUGUGCAUAUUUCUAUGUACAUUGCGAUCAUAGGCUGAGAGUGGUCAGCUGAAGCUUUCAGUCAAUGAAUUGCUAUCCGCACCUGACGCUGCAGAAAUUGGAUGCACAUCAUAGCCAUAGACCUGUUGCAAAAUAGUUGGCGCCACUACUGGAAAACUGAGCAUUGGAUUGUAGGGAUCGACCGAUAAUAUUUUUCCAGGACUGAUGCGUAUUAUUGGUCAACUUUCAGGCCAGUUGCCGACAGCUGUUGCAAAUUGUCUGUACAUUUUAAAGUUUUGAGAAAGUCAACACACAUCUGGCAUUAAAUGAACAUGCUGACAUCAAUCACACUCCUAACACUCUAAAGCAACCAGUACAUGCUGGGUUGAGUGAGAUUCCAGCUUGUACACUGCAGUUACUGGUAGGGCUUUAGCACAGUGCCUUCAGAUGAGCUUCACAUGCAUCUGGUGUGACAUUUCAUUUGCUGGCUGCUAGUGUUUCCAGGUGCAGAAGAUAGCGUGGUGACUGGGAAAUGUGAAUAAGCUAUCGGCAAAUUACAAGGCCGAAACAGAUUUAUUGGUAAAAUGCUGGAUAUCUGCUCUAUAAAAAUGUUCGAACUUAUCUGUCUAUCAUUAUGAAUUGCUCUAAGUUCUCAUUGUACUUUUCUAUUUGUUUACUUUGUAUGUAAAAUACUUAGGGUCUUUCUUAGGUAAAAGGGUAAGUCAGAUGUAGAAAAAAGGAUGGUUUAUUGACAACUAAUCCUCUUGAUAACUUGUCAUAUCCAUCGCAGUGUACAAAGCAAAUAUGUUCUGUUCACUACCACCUUAGUCAAGUUGUGUAUCUGCCCAAUAAGCAUUGGGUAGUGCAAAGAUCUUUAAAGGAAAAUAGAAAUACAAAUAUCUGUGCAUACAAUAUUCACAGUGAAAAGAAACAGAGUAAAACAUGUAUAGAAAAUUUACAACCUUACACAGGAUGUUGAUACCAAGAUAACUGCCUAAAACGAAACAAAAAGAAACCUGGUGUGAACUGUUAAAAAAACAGAAAGUACCUUAGUGCUACUGUAGGAAUACCACUGACAUGGCCCAGAGUCAUACCAGGCUCUGUAUCAAAGGUGCCAAUACUGGCCACAGGAUCAGAUGUUUGGCAAAAAGGAUAUUAUAUAUUCCGGAUACAAAUAAAGAUAUACAAAAUAAAUACAAACUCUGGGUACUGGGCUAAACUGGUGUUGGAACAAUUACUUUGAAAUGUAAGCAAUAUGAUGAGAUAUAAAAUCAAAGAUCCACUCACUACCAAAAAAGUAACCCAGAAUUAAAAAGUAUAAAUAUCCAGUACUCAAAUAGCAGCAGACGCGUUUUGGCAUAGACUGCCUUCUUUCAGUGCUGAUGUACAACUUGCAAGUAUGGUCUUUAUAUACCAUAUUCUAUUCCAGUGGUUUCCAAACCUUUUAGGUUCAAGGUACCCCUAAUAUUUUAAUCUUUUUUAAGGCGCCCCAAGUAAAAAAAAAAAUUCUAGGUUGUAUAUAUGUACAGCGCAGCGGCAUACACUGGGUCCCUGUUCGGCUGAAAUGCUUGCCGUUUAAGCGUAGAUCCAGAACCUAAUCUUGGGAAGGGCACUAGUGAUUAUUUAAAGAAACAAUCCAGGCACAAUAACCACUACAGCACUUUGUACUGGUUGUGCCAGUAGUGUCCUCCCAGAGUAAGUAGUAAAACUGUUUAAGAACAGUUUGACAACUUAGAGGAUCUGCCAGGAUAGGAGCAGCAGUGUUUGUGUGUGUUUGUGUGUGUGUGUGCGCACACACAGGUUACAUGAGGGGUACAAUGUGUGUAAGGGGUGCAGAGAGGUGGAGUUAGUGGUGUUUGUGGAGGUGGGAGGGCAAAUCAAUAUAUAAUAUUUAAUUCAAAAUUUUCAUAUCCCCCCACUCUGCUUACCCUUGCCUGGGAGGGGGACACAUUGGUGAGAGUGAAUCCUAGCAGCCUCAGGAGCUGUUAGAGUACACUCUCGUGAGAUUCGGAGCAUUGCCGUGGUAACCGCAGCAAAACUCUGAGCUUGCAAGAGGAGGAACCGGCAGAGCUGCAGGUCAUAGCUGCCCCGGGUCCUUUCUCCCUCCCUCCCCUGCCAGCAUUACAGUGCUAGCGGGCCAGAGAGGGAGAUUUAUCUCCCCUCUGGCCCUGCAGAGCCGGCAGGUGAGAGGGAGGCACAGUUCCCGGUCAUAGCACCGGGAAAAUAUCUUGCGGCUCACCUGUGUGCACGUCGUGGUGCCUCAGGGCGCUGCAGCACACAGUUUGGGAACUGCUGCUCUAUUCCAAACAUCUAAUUCCAUUUUACGGUUACUGUGUGUCCGUAAUGUCACUUCCAGCUCUACUUCUUGACAUCACCCCCUCCCCCACGCCUCUAUGGAACGAAGGCAGGAUCACCUGCUUGUCCUUCACUGCCAGAAUGCAAAGUGGUGGCUGGCUGAAGUUGCUUGGAGAUGCCUGGAUUUCAUAAGCGUGGGCUUGGGCUGGCUACCUUCUCUCUCCUGAAUGGUGGUCGUCUAUCUGCUGGGAAGAAGUGAAGUCUGACCACUUCCAACCAGCUCUGCACAGUCUUGCAGGCCAACAGCUAACCUGGUCCAGAUUGCUAGUAAAGGGCAGGGGCCUUUUUUUUUUUUUUUUUUGACUCAGGUCAUGAGCCCAAUAGAUAACACAUACAAUAACGGCACUGAUAGCAUGAUAACAUUCACUUUUUAACAGUGCUUGACAGAAAGUUUCAUAUAACUGUGCUCAACAGAUAAUGUCUGGCGUGAGGUGGGACUAGGUUCUGAAUUGAGGGGAAUUAUUUUGGGUAGUAGGUGUCAUCGCUGGUGUAAAAGCCUAUGGUGCCUAUGAGUGUGGUCACCUAUUCGCGGGGUCCAGUGCAGGUAAGGGCUUUUAGGUUGUGAGUGUAGUUGGAAGGUUAUGCUGGGAGCGUUUGCACUGCUGAGUGAGCAUUUAUGUGUUGAGCUCCUGUUUAGUAGGAAGAUAUGCCCCCUUAUCCCUGGGGUGGGAGGGAGUACCAUGGUGAUGGAGAGAGCCUUAAAGGACCACUACAGUGCCCUGAGGGUGCCCCCAUCCUCAGGGUCCCACUCCCACCCGGCUCUGGAAAGGGGAAAGGGGUUUAAACUUACCUUUUUCCAACGCUGGGCGUAGAGCUCUCCUCCUACGAUCCGCCCCGUCGGUUGAAUGCGCACGCGCGGCAAGAGCUGCGUGCGCAUUCAGCCGGUCGCAUAGGAAAGCAUUCGUAAUGCUUUCCUAUGGACGCUUGCGUGCUCUCACUGUGAAAAUCACAGUGAGAAGCACGCAAGCGCCUCUAGUGGCUGUCAAUGAGACAGCCACUAGAGGAUUAGGGGGAAGGCUUAACCCAUUAAUAAACAUAGCAGUUUCUCUGAAACUAUGUUUAUUAAAAAAUGGGUUAACCCUAGCUGGACCUGGCACCCAGACCACUUCAUUAAGCUGAAGUGGUCUGGGUGCCUAGAGUGGUCCUUUAACGUGUGUGGAUGAAAACUGCAAGGGGGUAAAUGUCCCGGUUGCCCGGUUUGACAUGUUCCGUUAAAAGUACAGGACCGUUCUUGAAUCUCAGGUAUCCGUCCCUGUGGAGGCUCUUUGUGGUUGUCUCGCUGGACCUUUCGGCGCUGGCGGUUCCGUGCUGGGUAGAGAGUCGCUGUGGAGCCCCAGAGUUGGUAGAAGGUGUGUGUGUGUGGCUCUCUGAAUGUUCUGGACCUUGUAGGUUGCACUGUUGUGCUGGAUCUGUAGCGCCUGGGGUCUUCUCCAUUGUAUGUGAUCUCGUGCAGGCGGAGUAGGGCUGUGAAUGGUUUCAUUGUGCUGCGCCAUGCCAGACGGUCCCGAUAGAUCUGCAUAUAUCUUAUCGUGCUUGCUGUCAAACUGAUAUGGUGCUUGUUUUCUGAUAGCUUGGAGGACAGCUGUUCUGUCUCCGUGGUUUAAGAAGUGUACCAGGAGAUUCCUUGGUGCGCUAUCUGGGGCCUUAGUUGGUCUUGGAAGACGUAACAUCUCACCCAUUACCGCAUGCUUGGCCUCUAGAGGCGGCAGGAGAGUGGAUAGCAGGCGCCGGACAUAGUGCGGUAUCUCCGCUUCUGGGAUCUCCUCACCAAUGCCUCUGAUUUUGAUAUUCAUGAUCCGUCUCUGGUUCUCCAAUUCUUCUUGUUUUAGAUCCAUUGCAUGGGUCUGUUGCAGGUUGCUGACUGCUUUUUGCAGUUGCAUCGCGUCCUGUGUGUUUCGGCGAGAAUUGGUUUCCAACUCAGGUGGCCUUGCAGGUCUCCACGUAUCUGGGCCAUGUCUGUUUGUAUGGUGAGCUGCAGACCCGCCAGAAGUUUUCAUGACCGCUGUGAUUACCGGUGCUGUUUCUGCCGGUGGGUGAGCCCGGAGCGGUGGCCAUAGGACUGGUGAGUUGUGCCUGUCAACCCCACUUGUAAAAUCUUCUGAUAUGUUGGAGCCAUAGUCUGCAUAGUCGGCCAUGUUGGCGGUCGUGUGGAUGCGUGCUUGCCGCCACAGAUCACUGAUAUUGCCGGUCUGUCGAGCGUUUCAGGCUUUGCAUUUUCAGUUUUUCGGCCCAUCUCUUUAUUUAUAGUUGGGUGAUCUGUUUGGUGCCUUUUGUGGGUAGAAGGGACCAUGUUAAGGGGUUUGUAGGUGUCGCUUGGCUCCUCCCCUCUGGGGCCUUAGUUUUGGGGCCACCUGAUGGCCCUUACAUGGUGUAGCCAUACCCCAUAGGAAAAUUAUGACAAUGGUCCAUCAUUUUUUUACUUUAGUUGUUGCAGUACUGGUAUUCUGGUGUGUGUGUUUUUUUUUGUGGUUAGAUACGAUGGAACAUAACAGAAAAGGGUGUCUGCAGCAUAUCCAGAUUUUGCAGUAACAGAAUUCUGAUUCUACAUUCAUUUUUUUUUUUUGGAUAAAGGGAUCAGUGGAGUGCUCUCAGCCAAUAAAUGUCCCUAUAUGAUUGGAAUAUGCACAGAACUGCCAUAAGUCAGCCGCAAACUUUUGUUCCUGUAUGACUAGUGUCACUGCCAGAGGUGUUAAGACUCUGGAAACAAUAUUAAAUAUCUGUAUGUGCAAUGUUUCAUACUGAAAUGCUGCACAUACAGACUCUAGUUGGGAUUUCCACAUUGUUUGUGUGUUGUCUUUAUUUAUUUCAUGUGACCGAUGUUCACAUAAUGAUUGGUCAUAACUGGACGUAAUUUGGUGGCCAUUUAGGGUUUUGCUAAAUUUUUCACACCUCUCCUACUCUGAAACCAUUUGUUUGAGCAAUGCAAAAUUUGGCAUGCAUAUCUCCAUGUCCUCUACCACUGUUAUUCAAAGAAAGAGGGUAUCAAAAUCAAGAUUGCCAUCAUUACCUUUGAUAUAUCUUAGCAUGUUACAGUUCAAUAGUGAAACAAAAGAAUGUUACAAUUUGUUAAAUAUAUAACUAUACAGUAGCAAAAGUACUAAAGGUGAUGUGGGGAUCUAUUAUAAGCAGCCAUUUUGAUUAUAAAAUCUUUAUCCCUUUGCAAUGUCUAUGCAUCUACUGUAUCUUGUACUCUUAUGCUCGACCAGGAAAGAGGUAAACAUUUUUACAGAAUGAACACAAACAGAGGAACAUGUGUUAACCCCUUAAAGGACCACUCUAGGCACCCAGACCACUUCAGCUUAAUGAAGUGGUCUGGGUGCCAGGUCCUUCUAGGGUUAACCCAUUUUUUCAUAAACAUAGCAGUUUCAGAGAAACUGCUAUGUUUGUGAAUGGGUUAAACCUUCCCCUAUUUCCUCUAGUGGCUGUCUCAUUGACAGCCGCUAGAGGCGCUUGCGUGCUUCUCACUGUGAUUUUCACAGUGAGAGCACGCCAGCGUCCAUAGGAAAGCAUUAUGAAUUAUGAAGCUCUCCGCCCAGCGCUGGAAAAAGGUAAGUUUUUACCCCUUUCCCCUUUCCAGAGCCGGGUGGGAGGGGGUUCCUAAGGGUGGGGGCACCCUCAGGCCACUAUAGUGCCAGGAAAACGAGUAUGUUUUCCUGGCACUAUAGUGGUCCUUUAAGGACGGAGCCAAAUGUACACGUUGUGAUAAAAACAAAAACUUGAAUUUGUGCUAUGUCUGUUCAGGCGUAAUUCGCCUCUUUCAUAUUUUGUGCACCCACACUUAUUAUAUAUAAUUUUAUUCAGGGGAAACGGGGCUUUCAUUCAAGACACCAUAAAACCUGUACAUGAGGGGUACUGUUAUACUCUGGAGACUUCGCUGAACACAAAUAUUAGUGUUUCAAAACAGUAAAAUCUAUCACAACAAUAUCGUCCGUGUAAGUGCCACUUGUGUGUGGAAAAAUGCAAAAAAUGUCACUUUCACUGACGAUAUCAUCGUUGUAAUACAUUUUACUGUUUUGAAACACUAAUAUUUGUGUUCAGCGAAGUCUUCCGAGUAAAACAGUACCCCCCAUGUACAGGUUUUAUGGUGUCUUGGAAAGUUACAGGGUUAAAUAUAGUGGUAGUAAAUUAAAUUCCUUGGACUUUCGGCCUAAGUUGUCAGGCAGGUCCCACAAAUUGUAAUUAAUAAAAUUACCUAAUUAUGUAAAACUAUUACAUAAAUAUAUACGUAGAACUAUUUUUUUUUUUAUAUAUAUAUAUAUAUAUAUAUAUAUAUAUAUAUUAUAUAAUAUAGUGAUAUAUAUACGUAUAUACUUAUGUAUAUAGAUAUAUUUCAUUCAACAUGUAUUUUGAUAUCUAUAUUUUUAAAAUACAAUUAGAACGAAAUUACACAUAUAUAUUUAACGUAUUUAUAUAUUUGUUUUAGAUUUAAUAUAUAAUAUAUUAAAUAUUAUUGUACUUGUACUUUGAUAUUAUAUAUAAAUAUUAAAAUACACUUAGACAGUGUAUGUAUAUUUGUGUGUGUGUAUAUGUAUAUGUAUAUAUAUGUAUGUAUAUAUAUAUAUAUGUGUAUAUAUAUAUAUAUAUUACACACACACUUAGAUCAUAUAUAUGAUCUAAGUAUAUAUGUUAUUUUACACUGUUUUAAAUAGUUUUAUGUAUUUUUUUUUUCUUUUCAGGCUGCAUGGGGAGUACCUGUCAUUACAGGCACUCCCCCUGCUGGCAUUGCAAUGGACUAUGCCGUCCAUGUGAUCGUGAGGUCCUCGCAAGGACUUUGCGAUCACACAGCCCAGGGGAGUCUCCACACAGCGAUCGCCGGCGUGGGAUCACUGGCGACCGGGUAAGUGGGAGGGACGGCGGGGACGUGCUAUGCCGCCCCCACCGUGUUUAGAGCCAAGUCCCUAAAUACGGCAUAGCACCUUUUAUUAAAAUAAAUUCUAUGCUAGAUCACCAAGGUUACACACUAAAGAUGUCUAUCUUUCCAUUGCUAAUUAAAAAAAUUACACAGCUGAAGAAAUCGUUGUAAGCAAAUACUAAAGGUAAAGUAUCUCCUCAAACCAUGUAUCCGUUUUGAAUCGGGAUGUUUGAUAUGUAGUUGCAAUUAGUGUUUAAUACUUAAAUAGCUUCUGCCCACCCUCUAGGAACUUAGGCAAUAAACAGUAUUUGCAUAGAUUAAGUGACUAAAGGAAAAAAAAUUGCUGCUUAACAAAGUAAGCGUGAAAAUACCCUAAUGUAGUACACACACAAACGACCUCUAUCUACUGAGUAAUGAAUUACGUUGUUUGACUAAAUUUCUCUAAUAAUAUCACUGUGAAAAGAGACUCCUUGUCAAAUAUUAAUGAUCAAGAGAAAACAAAUGAUAAAUUAUUCCCAAACUACACUGCCCAUGUUCGGAGGUUCCAUGUAUUCCAGAUAUGAAUGCCUUCUAAAAUCGUGCCAUUCAGAGUUUGGGUAUCGAGACGUAUGAAUAGUUCCACAUAUUUGAAAUGUUAUACACCAGAGAGAACACAUCAUUGUUUUAAUGGUGGCUGGUCUUCCAGGGAAUAGUAACCCAAAAAUAACAAAUGGUAUAACAAACCCAUUUGGAAUGCUAAGGAUAUCCAUUAUAAAAUAAAGUACAAUGAAAUAAGCUAUAAAGAUCCAGAUUCUAGUGAGCAACCCGUUCCUUUUUUUUGUUUUUGUUUUGCUCAAAUCAAGGAUAUAGAUUUCAGAACAACUGCAUUAAGCUGUAGUGUUUCUGGUGACUAUAGUGUUCCUUUUAAGAAUUGUAUUUUUGGCAGUGAUUUCUCUGGCUCCUAACCUUUUUAGGUGCCCCCUAGAUUCCAAGCAAAUUUGUCAAGCCCUGAAAUAAAUGUUUAAAGAUACUGUAGUUAAACUACAGUACUUAUAUUAAUUUGGAGGGCACAUGUAAUAUUUUUUCGGUCAUGCCUCUUUACUUCUAAUUUGUAACAUUACAAAUUACCAUCUCCCAUGUUUCCAUUAAUCUAUUGGCUGAAUCAUUUCUUAUGCUUGGGCUCUUCUGAAUAUCACCAAGUCAUAUGGUUUGGUGCUAUUUUGAAAUUGUCAAUAAUGUUUAACUGUAUUAAAAUGAAAACUCUUCCAAAUUCAUGCUAUGAUAAAUUUCUUUAGUGUUCUUGGACAUAUUGAGUAUAGAGGCCAUAUAACAAUCACAUGACCAAUAUUAAAAUAUAUUUUGCUACUUCUGUACCUGCAAUAUCUGAUCAUGUGCUAUAUCCAUGCUCUUAUGCUUGUCAAUGUCUUUUGCGGUUUGCAUAUUAUUUUUUUUUUUUUUUUUUUACUGUUUUACUCCCUUCCCCUCAUUUAAAAAAAAAUAAAAAAAAAAAUAUAUAUAUAUAUAUAUAUAUAUAUAUAUAUAUAUAUAUAUAUAAUUUUUUUUUUUUUUUAAACAAUGUCUUCCUUUCACUAUUGACCACAGUUUGGUGAAAUGUUUUGUGGUUCCCCAUAACCAUUGUAAUUUAAAGUUAACUAGCCAUGCCAGGUAGAACUAAAAGUAUAACUGUUCUUAAAGUAACAACUAUACAAUUUAUUAUGAUUAAUAGAGCUGCCCCAUGCUCUGCCUUUGUCAGAGGGUCUGUGGGACCCUUAGACACAGGGUCUGUGGGAGUUUUGGUCCUUGCUUCCUUUCACCUCCUCUACACAGCAUUUGGCCCUGCUUUGGAACUCUUCUCCAUGCAUUGCAACCUUACAUGAUGAUUCUGACAUGUUGGCUUCACUUAUCAGCACAUCUGUGACAAACACCCUGUGGUCUGGCCAUUUGCCACAAGCUCCUGGGGGAGCCUUGUAGCCAGCCUCCUGCCCCAUGAUUAUGGGCCAUACAAAAUACCUUGCAAACUACGGUUUGUGUGAUUUAGGAUUAUGUUGUUAAGGAACCGAGCCAGAGACCACCUGGGAGCUUGUUAAGCCCAACUGACACCUUGUUAAUAGUUCCACCGCAGUGUUCCAAUUGUUCGUCUGGGUUGCCGCAAUUCGUACCACAUGGAACUAAAAUCGGACACAGAAACUCCCGAACACCGCUGGACUUCCAUCAUCCCCUACGUUCGGUUCUAUACGAAUUAGAAGGGCACUGUUCAAUGGAAACGUUCCCAUGAACAAGGUGAACAAGCUUCAGGGUAGAACUAUGGAUUCCGUUCAGUAGUUUGUUUUUAAACUACCGAACAUGACUGACCGUUGGCACUGAUUUCAUGGAACUGUUUUGGGCAUAGGACCAUGUGCACGGUCAGUCAUGACUUUCAGGGAAAUUCCGAACCCCUGAACCAAUCGGGGUGAUUUUUGGAUAUGUUGGUCACAGAGAUCGGGGCUAUCCGGGAAUGUAACUUUUGUGGGGUGAUUGUGUUUUAAAGGUAUUUUUGGAGUUUUGUAAUAUUGUAUGUUUUUCUGUGCCUGGAGAUAGAGUUAGUUCAGUUCCUGAGUCAAUAAUCUCUCAGGCACACAGGAGUUUGUAACUAGUCCCCUCUCAGGUCCAGUAAAGGGAUUUUCCUGUUUGUUUGGGUGUGUUAGGGGCUUGCUUAACUGUGUCUAUUGUAUAAAAGCGGGUCUUCUGGCCAGAAUAAAACAUUCCAGCUUGUACUCACAGAACUGUCGUCUGGUUACUGGGAGGGAAAAGGGCUAAUCACUAGUCCAGCUUGUUCCAGUGUGGAAGAUUCAACAAGGAAAGUCCUUGAAAGGAUUAGAGCUCCCAAGACUGAGUGUCGUCCAGUGCCUGGGAGUGGAUAGAGCGAGUUCCCCAUUCGGCUAUAGGACGAAGUGAUUCCAGAACCACAGUCAGGUCACAACGACUAGGGGCAGGAGUGCUGAGGUUGUUGAAUCUUCCACACUGGAACGUCCUCUGUUCCAGCUAGGAAGCGGUCCUUGGCAAAGGUACCCACCCGGGGUACAGGGAACUCUGUUUCAAUAUCCGGAUUUAAACAGAGUGACACAAAUCACACCUUGUGUAUAUUACUCUGGCAAAUGUGAGAAAUGCCUGAGGGAGUGUUCUCCUGCUCUCCCUUGUCCCUCAAUUAGUAAUGAGAGUUGAUUUGUUGUUGGGAGAGAGGCUAUUUUAAAUAGCUUUGAAUUUAAAAUUUAUACAUUCGCAUGCGUAAAGAAUAAAUUAAAUUUACUGCUCUUUAAUGACCGGUACUUUGAAAAUCCCCAAUCUUUUUAAUUUGGAUUAUUUCAGUUUGAUUAGUGUGUGUAUAUAAUUUAUUUUUAUUUUUUUAUAUCUGAUUAAAAUUUUUAGUUAUAUGCAAAAGGUAUGACAUUAAAUUUAUAAGCUGUUGGAAAUAAAGUAAAACAAAGUAAAUCCUGCUAAUAUCUUAACCUCUUAACACCAUUAAGCCAUACCGGCUUUCUACCACAGGAGCUCUGGUGGACUUACCUCUGCCGCGAUCCUCUUUGGGAGGACUGCCUGACAGCCCAGGCAGCCCUCCCACUGGAAAUUAGCUCCCUACUGUGAAUCUGCCUGCCCCCUGCUGGUGGGUAGUAUAAAAAAAAAUAUUCUUAAACCUGUUUAAAAUAAAAUGUGUGUAUGUAUGUAUGUGUGUGUGUGUAUAUAUGUGUGUGUGUGUGUGUGUGUGUGUAUAUAUAUAUAUAUAUAUAUAUAUAUAUAUAUAUAUAUAUAUAUAUAUAUAUAUAUAUAUAUAUAUAUAUUGUGUGUGUAUAUACACACACACACACCUUAUAUAUGGAACGUCAAACGUAGUAUUAAAAUACACUUAGAACGAAGUUACAUAUAUAUGAUAUAUAGAGAUAUAUAUAUAUAUAUAUAUAUAUAUAUAUAUAUUUACAAUAAUGAAAAAAAUGAAAUAUUUAAAAAAAUAAAAAUAAAUUAUAGGUAUGUAAUUUCAUUCUAACUGUAUUUUGAUAUAUGUAACAAAAUACACUUAAUGACAUUCUAUAUCUACAUAAUACAAAUAACUGCAUGUGUAUAUAUAGAUAAUUACAUUAAUGAUUACACAAGUAUACACAUAGAAUUUAAAUAUAUAUAUAUAUACGUGUAUAUUCUUUUAGCAUAAUUAUGUGAUUUUAUUAAUUACAAUUUGAUUGACAUGCCUGACAACCCUGACAAAAAAUGCAGAGAAUGUAAUUCGCAAGCACUCUAUUUAACCCUGUAACUUUCCAAGACACCAUAAAAAUGGUAAAUUGUAUUACAACAAUAUCUUUAGUAAGUUACCGUAUUUUCCGGCGUAUUAGACGACUGGGCAUAUAAAACGACCCCCAACUUUUCCAGUUAAAAUAUAGUUUGGGAUAUACUCGCCGUAUAAGACUACCCUUCUUCCAAUGCACACCAAAUAAAAAUUAGCCAUGAUGUACAGUGAGCAGACAGAGCUACACAGCAAGACCUUAAAUAAUGAUAAUCUGAAAUAGCAUUUAAAGCCCAGGUAUGUGCCAGGCUGUUUGGGCGUAUAAUCCAUGCCUGCUGGUCUAGCACACAGGAGGCUAAUUGCGAUAUAUGCGCAUACUGCCAAUUCUUAACCUUUUAUUCUGCUGUGACUACCGUAUUUUAAACCGGGCUGGACUCGGCUACCUGGAUUUGGGGAAUUUAUGGGGCGCAUGGGGCAAACACUACCAAGGCUGGGCGAAAUGGGGCAAACUGUACUCAGAAUGGGGUGGCAUGGGGCAAACACUAUACCAGCUUGUUGGCAUUGUGGAAAGUGCACUCCUGAUGUGUGGCAUGGAGCAUACACUAUACAGAAUGUUCUUCUUACUACUCCCCCUCCCUCCCUGUGUCCUUCUUACUCCCCCUCCCUCCCUGUGUCCUUCUUACUCCCCCUCCCUCCCUGUGUCCUUCUUACUCCCCCUCCCUCCCUGUGUCCUUCCUACUCCCCCUCCCUCCCUGUGUCCUUCUUACUCCCCCUCCCUCCCUGUGUCCUUCUUACUCCCCCUCCCUCCCUGUGUCCUUCUUACUCUUCCCUGUGCUCCCCCCUCCUCCCUGUGUCCUUCUUGCUCCCCCUCCUCCCUGUGUCCUUCUUACUCCCCCUCCCUCCUGUGUCCUUCUUCUCCCCCCUCCCUGUGUCCUUCUUACUCCCCCCCCUCCCUCCCUGUGUCCUUCUGCUCCCCUGUGUCCUUCCUCCCUCCUCCUGUGUCCUUCUUACUCCCCCCUCCUACCUUCUUUUACUCCUCCCCUCCAUUCUUUUACUUCUUUUACUCCCCCCCCUCCAUUCUUUUUACUCCUCCCCCCUCAUUCCUCCUCCCCUCCAUUCUUUUUACUCCUCCCCCCUCCAUUCUUUUUGCUCCUCCCCCCUCCAUUCUUUUACUCCUCCCCCUCCAUUCUUUUUUACUCCUCCCCCCCUCCAUUCUUUUUACUCCCUCCCCCCCCCCCCAAAAUCCUCCCUACGUUCUUCUCACCUCCACUUCCCUGUGCAGAGUGGGUGGCCGAGCUCCUCCUCGUCCUGUCAGUCCGGCCGGGUACCACGCGGUACAGGAGAUUACCUGUUCCCGGCCGGACGGGAACAGGUAAUCUCCUGUACCGCGUGGUACCCGGCCGGACUGAAAGGAAGUGAGCACUCAGUGUGCACUUCAUUUCAGUCCGGCCGGGAACAGGUAACUGAAUCUCCUGUACUGCACGGUACCCAGCCGGACUGAUAGGACGAAGAGGAGCUUGGCCACCCACUCUGCACAGGGAAGGGGAGGUGAGAAGAGAGGCAGUGCGGCAGCCGUCUGAGCGCUCUCUAUAGAGUGCUCAGGCGGCUGCAGCAUUAGAAGGGACGGCGGUGGGGGCGCAGGGCGCCCCCUCAUAUAUGGCGCCCUAGGCAGCCAUCUAGACGACCCUAUAUCCUAUACCCGGCGUAUAAGACAAGCCCCGACUUUUGAGAAGAUUUUCCAGGGUUAAAAAGUCGUCUUAUACGACGGAAAAUUCGAUAAGUAUUUUGCAUUUUUCACACAUGAACAGCACUUUUACUAAUGAUAUAAUUAUGUUUUACAACAUUAAUGUUUGUGUUCAGGGAAGUCUCCCAAGUAUAACAGAACCCUUGGUGUAUAGGUUUUAUGGUGUUUUGGAAAGCUAGAGAGUCAAAUAUAAGGCUUGCAUUUAUUUUUUUCACGUUAAAAUUUGCUGCUUUGGUAAUAUUGCCUUUGAGACCAUAUGGUAGCCCAGGAAUGAGAAUUAUCCCCAUGAUGGCAUACCUUUUGCAAAUGAAGACAACCGAAGGUUUUGCAAAUGGGGUAUGUCCAGUCUUUUUUAGUAGCCACUUAGUCACAAAUAUUGGCCAAAUAUUAGUUUUUUGCUUUUUUCACACAAAAACAAAUAUGAACGCUAACUUUGGCCAGUGUUUGUGACUACUAAAAAAGACUGGACAUAUACCCCACUUGCAAUACCUUGGGUUGUCUACUUUUGCCAUGGUAUGCCACCAUGGGGGUAAUUCUCAUUCCUGGGCUACCACACGGUCUCAAAAGUAACAUUACUAAUCUGGCAAAUUUGGAUGUGAAAAAAAUGGAAUGUGCUAUAUUUGACCUUGUAACCGUCCAAAACACCGUAAAACCUGUUAAAGGGGGGGAGGGGUACUGUUGAGACGUUUCUGAAUACAAAUAUGUGCAUUUUAUUGCAGUAAAAGCUAACCGUAUUGUGACUUGUAGAGACAACUAUAAAGUGUUGUUAAAAUUUUAAUUUCUGUUUAUUUUAUUCAUAAUAAAUUGUUUCAUACAUGAAUAGUUCGUGAGAAAUUAAAGCCCUGUUGCUCCUGAAUAAAAUGAUAUAUGUGUGGGUGCACUUAAUAUGAAAGAGAUGAAUUACGGUUGAACAGACAUAUAGCGCAAAUUCCAGUUUUUGUUUACAUUUUGUUUUGAUCAGAACGUGUACAAUUGACUCAGUCCUGAAGGGGUUAAAGGAUCUCUGAGAUCUGCUUGUAUUUGUUUUGACAAAACAGACUUUAUUUUGUAUGAGUCAAUUUCUAAAAGUAUAAAGUUAGAGAGCAACAAUUCACUAUUCACCAGAUUAACUUUUUUUUUAAAGCACAAUUUAUUCACUUUUCAACACAACACGGGGAUGUGGAAAUUUAAAAGUAAAACUACUUGUCCAUGACACUUGUCCCUAAUGACAUGUCCGGGCCCCCUACCUAGAGUCUCUCCCUCUGUCCUCCCUCAUAGUGUGUUGGUAGUGUGUGCCUGGUGGCCUAAGAUAAAAGGCAGAACUGUGUGCGAGCCUUUAGGUUUGCACUUCCAUUGGGUGUUGACUUCGUUAAUUGCUCCCUCGCAUCACUCAUUAGUGAGUGCAGGACUUCAAGGGAAAAAAAUACUGUGAUUUGCACUGCUGGAGGUACAAACCACACACUCCCGGACUCUGCCCUAUGCCUGUUUAUGACCUUUGCUCACAAUAUAAGGGAGACUUCCUGCCUAUUGCCUCGGAAGUGCCUUUUCUGGGUACUGGGUGAUAGGUUUUCCGUAUUGUUGCAAAAUAGAUUCCCUCUCCUUCAUGCCACCUUUUACAAUCCUUACAUCUAGAGAAAAUUCUGCCUUUAAGUAAUCUGUGCUCUUUUCAUGCCUGCUUUCUCAUCUGUAUGCCUUUCAAUUAUCUGCCAUUAAUACAAAUUUUACUGAUCCCUGUUUUCCUGGGAACAACCCAGAAGGAACCCUGUAAAAUUGGAAACCAAUGUACUUCUAACAUUGUAUUACUUUACAUGAAAUAAUUGCAUCACAACCACUGCCAAACUACCGGUAUAUCCUUCCUUCAAAUUCAGUGGCACACUAACUCUGGGGUUUAUUCACUUGGCUUGGAAGGGAAAUACUAGUUUUCAGAUAAAAUGGCUAGCCUGGCAUGCUAAAAUUUGCAAAUCCCUGGUCAAUUCUCCUUGUCGGUUCUGUAUAUUUCCCUGUCAGUAAACCCAUCUAAGGAUUCACAGUAUUUCAGUGGCGUGUCAUUUUGAGACUGAAAGGCUUAAAGUGUGACAUUUCUCAUAAAUACUAUCACAUUCAUUCAAUUGACUAUCCACACAAGUACACACGUUAUACCUUUAUUCUGCUGUUAGCCAUAAGAAGAAAGUUUUUUUUGUUCUUUUUCCCUGACUUUUUUCUCGUAAAGUACAUAAGAUAAAGUAGAUGGUCUGUCAAAUCAAUGUAGUUGAGUUGAAAUAUGCAAGACCAAUAAGUCUUGCACAGUAACCAAUUGGUAUUUAAAGAUUACUGUGCCCGUCAGGUCCUUGUAAGAGUUCAUGACGUAAUGGUCAUGAAUCUUCGAUAGGUGCAGUUUGCAUAGUUGAAGCUUGGAAAGCAGUUUUGUACUGUGAGGCUCUUCUACUCCUGAUAAUUAGGGUUAGACUGCAUUGGUCACCAGGUGAACGGAUUGCAACACCAUUUCUUUAUUAAUGCACACAGGACCUAAGCUAGCCGUUAUCAGAUAAGUGGUGGGUUUAAUAAAGUAUCAGCAUCAUUAUUUAACUUGUGUGUAUUCAGUACAAAAUAUGCAUACAAAUAUCUAUAAUUUUAUAUAUAGCUAUUAAUAUUCAUAAUGACACCCUCAUCUUAAAUCGCCCACCCUAAUUUACAAUGUCCGAUUGACUUGAGUGGAACAUUGUAACUGCGGUUUCAAAAUAAACAGGACAUUUUAAACAUUUCAUAUUUCUUUUGCUAGUUAAUCCAAUCCUGUUAUUUGGGCUCAUUCACAAAAGAUUGUUCAAACCACACACUUUUAUUACAUUGUAGCUAACAGUACUUCUGUCCUUCUAACCACUCACUGUAAUACAAAAAAAAUUAGUUUGUGUCCUAUUGGUGACCCACAAUUUGGUCAUUGCGAUAUGUAACUUAGAGCCUAGGUUUCAUGGCUUUACAUGCCUGAAGUGUCAGCUGUUUCCUCACUUUCUAGAGCCCUUAAUUCUUGUAUAUUGUCCCAAAUUUUUGCUGUCUCAGGUAAAUGCUUUUAAGUAGGAUAUUUUUAAAGGAAUUACAUUUUUUUUUUCUUUUUUAGUCAUUAGAAUGAACUCUGUAUCUGUGUAAGAGAACACAUUAAAUGUUUCCAAUAACAGAGAGGCUGUGUUGCACAAUAAAUUUUACAGCCUUUUGGAAGAUUAACCUAUUAAAAGUAGGUAAAAGGGGAACGAUGUUAAGAACAUUUGUAUAAACCAGAUAUAAUAUUCAAAAGUAAGCAUAAACUUUUAGUCACAUAUGUUCAUUGCACUUACUAUGAUCUGUACCAGGGUAGAAAUAAAAUGGUGCAGUGUCAGAAACAUACAUUUAAACCAGCACCACAACAGAUUUCAUAAAGCAGCCACUCAGCAUGUGAAGUCUUCACUUUUGUCCACUUUUCUUCUCCUAGAACAAGGUGUAUAUGGUUCAUGCGUGGCAAUGGCAGUGAUCCACCAAACCAGUACCUUGAUCUUUUGGGGCACCAUGAUGACAACUGAAUGUGAAGACUAAAGGAAAUCUGAUCUCUCGAUGAGGAAAUGCUUCUUGUGGCGAUCAGUCUGACUGCCUGUAAAAUGCAUGUCCUUAGACAAAUGUAAACAUUACUGUUUCUCGCAAUAACUGGGGCAACUGUUGUGUGGUAUCAGUAGUGUUUUGACUGUUGGAGGUUUUUUUUGUGUUCUGGUGGGUGGGGUCCACUACUCACCUUUGCCAGGUGCAGACCACUUGUACCUCUCCUUCCACUCUAGCACUUCUCAUAAUUGGUGUUUCCUUGGUAAUCUGAAACUAAAAUCACCAUGAGUGUUGUGGGUUGCUGACUUUUGUCGUAAGUUUAGCAUAUUCAGAAUGGCUGCAGCAAUUUUAUUUUUCAAGAUAGAGAAGUAUAUGUGAAAGUAAUGUUGUCUACACGUACAUAUGAGAGAACUGAAUAGGUGGUUUCACCUGAACAUGCACACGUCAAAGGAAUACUACUGGGACUGAUUGAUUCGAUAUGAUACAGUACAUUCUAAACUACCUUUUAAGGCGGAUAACGUUUAUAAAAAUCAUCUCUUUAGUGAAAUAAUGGGUUUUAGGCAUGAAAUAUAACUGUUGUAUAUGCCUUCCACUGAAGUGAAUCCUCUCUAUGGGUUAUAUCAGUCAUAUGGAAUUCUCUUUAAAGUUAAAGUAAAUGUUGUCACCAUCCAUUGAAACAGCCUGCCAUGUUUGUACACAUAUGAAUUCAUGGCUACAGACCAUAUUAGUGAAGCAUUUUUGAAAAUAUGUACACCUUAGAUUCUGUUUGCUAGUCGAUUUGUCAGUGCUAUGAUCCGCUUGCUUACAUGUGUGCCUACCUUAAAGGGACACUAUAGACACCAGAACAGCUACAGAGCUACUCUGUACAACUACUAUGUAUAUUCAGUCCCUACAGGCAGAGAAAAGGCAGUGUUUACAUUACAGCCUAGGAACACCUCUAGUGGUCACUCCUCUAGACAUAAAAUAUUCCCAGUGAUUUAAGCGCAUUGGAGGAACAGUUGGAGCAAAUACCUGUUGCCUUUGAUUUUGCUGGUUAUGCGUAAUAAUAAAAUGUGUUACCUUAUUUCUCGUGCAGGUGGAGUCCUUCAUUUUGGACCAAGAUGAUUUGGAAAAUCCAAUGCUGGAAACUGCAUCCAAACUUCUUUUAUCAGGCACAGCUGAUGGUACAGAUCUAAGAACAGUAGAUCCUGAAACACAGGCUAGGCUGGAGGCUCUGCUUGAAGCUGCAGGUAAAUACUCUUGCUUUUAUGCAAAACAUCAGCACACUUUAGCAGGUUGCUUGAAUCCCUCACUACUAUACUUUGGUGUCAAACAUAAGACUUGUGAGCCGGAUGUUUCCCAAGUGGUUACAAAAAGAGACGAGUGGGAACAGCUGGUUAACCCCUUAAGGACACGACGUGUGUGACAUGUCAUGAUUCCCUUUUUAUUCCAGAAGUUUGGUCCUUAAGAGGUUAAAGGAAUACUGCAAGCACCAUAGCCCUAUGUUAUACACUGUAAUCUUGCCUGGAGCUUGCUCCACAUCAGGAGAUGCUAGAUUGCUUUGUAGAGCAAAGCCAGACCAUGAGUGAACAUUCUGAUUAAGAGUGUCCGCUUAGCGCUCUCAGUGAUCGCGGUACUGCAUUAUACUUUGCAGUGUCACCCGGCUUCUUCUGCUGGAGAAGAUUUGAUAUGGCGGGGCACCUAAUGAAACACAGAUAAGGGGUCAAACCGUGCUAAAACAGUGUUACAUCUUACUCUCCGCACACCCAUGUCACUAUAAACACAAUAGCAAGCUGUAGUGGCUAUGAUACUUAAAGGGCUACAAUAGUAGACUGUGUGUGUUAUUGACAUUGAAGUACUAUUAGUAAGGUUAACUGUAUUCCUUAAUGUGCAUUGGGUCUAAGUGAAGUCACUCUGUAAAGUCUGGCUUUUACAUCAGUGCAUAUUUAAACUCUGUUGUGGACAGAUUAGUUUGCUUGCAAAAAUAGACACAGCUCUAUAAAUAUGGGAGGGUGCUUCUUACAUCAGAUUAUAUUGUUAUAUGCUCCAUGAAACUAGACCUAGUGAGUUUUAAAGACACUUUAGAGUGUUUGUGAGCUCAACAUCCAUAUUUUGCUGGGAUCUUCUUACAUGAACAAUUAUUUAGUGCGUGUGUGUUCUAUAAGCAUAUGCAUUUUUCCCUAUUGAUAGUAAUGUCCAUAAACUGUUUUAAUUUGGAAAUCUGGAGUAGAUAAAGUACUGCCAUGUCUGGUGUCCAAAUUGUGGCAUUUCUUAUGAAAGUUCAUAUGUCAUUGUCUUCUCUCUAAAUAUAUUGAAACCUAAAAUAUUAAGUUCAAACCCUCUGCAUGUGUUUUUAAUUGGCCAUGAAAUUAACAAGUUUGCAUUAACACUUUUUUAUAUUAAGCAUACAGUAUUAAGCAUUUUAGAGCUUUCCUAUAUUGGGCAAGUCACUGACCUACUGUAAUUAUAUUCUUGUGAAUUGUGAUGUGAUAAUGCUUACCCAGAAAUAUUCUAAAAUUAGCUGUCUACUAAUUUGUUUUUAAUUAAAUUAUUUGCAUGUUUUGAACGCACUAACACACAGCUUUUUUCUCUCUCCUUUCCCACUUUUUAUUUGGUUUUAUAUUCACCUACUAACUUGGCUUGGUGGCAAAUUUUGAUAAGGAAUUGGUAAAUUAUCCACUGCUGAUGGUAAAGCAUUCGCAGAUCCUGAAGUACUUCGCCGAUUGACAUCCUCUGUCAGCUGUGCGUUGGAUGAAGCUGCUGCUGCACUUACUAGAAUGAGAGCUGAGAGCACCUCAAAUGCAGGGCAGACGGACAAGUGAGUUAUCUUUACUGCACUGUAAAUGUUUAUAAUUUUAGUCUAAUUUCAAUAGUACAUGAUUGAAACACAAAUCACAAUUCCUUUACAAUACAUGCAUUUGAAGUGUAGAAUUUAAACUAAAGAAAUAAAUAGCCAGAUUUAUAUAUUUUUUUGUAUAAAUAUAUAUCUUGUUGUUUUUUUUGUUUUUGUUUUUGUUUUUUUUUUGGUGUAAAGUGACCCCUUUGAGACAUCGCCUCAUUCAAAAGCUUUAGAUUUGAGUGUGAGAGUUCUCAUUCUGCAGGCAGAAAAAGCCAGUAAAUAUAUACAUUUUUUUUCAUAUUUACCUGCUUCUUGUCCUCUGCAGUAUCAAAGCCAAACCCAAAGGGGCACUGAUCUUACCAAUCUGUGUCCAAAUUCCAGGAAUAGUGGAAGAUCAAAUUGCGCAUGAGACUCAGUUGCGCAUGCACAAUUGAAUCAUCUUGCAACACAAUCAGUACAUAUGAGAUCACAGGAUGUGCUAAGGGCUAAAGUUCAACUCACCAAUGGGUAGUGGAGAACGUGUGUUGUUUUUUUUUUUUUUUUUUUUGUCUCCCCCUGUCUCUCAGCAUCCUUUAUUAGUUUGCAAAAGUCAUGAGCGUGCAGUUACUCAUGAUUGGUUAGUGCUAUAUUAUGAAACUGGAAUGUGUGGAUUGGUGAGAGGUAUGCUCAAGAAAGGAAACUCUCAUAGUUUAUAGUAACUUUUAAAUGGUUUUACAUACAAUUUUUUUACCAAAAUUAAGACAUCCUCAAAAAUAAACCCUAGCUUAUUUUUGAGGGAAGCUUGUAAUAUAAGCCCUACCCCGAAAAUAAGACCUUGUCGCUAGUUCGCUAAUCUAUGUUCAGGGAAGUUUCCCCCGAACAUAGACCAGUUCACUAGGGCAUGGAAUCCUGCAAAUCUGUGUUCGAGAGAAUUCCCCCAAACGUAGACUUGCUUUCUGGCUCAUGCUUGCUACAGUUUUCUCCCUGAAAAUAAUCCCUGGUGCGUUUUUCAGGGUGGGGUAUUAAUAGAAGUCCUGGUCUUCUUUUCAGGAGAAGACUGUGCUUUUCAAAGAUUCCUUGCUUUAUUUUAGCUUGUACAGUUGGUUAAAAGUGUGGUUGGAAACACAAAUAACUUUUCAGUGAUGCAUAUCCCUUUUAAAGCGACUUUGAAAACUCCCCCUUUCCCUCCAAAAAAAAAGUAUUUCCUUUAAAGGUUGGUGGGUCUUCAAAAUGUUGACUUUGUUUUAUCAGCCGCAGUUUGGCAGAAGCUUGCUCAGAAGGGGAUGUGAACGCUGUGCGGAAGUUACUCAUCGAAGGGCGCAGUGUGAAUGAACACACAGAAGAAGGGGAGUCCCUCCUCUGCCUCGCCUGUUCAGCUGGAUAUUAUGAACUUGCACAGGUAAAAAUAUUUUCUUUAAAGUCAUGUUAUGUGAUGACAAAAUUGGUAGUCCGUUUAUUUAUGUCAUUCAACGGUUCAUAAGAAAAGCAAAUAAUUUGCGUUUGUUUCACUGCCCACGAAUUCGUCAUUUUUGCUCCUUUAUCUUUCUUGUAUACUUGCUGUUCUGCUCACUGAUAUCAUUGGUGUUGUGAGCAAAUCUGUUAGCUAUGUAAAUUGGAUCCCUGUGACAGCCUGGCUCAGCUUUAAAUUAUGUGCUGAAUGACAGAUUCUUUUUAACUUUUAAGAACUGUUACAUUAUUGUGCCCUUGAAAGGGGUGGUGCUAAGGGCUCAAACUGUUCAAGCUACAAUAAUAGUACAUACAAUAUGUUCAUAAGUGAAUAUUUUUAAACUGUUACAUUUACAAAAGUAAAACUAGUAGAGUUAAAAUUAUGCAUUUUUGUCAUGCUGUUUAUUUUCAAGAUGUAUACAGUUAACUGGCUUCAUGGACGACUUUAAUUGCAAGAUAUUAAAAAUGAAUACUAGGAAAUAUUUCUUCACUUUACUAAUCAUCUACCUAAAUUAAUGAGCUUUGUAAUAGUUUGAGGUCAAGCACCUAUACACAAGUUUCGCAAAAGUAAUCCAAAUUGUAAUGAGUUUCACCAUCAAGCAGAAUUCUGACCUUUACAAAGUUUUACUUUUGUUUACUUUGGAACAUCAAUAGAAUUGAGUAUUUUUACCCUCUGAUGUAGAUUUAGAUAUAUUUAUUAUACUGUACUUAGACCCUUUAAAUUAAGUAGAAAAAAAAAUACUUUCUCCUGCCACAUCCUGAUACACAUAUUUGGGUUGUUUAGCAUAAGCUGAAGUCAAUUUUACACUUCAAAUUUUGUUUCAGGUUCUUCUGGCUAUGCAUGCGAAUGUUGAAGAUCGAGGAAUUAAAGGAGACAUAACGCCUUUAAUGGCUGCUGCUAAUGGGGGACAUGUUGAAAUUGUGAAACUGCUGCUAGCCCAUGAUGCUGAUGUUAAUUCCCAAUCAUCCACAGGUUGGCUGAAUUUUGUACUUUCUCUUUAUUUUGUUGUCGGACACGUGCAUUUUGUUUUACUAUUGCCUCUUCGAAUGUGUAUGACUUCUGUGUACAUUUGCAAAAUAUUUCAGAGAGAUCAAUGGUUUUAAAAUUCUGAAGGAGAAUAGCAAGCAGCCUGCGAAAUACUUGCCAAAAACUUAAACAAUCUGUUUCUAGCGUUGUAAUCCCAACAAGGUCAACUGUCAUUGUUAUUCAUUAAAGUGAGACUUAAAUGUGAAUUUAAGACCAAAUGGCCAAACUGGGAAAAUGCUCAGCUACCUAUGCCCUCGGUCUGGAUACCCUGGCUUUAAAGGGAAAGUAUAGCACCGGUUGUUUUCCUGGCACUAUAGCUCCCCAUAGUGCAUGAAGCUGCAUAUACAUUUUCUGGUUAAAUGUUACUAUAUUAAAUGAACUUACACUACUACACUUCACAUUUUGUCUGAUAUUCUGUUGUAUUUUUAUGCAUGUUCACUUGAUUAUACUUAAAAGUUGUCUGGGGCUGAUGCCGAUAAUGCUAAAAAUUCGGGGGAUCAAUAGUUUUAGCUCUUUAAAAAAAAAAAAAAGUGCAGUAGUCUGUAGAAAUCAAAACUUAAAAUAACAGUAAUAGGAGGCAUUUAAGACCUCUGGCUCACACCUAUUUAAUAUUGCUAAGGGAUGUGAUCCUAAAUCUUAAAACCUUAUGUAUAUAUGUUGAGGUGUUACACUUUUCUUCUCAAACUGGGUUUAUUUUGCCGUAUUUUGAAUAAUGUGGUAGGAUCUUUUAGGUUGAAAAGAUGAAUGAUUUGGUCUGAGCAUAACAUGGAUUUUACCCUAUUUAUCCUUUGUAAUUAUCAGUAGUACAUUCAUGCAUAUUUGUGAAUUAUUUUAUUUUCCCAGAACCAAUAUUAACUCAAUAGUAUGAUUUUAAACUUAAAAGCUUUAAAAGAAAAGAAUGAAUAAGUUAAUAAUAAAAUCUUAAAUUAUAUCCUUUUAAUUUUAAUUCUAGGAAACACAGCACUUACGUAUGCCUGUGCUGGCGGGUAUGUAGAUGUUGUUAAAGUGCUGCUGGAAUCAGGUGCUAGUAUUGAGGACCACAAUGAGAAUGGUCACACGCCGCUUAUGGAGGCAGGGAGUGCUGGGCAUGUGGAAGUAGCCAGAGUUCUUCUGGAGAAUGGAGCAGGAAUCAAUACUCAUUCCAAUGAAUUUAAGGAAAGCGCACUUACUCUGGCAUGCUAUAAAGGUAAGAGUGAUAUCUGGAUUAAGAACAUUAACAAUGUGCUAUGGUUGAUCUUGAUUUGAGUUGCUGCAUUUCUAGUAGUGCUGCUGCAGUUCUUGACAUACUAAUCAGCCUCAACAUUAAAACUACCUGCCUAAUAUCCUGUAGGUCCCCUUCAUACUGCCAAAAUAGCUCAAAUGCAUUGCGACAUCUCUGAAUGUGUCCUGUGGUUUCUGGUACCAAGACAUUAGCAGCAGAUCCUUUAAGUCCUGCAAGUUGCAAAGUGGGUCCUUGAUGGAUCAGAUUUUUUUGUUCCAGCACAACUCACAGUUGCUCAAUAUGAGUAGAGAUCUGUGGAAUUUGGAGGCCAAGGCAACAUGUUGAACUCUAAACGUUCCUGAACAAUUUGUGCAGGGUGCAUUAUCCUGCUGAAAGAGGGCACUGUCAUAAACUAGGGCCAUUGUCAUGAAGAGGUAGGUGUACAUGGUCUGCAAUUAUCUCUAUAGGUGAUAAAGUAACAUUCACAUGAAUGCCAGUACCCAAGGCUUCCCAGAGCAUAUUUCUGUAUCCGCCAGCUUAUUUUCUUCCCAUAGUGCAUCCUGCUGCCAGUUUACUGGUUGUCCUUCGCACCACUUUUGGUAGGUAUUGCAUUCCCAGGCACACCCUAAAAGACUUGCCAUUCUGGAGAUGCCCAGUCGUCUACCCAUCACACUUUGGCCCUUGUCAAAGUAAGAUAUUUUCGCUUGCCCAUUUUUCCUGCUUACACCACAAUUCCAAUACAAUUUUUCCGGCCUAAUAUAUCUCACCACAUUAGAAGUGUCAAUAUAAUUAAUUCUAGUCACUUCACCUUUAAGUUUGUGGCUGAUCAUUGUGUGUGUGCACAUUCAGCAACGAAAAAGUGUUGAGGAUGGGCUACACUUAUUUCUUGCCUGAUUGUAUAUGAAAAUUAACUUAAAGAAUAGUUGCACUUAUGUCUGGUGCUGCUUAUUAGGCAGAUGAUUUCCUUUAGCUUAUUAGAUCAUUUGUUUUCUUCGAGCAUUCCCGUCUGGUUUUGUAAAUAUCAACAACUAACAGAUGAAUAAAGACUAGAUGUGAAUAUAUUUUUUUUUCCUCUGUGCAAUUGUUCAAUUUACAACAACUAAACUUAUUUUAUUUUAUUUUUUUCCCCGUGAUUUUAGGGCAUUUAGAGAUGGUAAGGUUCUUGUUGGAAGCUGGAGCUGAUCAGGAACAUAAGACAGAUGAAAUGCACACUGCCUUAAUGGAAGCCUGCAUGGUAAGAUCCUGUGUACAAAAUAAAAUUCACUUUAAUGUGGGUCUGUCACUUCAAAUUUACCUUUCUCCUAUUGUUUCCUCUUUUAGAAUUUGUGCUUCUUUUUUUAAUUUCUGGUCUAUUUCUCGGCAAAACAUAUGACAAAGUAAGUACUACUUUGUCUUAUGUAUUUUUUUCCCUACACUUGACAAUCUUGGCAAAAGGUAAAUGACAAUCUUGGCAAGCUCCAUUUCUUUGGUCAAGCUAACGCAAGAAGGUAAACUCUUCUUAACCCCUUAAGGACACAUGACAUGUGUGACAUGUUUUGAUUCCCUUUUAUUCCAGAAGUUUGGUCCUUAAGGGGUUAAACUCCACAAAAUUGACAAGCGUAUGGAAAAUACAUAAGACAAAGUAGCCCCUACUUUGUCGUAUGUUUUAAAGAGAAAUCAAUCUAGAAUGAAGAAAAGAGCAGAAGUGGGAGAUAGGCAAGUUUCAGGUGACAGCUACUUUAAAUCUAUUUUAAUUUGGGGUACUUUCAGCCUUUGUGAAGCUAUUUUAGUGAUUUUUUUAAAUUUUUUUUUCUAGAUCUGUAUUUUUUGCCUCAGAAUAUGUGUGUAUUAAUACAUGUGUAGCUAUCACCUGGAAUUUUGGUUAUAGUUUUCUGUUUUCCUUUUUUGAAAACAUGUUCUAGGGACUAAAAUUGAUAUUCACCAAUAGCAGGAGGAGACAUUAACAAAAUAACCUCAUCCAGUUAUCAGCAUGACAUUUUAUCCACCCAUCAGACUCAAGACUUGUUAUUUUCCCAUUUGUUUAAGGCUGAUAGAACAUUAAAUGAUUCACGUCACUGUUGGAAAAUGUGAAUACUUUUAUUCUUGUGUAUUCAUGCCAUCCUCUUUUUGCACAGUGCUGAUUUAAUUGUGCCAACUAGUACCGUUAUGACAUGGUACCCAUAUCAGUUUCCUAUGUUUAGGGAUACGCCAUUGUAAUAACGUUUGUUGCUUGUCUGCCAGUUCUCUGCAAGUAAUUUGUUUUAGAACCCCAUAUGUUUUGUAAAGAUAGUCUGGAUAGUCUAAAUUUCUUUAUCUAAUCUUAAAACUUUUAGGACGGCCAUGUGGAGGUUGCUCGACUGCUUCUUGACAGUGGAGCGCAGGUGAAUAUGCCAGCUGACUCUUUUGAGUCCCCUUUGACCCUGGCAGCUUGUGGUGGUCAUGUAGAGCUGGCAGCCUUACUUAUUGAGCGUGGUGCUAAUUUGGAAGAAGUGAACGAUGAAGGCUACACACCUCUAAUGGAAGCAGCUAGAGAAGGACAUGAAGAAAUGGUAGCAUUACUGUUGGGGCAAGGUAAGCGUUCUAUUUGUGGGAUUAUUAUUGACAUUCAUUUGGAAAUGAGCUUUGCAAAGUGAUUUGGCUCUGCUGACUUGUCAUUUUACUGUGGAUUGCACAAAACACGAUUUGUGAUUGGGAAAAGUUAAAUUUUUGUAUUCUCGCUCUCUCAUGUUUAUUUUAGCGUUAAAGGACCACUGUGCAAUAAAACUACUUAAUUGAAAUGGUUAUGGUGCCCAAAGUUACCUUUUUUUUCUUACCUUUUUCUAACGCUAUCCCACGGUUUGACACAUAAGUGCAGGCACCAGUCUGGCUUUUUCUUUUGCCAUCAUUGUAAAUGCGGAACAUUUGCUUGGGCAGUAGUGAUUGCUGGCUACCCAUAUUAAGUAAUGCUUUAAUGGACCACUAUAGUGCCAGGAAAACUUACUCUUUUCCUGGCACUAUAGUGCCCUCAGGGUGCCCCCACCCUAGGGGUCCCCCUCCCGCCGGGCUCUAGGGGGUAGAAGGGGGUUAAACUUACCUCUUUCUCCUGCGUCGGGCGGGGAUCUCACCGCCUCCUCGGCUAAAUGCGCAUGCGUGGCAGGAGCCGCGCGCCCAUUCAGCCAGUCUCAUAGGAAAGCUUUCACAAUGCUUUCCUAUGGACGCUGGCGUCUUCUCACUGUGAUUUCCACAGUGGGAAGCGCGUCUAGCAGCUGUCAACGAGACAGCCACUAGAGGCUGGAUUAACCUUAAUAUAAACAUAGCAGUUCCUCUGAAACAAGGCUUGUUUCAGGAAAUUAACAGUGAGUUGUUUUUUUUUACCAUUUUAUUACAUUUUGCAAUGUUAUAACAUAAUGCAAAAGACAGGGGGCGAGCACCUGCAUAUUCCUGCUGCUCUAAAAAAGAAAACUCUAACUUACUUGUAACCCAGUGUACAGAGGGACUUUUGCCACAGCUCUUAUCUACCUCCAGUAGAUCAUUCCUAGUGAUGAUGUGCUGGCCAAACCAAUGGUUCAUGAAGAAGCACUGGGAUGCAGGCACUGGCACUUCUAUAAAGUGAGGAAGAGGGCACUGUUAACCCCCUAAAGUACUUUAGGCAGGUACUUCACGGCAAUUAAGUAGUUAUGGUGCCCUGGUGGUCCAGUGGCAUUGGUUGUUCAGUGGGGGGGGCUGACAGUGAGCUCUUACUUGCCUUCCUGCAGCUCCUGUCAGCUCCCUUCUCCUCCGUGCAGCUCCUCUGUUAGCUCCGUUCUGUUUACAGUGUAAGGCGAGAUUUACACUGGGAGCAGAACGGAGCUGACAGAGGAGUUGCACAGAGGAGAAGGGAGCUGCAGGAAGGUAAGUAACAGCUCACUGUCAGCCCCCAACAGGACCGCCGGGCUUGUAAUGAGCCCGGCGGUCCUGGUCUGUAUUAUGGCGAUGUAAGUUGCCAUAAUACAGACUGACUCGAGUAUAAGCCGAGUUGGGGUUUUUAAGCACAAAACAGUGCCGAAAAACUCUGCUUAUACUAUAGUAUAUACGGUACUUUUCUGAAGCGUUGCUUGCUAUGGUGGCAGUGAUAGGAUGAGCACAUCCGUUGCCACUUUAAUACUAUCACUGUAGCUCGAGCGAAUGCUUACUCAUUUGUGAGAAAAGCAGGAGAGAAAGCUAGGCUGUCACCUGGGUAACUCCACUUAAGUGCUUAUCUGUUCAAAAACAGUUUAACACUUAAAGGUAAGAAGGUGUGGUGAGCUUAGGGCACCAUAACCACUUAAUUGCCGUGAAGUACCUGCCUAAAGUACUUUAGGGGGUUAACAGUGCCGUCUUCCUCACUUUAUAAAAGAGCCAGUGCCUGCAUCCCACUGCAUGAAGCAUUGGUUUGGCCAGCACAUUAUCACUAGGAAUGAUCUACUGGAGGUAGAGAAGAGCUGUGGCAUAAGUCCCUCUGUACACUGGGUUACAAGUAAGUUAGGGUUUUCUUUUUUAGAGCAGCAGGAAUAUGCAGGUGCUCGCCCCCUGUCUUUUGCAUUAUGUUAUAACAUUGCAAAAUGUAAUAAAAUGGUUAAAAAAAAAAACAACUCACUGUUAAUUUCCUGAAACAAGCCUUGUUUUGUUCACCAAUCUAUAAUCUAGGCAAAGCCAUGGAGUUGUUAAACUAUUCAACUGGGUGCCCAAUUGCAGAAUACUAUGCUCUCCAUUAGGGAUCGACCAAAAUUGAUCUUUAAUAUAUUUUUUUAGAGCAGAUUUUGAUCUGUGAAUUUUCAAACUGAUAAUUUACCGAUAUUCUGUACAUUUACCAUUCAAAAUUACUAUUUCUACACAAAUCUGUCAACUGAACUGGUUUAUUUUAUUUAUUUUGCAAAUCUUUUUUUAUUUAUUUUUAUUAAGGUAAAUGCACAAAAUAUACAUGCCAGUCAGAAUUGUUUUAUGUUUUCAAGAAUGUGUGUGUGUGUGUGUGUGUGAUUAGUGGCCCUUACGUGCUCUUUGUUUUACAUCACAAGAUUAGUCUUAUCAAAAACAAAUUGUUGGUGGGUUGUCUAGAUGUUCACAUUAAUUUUACAAGAAAUCUGUAAAUUUAAAAAGAGCACUCAAUGCUUGGCAUAACCUUUUGAAAUUUACACAAUCACCUUGGGAAAGGAAGAAAAGACAAAAAACGUCAUAUUUAGUAGAUCAAUAAGAAACCAUGCAUGCAUUUAUUUAAGCAUGUUGUCAUUGAGGGUAUAUCUAAAAUGAAAUCGGUCUCCUGUAUGCAGUCUUCUUUGCAAGCCCUACUCUUUUUCCUCAGUGCUUAUUUUCAGUCUAUGUGCAGGGGAAAUGAUCAGUAGUCAGAUGCUUCUCAUCAAGGGUGGGGGGGGAGGUUGUGCAGGGGACCUUCCCCCAGCUGUUUGUGAAAUACUUCCCCAGCAGUCAGAGAAAUAGGCACCUUGUCAUAGAGUGCAAUUCAGCAAGUUAAAUGCUUUGUGUGUGUGUGUGAGAGAAGUGGUCUUUUAAGUGCAGUCUGUGGGUUUCAGUUAAGUAUGCAAUGACAUUUGUUUUUUUGUGUAAAUAUAUAUAUGAAUGCGUGGAUGCCUAAUUUGACAUUCUAUAGAUUUUCUGGUUCUUUAUCUUUUUUGUAUUUUAGAACUGUUAUUAUUCCCUACAUAGCAGUUUAAGUUAAUUUGUAUAGUAUCAAAUGUAACCAACUAAGAAAAUGUAAGUGUGUCAGUCUAUUUUAAAAUAAUUUUCUUUUUUUAUAUAACAAAAGGAGCAAACAUCAAUGCUCAGACAGAGGAGACUCAGGAAACUGCCCUCACAUUGGCAUGUUGUGGUGGCUUUUUGGAGGUCGCAGACUUCUUAAUCAAAGCUGGAGCAGACAUUGAGCUUGGGUGCUCUACUCCCUUGAUGGAAGCUGCUCAAGAAGGUCAUCUAGAGUUGGUCAAAUACUUGCUUGCAGCAGGUGUGUAUUUAAUUUUCUCCUCUGUUCUAUGAAAUGUAUUGAACAUAUUCCAGGCAACUUCAUUUCAAUGAUGUCAACUUAUCACUGGCCCUCCAUUAAGCGAAAGGCAUUAGAAGUGUACAUGCACUUCUAAUGCAGUUUUAGCAAUGGUAGACCAGAGAUUGGCUUAUCUCCCAGACUAUUGCUGUGCCUAGUGCAAAGUCUCUCCAUUGGAGCUUGGACCCUUUUUUUUUUUUCUUCUUUCUUUCUUAAUAUAUUUGGGAGUCCAGGCCAACUUCUUGGUUUUGCACUCCUUUCAUAGGUGCCUCAUUCCAAGGCCCCCAGGGGGAAGCAUUUCCCAAGUAAGUGGAUUAAUCUCAUAAGAGCAGGACCUGCCAAGAAUGGGGUACAUUGACAUUGUGGCAGGCUUUUUUGUCUAGGUGAGGUGUCCUUAACUAAAACUAUUCCAUUCUGUUAAAAUUGAAAUUUCAGUUUAGUAACUGAGUGAGUGUGCUGAUUUUUUUUGUAUGUUGCAUUGAAACCUGGAAGACAUACACAGUCUAAAGCACUUUGGGAAUAAACCAUUGAUAAACCAUUUAACUUCUUAAGAUGAAAACAGGGAUAUCCAGGCACAAUAUUUACUUGUGAAAUAAAUAUAAAAGUAGCGCUAAUUGUAAAAGAUUGUAUAUGGUGCUGCUAAAAUCACAAGUGUUGUCACUCUGUGCAACACACAGUGUAAUCCCAAAAUCCUAAAGAUUGGCACACACUCCAAAUAAAAUGUUGAUAAAAUAUAGUAUAAGAACAGAAUAUUACCACACUUUUUGUUGUAAAUAACAUUCCUAGAAAAUUAAGCAUAAAACAGGUCAUGGUGCAGUAUAUAACAUAUGCAAUAAAACGCUGGUCAAUCAGUUCCAUUCCUGAGCCUAAUGUAGCAGGCUAAGUGUGUAAUGGUGUCAAAAUGUUAUGUACACUUCUCAGUGAAUCCACUACCCCAGCUCCACACUGUAUUCUCUUUCAUGCAGCACUAGGGACAGAUGGGUUAAAAAUACUGGAAUUAAUUUUAUUGGGCACAAAUAAAAUGACAAAUGAUAUUUACCAAGAGCAGGAAGAGAAACAAACAAAACUACCUAAUCCGGUUAUUAGCAUGUCAUUAUUACCACACUAACACAUUUCGGACCAAAUGGAUCUUUCUCAACGUGCAUACAAGUCCAUUUUUCUUGCUUGUCUUUUUACAAGGGAGCCCUCCGGUAAUUCUCCCACCAUUUCCUUGGUCCUACUUCUCUUGUUCCCAUUUACCUCUUUGCGUUCAAAUGUCGCUACGUCGGCACAUCCAUGCGUGUGACGUAGUUUGUGACCCAGCUCUUGUCAAAGCAUUCAAAGUCAUCAUGCUCUUGUGUGCGGCGCCAGGCCUGAUCAUGUGAUCUAUAUGUUAUACUUGAAUUGGCAAGAGCGAAAUUUAAUUUUAUUUGUGGGCAAAAUGCACAUUUUAGUCCCAUUUACAUAAUUUAUACAAACGGAACCUUGUCAACAUGGAUAAAUAUUAGUCUCUAGAAAGAUUAUGAAGCAAUCACUAAUCACACAGUCCAAAUUACAUGUAUACCUGUGUAUGGUUUGCAUAAAAACAUUUAAAAACAUUAAAUGAAAUCUAUUUAAACUGUAUUCCAUAAAACAUCAAUAUUUCAUAGCAAAAACCAUUUAACACACGAUAGAAAGUAUAUAAAUGGGCAUUAAAAACAUAAGUGGAAUGUACACUCCGUAAAGUGCUGGUGUACAUUAUGAUAAAUGUUUUAUUAUAAGUGUAUCCUUAUUCUCACCUUUAAAACUCAAGAUAUUUUUCCUAUAGAUUGAUAACCACAAGAGUGUUAAGUAGAUAUAAUCUUUUAUUGCGUGCAAUAUGAAGAAUGUUAUAUCUAACUAGCAGACUUUUUCCACAAUCCAAUGGGUGUUUCAUUGGAUAUGGUUUAAUCAAUUUAAUAAAAUGUUCGCUCUUGCUGAUUAAAAUAUGGCGCUUGGAUCACAUGAUCAGGUCCGAAGCCGCACGCAUGGGCCUGAUUACUAAAUGCUCUGACGAGAAUUGGGACUUGAACUACGUCACACGCAUGGACACGAUGGCGUAGUGACAUUUGAAAGCAAUGAGGUAUGUGGAAGCAGAAAACUGAGGACCGAGGAAAUUACAGGGAAAGGUGACGAAAUUACCAGAGGGUUACUUUAUAAAGAAGCAAAAACAGAGAAUUGCUUGUAUGCACUUUGUGAAACAUCCAUUUGGUCGAAACGCAUUAAUGCUUUUUAUGUGCUUUAAUUGUGCCCAAUAAAAUUUAUUCCCCUAUUUUGAAGCUGUCUGUCUCCUGUGCUGUGUUGAGCUAGGAUUGCAGAUUCACUGGGAAGUGGACACGUUUUUGCAUCCCAACAGUCUCAGCCUGCUAAGUUAGGCUCAGGAUUAUGUGAGUGUGGUGUAUACCACUGUGUUACGGCUUAUAUGUUCUUCUGCACCAUGAUCUGUUUUAUGCUUAAUUGUUUUGGGAGUGUUAAUUACAACAAAAAAUUUGGUAAUAUUUUAUCAAUCUAUUUGGACUGUUAGUGCACUGUCACCAAUUUUUGUGAUAUAAAUGUUUACUUAAUUGAGAUAAAGUUGUUAUGGUGCACAGAGUGUUUGGUAAAAUAAUAUAUGCCUUUAAGUUCAGAUUUUCUUUUUAUUGCUUCCCAUGCUACAGUUAUAAGUAACUUAGCAUACAAUAGGUAAAUGUGUACAUGUACAAUGUAGUGUUUGAGAGUCCAAUCGAUUUUUAUUUUAUUUUAUUUUUAUUUAUUAUUAUUUUUUACAUAACCACAAGAGUCUGUGUGAUAAUACAUGUAUUUCUUUUUAAUAGGUGCUAAUGUACAUGCAACAACUGCCACGGGUGAUACAGCUCUUACAUAUGCUUGUGAAAAUGGUCAUACUGAUGUUGCAGAUGUGUUACUACAGGCUGGGGCAGACUUGGUAAGUUAGUUCUUCUUUGAUGUACUAAGGAGGGCAGUGGUAUAUUUUUCUUUACGUCCGCUCUCCAGCCAUCAAAAUAAUAUAAUUUUAUUUUUAUUUACUCCCAGACAUAAAGUAUAGGUUGAUAGACAUGGUUACAAAGUGGCGACAUAAAUAUUUUUUGUUCUGUUUAGUAAUCUCCAGAAUUCCAAAACAGACAACAAUUCUACGCAAUCUAUAUCUUUUGGUGUUCCGCACAUGGAAACUGUGUGUAAAUAACAUUGGUGGUUUGACUUGUUUUUGUUUUGUUUUUUUAUGCAUAUUCAAUGGAAAUCAGUGCAGUUUAAUAUCUUGCCAAAAAUCAACUUGUAAAAUAAAAUGUUUUAGCAUGCUUUACAUUUCCAGUGUCCUUUGUAUAACAUUUUAAUGUGGUUAAAGGGCUUUUAUUUUUCUUCUAGGAACAUGAGUCUGAAGGGGGAAGGACUCCUUUAAUGAAAGCAGCAAGAGCUGGUCAUGUCUGCACUGUUCAAUUUCUCAUAAGCAAAGGUAGGCUUCAAUUAUAUAUAUAUUUUUUUAAUUGAAUAAUUCGAUGAUCCAGUAUAACUUUAAAUGCACACUCUAAACACCACACCAAUUUAAGCUUAAUUAAGUGGUUGUAGUAAAUAGAUUAUAUCCAUGAUGUCUCACUGUUCAAUUCUGUCAUUUUGGAGUUAAGUCACUUUGUUUAUGCAGCUCUAGCCACAUCUCCCUUCCCUAUGACUCGUAUAGCCUCCCUGCACACUUCCUGUAAGGAGUGAUCUAAUUUUUAAAUUUCUUUUUAUUGAAAAUUCUGUUUUAUUUAGUAUUUCUCAUCUCCUGCUCUAAGAGCCUGCAGGAUACUAGUUCAUGAUUUAAAGCAGCUGUUACUUUUUGAAACCCUUGGCUGAGAGCCGCCGAGGGAUCCUUUACUCUGUAUCACCCAAUGCACUCCCAUCAACCACUUUUCAAUCCUGGGAACGGAUUGUUACCAUUUUAGAUGGUUUUCUAGUCCCUCCAUGCCUUCUUUCUAGGCACCGCCAUCUUUAAUUUUCUAAAAUGGAGGUGCCCAUAAAUAGUAUCCUUUCCUCUAUAGCCCCAUAGCACGUGACAUUAUGUGCAUGUCCAGUUUAUAUUGAGACUCUGGAGUCUCUAAACGGUAUUGAGUAUACACAGUGGGCCAGUGACAAAGUUGUCCAGGGCAAUGACUAAAGCUCCAGCCAUGUCAACUUUUGUCAACUAGCUGGUUCUACAUAAGGAAAAGUAGUCAGUACUUCUCCUUAUGUAUAACUUACCAAAAAAAAGUGUCUCGGUAGAAAAAAAUCAAUGUGCUUAUAAGGUGGAGUUUUGGGACAGUGACAGUCACUUUAAGUUAUAUUAACAUACAUAAAGGGAAUCAACACAGUAAAGGGGGAGACCAUAUUUAAAAGGGAAAAACUACUACAACAAGAGGACAUAGUCUUAAAUUAGAGGGGCAAAGGUUUAAAAAUAAUAUCCGGAAGUAUUACUUUACUGAAAGGGUAGUGGAUGCAUGGAAUAGCCUUCUAGCUGAAGUGGUAGAGGUUAACACAGUAAAAGUUUAACCCCUUAAGGACACAACAUGUGUGACAUGUCAUGAUUCCCUUUUAUUCCAGAAGUUUGGCCCUUAAGGGGUUAAGCAGGUGUGGGAUAGGCAUAAGGCUAUCCUACCUAUAAGAUAAUGCCAGGGUCUAAUGAAAGUAGUUAGAAAUUUGGGCAGAUUAGAUGGGCCGAAUGGUUCUUAUUUUCUGUCACAUUCUAUGUUUCUAAAGUAAGCACAAUAUGCUAUAACAUCAAACCAUUUUUUGGGGACUGUGUGAGUCACAGCCAGAGUAGUUGGUACUAAGGCAGCAAAAACAAUCAAAAUUGAUUUAAUUUUUAAAAGACCGAAUUGAGCAGUGAGACUGCAAGGGCAUAAUCUAUGCACAAAAACUGCUUCAUUAAGCUAAACUUUUCUGGUGCUUAGAUUAUCCCUUUAAGAAUUUAAUUUGUCUUAAAUAUAUGUUUUCUUCUUCAGCUUUGUCUGUCUCAAGGACAUUACUGCCUGUAAAUUUCCAUUAUCUUGUGCAAAUAUAAAAAAACAUAUGCAACCUUUUUCUUCUGUAUACAAUGUACUAUUAAUAAUUCAUAAUGUAAAACUGGGAAAUAAAGAAAGUGAGUUUCUGAACACGCAUCAGUAUAUCGCAGUAAUGGACAAAUCUUAGGAGCAAAGUAGCCAUAGCUUCUAAAGUGUUGAUUCCAUGCUUUUCAUGCAGGAUUUGAUUUUCUUUUGUAGAUAUUCAAUGCUAACAAAUCUAAUAUUUAACUUGAUAUAAUCAGUAUGGUUCCUGUGCUAAAUAAAUGAGCCUAGCCCCUCAUUGGAAUUAUAUACUCUGUUUGGGGUUGCUUAUGGGUAUGCCAUGUUCAUGUAACAAAAUUGUUAGCCAUUUUAAAAUACAUGUUAAAGUUGUAGUGUUUGAGGAAAAGAACAUUUGCUAUAGUUGAUGAAUUUUGGAACCUUUUUUCCUUUAGGUGCAAAUGUGAAUAGGACAACGCUGAAUAAUGACCAUACAGUGCUCUCUCUUGCCUGUGCUGGGGGGCAUUUGGCUGUGGUAGAGUUGCUUUUGGCUCAUGGGGCUGAUCCCACACACAGAUUAAAGGUAUACUCAUUUUUUUAUUUAUAGAUUUGUCUGUAUGAUGACCAAUAUCAGUUUGGCAAAUGUUUAGCAUCAACCAAAAUGAGCAUUUACUUCAUUUAUUAUAAAAUAUGAUAUAUCAAAUAUUAGCAUUUAGCAAAUUUUAUUAGCAUUUAUUUCCCCUCCUUUACCCCAAUCAUUUGUUUCUCUAGCAAAACAAGUGUCUUCAUGUGGAUGUUUGGGGUUUGCUUUGCAGUAUGUUGUAGGCUAAAUUGCAAGUUAAGGACUUGAAGACAACAUCACUCUUAUUGAAAAAUAAUACCUGACGGAAUGGGGGAUUUUAAAAAUGCAUGCUUACAUUGGAUUUUUGGCACAUUCUGUAUCCGUUAUUAGAACUGUCAGCUUUGAGUGUUGCUUUUUAAAACAUGUUUUAGGUCAUGCUUAAGUUUCCUUCAUGAUUUACUCUUUAAUUUUGUUUCUAUUUGCAGGAUGGGUCUACAAUGCUUAUUGAAGCUGCAAAAGGUGGUCACACUAGUGUGGUUUGCUACUUGUUGGAUUACCCCAAUAACCUUCUUUCUGCACCUCCACCUGAUGUGACACAGUUCACACCACCCUCCCAUGAUUUAAACCGGGUAACAUUUAUUUCUGAUCACUAUUUAAAUGUUUUGAACGGAAUUGUCUCAAAUCUGUUCAUGUCUAUUAAUGUCACUUAUUUUUAUAGCACAAAGCUACACAUCUGUCUUCUAUACCUGGUAUCAUGUUUCCAAAUGUAUUUACUUUGUAUUCUCUAAUAUGAAUGUUUUUAAUUCUGUAACAUUUGACUAGUUUUUGUAUUAUUAUUAUUAUUAUUAUUAUUAUUAUUAUUAUUAUUAUUAUUAUUAAACACAACUCCUAGAAAUGUUGGCAAUGACAGUGUCCAAUGUUUUAGGCUCCUCGUGUACCAAUGCAGGCACUGCCAAUGGUCGUCCCACCCCAGGAACCAGACAAACCUCCUGCUAGUGUCGCUACAAGCCUUCCCAUCAGAAACAAAGGUCAGUUUUAGCUUUCUAUACUUUUUUUUUUUUUUUUUCCUCUCCUUUUGGUGUAAAGUUGGUUUUUGGGCUCAUACAUUUUCAUACACUUUCUCUAGGCAUAAACUCUUAAAGAACUGAUAACUCAAAACUGCUAAGACACUUUAUAGCGAUCUUUUUCUCUUCCUUUCAAGUUUAUGGCUAGUUGUAGGGUUAAACCACAAUAUAUACAUCCCCUGUUUAGGGCCGAACCGUAUUCUUUGACAUUUUCCCUACAUGUGAGAAAAGGUUUAUAUUAAAAUGUACCAGGCUUUGGCGCUGUUCACACAUGUACUCCAGAUACAAAACAAAAUUGGAUUUCAUGCUCUUAAUUUGCUGGUGGUAUUCCUAUCCUGACAUUACUAGCACAUAUGCGAUUUAGUUUGUGUCACACAAUGUGGCAAAAAAUUACCUAUGCAAAAUCGGGAGCAACUGUGAAUUUGGAAUAGUGACCAGAGAAUUUAAUGGAAUCUUCCACUGCUUUUCCUAUGUGUAUUACUGUGCCCUCAAAAUUGCUAAAAUUCUGGCUUUAUGAAUAUAAGGAAAGCCAAAUACAAAGCAAUUUCACAGUAGAGAAACUAAAAUGUAAAUCAUGUUUGCAUUGGAUGUUUAGGCAAGUUAUUUGUAACCUCUUUGUUUAUGCAUUUUCAUAUUGUACCUAACAUUUUGCACCUAUGUUUUCCCUUUAGAAGCAGUUUUGCUUUUGAGUGUUUUUUUUUUAUUUUAUUUUUUUUAAAUGUGUUAUGUUCUUUGUCUCACCUUUUUGUAGACUGGUUUGGUUCUUUAUUUUGUACUUUUGUGUUUGUUUGAUUCUCUCUCGUCGUUGUCCUGCCUUAUAGAAAAAACAAUAUUAUAAUUAUAUUUGGACUUUAUUGCAUAGAUUACUGCAAGGAGAUAGUUAUUGAUGGAAAACAGUCUUUACCAACAUGUCUGCCAGUGUGUCUCUUCUAACCAAAAUUCAUGUAUUAAAGUCCACAGUCUGGACUUUGUCUGAUCUAUUCACACUGGAACAAGUUAAUUUAUGUUCUCUUUUUCCCAAUUAUAAUUGAGUGAAGUGUAUAAAUGGUUUUAAAAAGUUUUUCUAUGGCUUGACUGCACUAGGUAUUCUUAAGCCUUUUGUUGUGAUCCAGAAUUGUUGUCAGUGCAUAUUCAAGGGGUCUCAAAUUGUCGAAUUGGUGGAAAUCGUAAACUUUAUCAGUGACUGUAUACAAAAUUAUUCUAUGCAUACUGUGAUUUUAAAAUAUUAUUGCUAGCACACAUUAAAUGGAUAGCUUGUUUUUCAAGUAACCAGAAUCACUAUUUUUAAAAGGCCAACACUUUGCUGUAGGUACAGUUGGAAAUUCUGAUGACUGUUAGAGGAGAGAGAAACCCUGUUAAAUUAGCAUACAUUUAGAGGAAGAUAAUUAAAUGGUGACCAAAUAAAUAGCAUACUCAAAUGAGUUUACAGUUUAAAGAAUGUGGGAUGCUGGUGCACAAGAGGUAAAGAAAAAAGUCUAAAAGGGUGAGAUUGCCAGGUAUGGACAAAUUACUAAUAUUGACGGUGUUGGAUUUUAUUAAAAUUCCAACAUAAUAAAUAUAUCAUGUCUUUGUCUUUUGGUCAAUUCAUACAGAUGUUGCUAGCAGUGGCGUAGAUUCCUGGCACCUAUGAAGGAGUUAUGGGUGUGUUUUGAAGUGAUCAUGGUGUCUGGAGUCUGUGCAGUCUCAGUAUAAAACACUGCACAUACAUAGUUUACAUGCUUUGCUACCAGAGGUGGAACUCCAGAUUGGGCAACGUCAUAGGGAUAACAUCAAUUCUGUGGUCAAAUGGUCAUGCUAGUGUGUGCAGAGAACGGUCAGCUGACACUUGAACCCAAUGUAUCGUGACUGGAUCAGCUUCUGCAGCGCAGAAGUAGUGCAUCAUCUAGCAGGGUUAGGAGUCACGGAGCCAGGCGGUGACCUGGGUAAGAGGGCAAGCCAUUAAUAAACUAUUUGCGUUAUUACCGGGGAACCUGAUCAGUACAUCAUAACCACUAAAAUAGGUUGUAAUAGAUUUUGAGCUUGAAGAAACCCUUUAAGUGAUUUCUUAAAGCAAGCAAGCAAGAGUUGGAGAUGCAGGUGCAAAUAGAAGUCAAACAUUGGUCCCUAGCAAAGCGGAGGUCAAAAAAUUGUUAGUUUGCUGGUGCUGGCCCCUGAUCUUCCUCCUUGGCUGACAUCAGAAGUAAUGAUCUCAGCCAAUCACAAUUUUGUCCCAUAGGAAAGCAUUGGAUUGGCUGAGAUUAAGUCUGAUCUCAUCCAAGGAUGGAGGCCCGGGGUGGAGCCAAAACCCAACCUGGCCAAUCCGCAUAGAUGCAUUGAUUCAAAAGCUCAGAGUCUCACACUCUGCAGCACUGCCCCCGGAAGCACCUCUAGUAGCCAUCUGAGCUGUGGCCACUGGAGGUGUCCCUAGGCUGUAAUGUAAACACUUCCUUUUCUUGAAAAUACAGUGUUUACUGCAAAAAGCCUGCAUGGACUGACUAUGCUCACCAGAACUACAUUAAGCUGUAGUUGUUCUGGUACCUAUAGUGUCCGUUUAAAUACUAAGGCAUCUUAAAGUUUAGAGUUAAAUUUUUUUAUUGGAUUACAAUAUUUUUUUUGCACUUAAAGGCGUCCAGAGUUUUAGACUGAAUUUGAAUUAAGCAGUUUUUCAGGCACAGAAGAGUGACCGUUGAUAUUAUGGUAUUUAUAUAGCGCAGUCUGAUGCAACUUCACAAGAUCGAGAAAUCAUGGUUGACCGGUUUAGAAUUUGUACAAUACAUAAGAUCCAGCUCACUCACUUAUCUACUAAACAGCAACUUCAAUGACAGAAUUUAUUAGUAUAUUUUUUUUUUUUUUAAACCUACUCUAUGGAAAAUAAUGGGUAUUUAUUUACAUUAUAUGAUCAUACAUUGCAUAAGCCUGCCACAACAUUAAUGUACCCCAUCUUUGACAGGUCCUACUCUGACAGCCUAAUGUCUUCUUCAUGGGCUACUUACUCGGGGGCGAAACAUUCCAUCUGGAAUUCUCUGCAGUACAAGGCUAAAUAGGGCCCUGGGAUGGGGCACCUGUGACAGGGAGGGAUGCAAAACCAGGAGUUGGCUAGACUCCCAAAUCCUCCCUGCAGAACCUCAUUUAUGCAUGUUCAGGUGAGUGCAGCCCACUGGUUUCAUAUCUAUCUCCAGGGGGCUGCACUCACCUGAACAUGCAUAAAUGGGGUGCUGCUGGGGGGCCAAUUUAUACAUAUCUCUCUAUCCAAAUAUUAUAAGUAAGAUGGCUAAAAUAAAUGUGGGUAUAAGAAUAAAGUGCAAUGAAAAGCGCUUUAGUGAGAAUUAAUAAUUGAAUACCACAUUUAUACUGGGAUGGUAAGCUGUCCAAUAUAGUACCAGAUUUUUCAAAACUUUGAUACAUUUAGGAAAAGAUAAAGAUUACCUAGUAUAAAAAUCGCACAAACAAAAAUAAAACUACAAAUGCAUUGUAGUUACAAAACGUACAGCAACGAUGGACAGAAACAGCGCUAUUCAUGUUCAAAACAGACCCUGAGCCAAGUCUGCACAGCCAUUCUGCUAACCAUUGUGAAAAUCCAAGCUGAUUUCCCUCAUGUCCCUUUUUGUGCUUUUUAGCUUUUCUAAGUGUAUUCAUGUUUUGAGGAAUCUAGUACUGUUGUAUAGUGGACUCCUUACCAUCCCAUUAUCAAUUUUCAUGUAGGUGUUUUUUUUAUUAUCCGCACAUUAAUUUUAGCCAUUCCACAUAAUUUAUAUUUAUUUAAAUAACUUGGGAUUACUUAUUCUGAAUGUGGUAAAAUGGAGGAUGUUGUGUAUGAAACUGGGACCUGUAGGAUAAGAAUGGAGAACACUUGUAGUUGUUUAAUUGCUGGUCAGUACGUUUCAACUUCUGCAGUAGAAUGCAGUGAGUGUAAAGGAACUCCAUAUAUAUAUUUUAUCUUUAAAUCUUUGUUAUAAUAUACUUUUUUUUUUUUUUUUAAUCUUCACUUGUCUACUUUUUCCACACCUCGUUCUGACAGCCAUAUUUAUACGCUUUUGACUAUAUUCAUAUUGUCCAUUGAUUUUAAAAAAUCACUGCUAUUUCUGUCAGUCCAUGGGUGCCAAAUUUAAAAAAAAUAAACUUGCCCAAAACACUAAAGCAGUAUCCCUGCCUUCUUGCCUGGACGCUAAAUUUUAUUAAAUAAGAUUGGGAUCCCUGCCGAGUGCCAUAGAGAUUAACAGGGCUAUUUGAUAAACUCUUAACUUUCACAAAUUAAUUCUGGAUAGAAAAAUUAGGCAAAAAUAGGUCAUUUGGAAAAAUUCUCUGAUAUAGUUACAUUAUAGUUGUAUUUGCCAUCGUUCUGACAUUUUGGUUUAUUUAGCAAAAAUGAAUUUUAUUUAAUUAACUUGAAUACAAACCGUAAAAGGAUCGGUGCUAAUUAACAAAAAACUAAGGGGCAGCAACCCAGAUAAUGGGAUCCCUCUCGAACCCUUUAAUAGAUCAAAAACAAAGGGGAAAGUGCUGCACCUUAAAUUACACAGUAUAGAUGGUAAAUUACCAGAGAGAGAGAGAGAGAGAUAGAUAUAUAGAUAUAUAUAUAUAUAUAUAUAUAUAUAUAUAUAUAUAUAUAUAUAUAUAUAUAUAUAAUCUCUAUAUCUCUCUAAUAUAUAUCUCUAUCUAUAUCUAUAUAUAUAAUAUCUAUAUAUCUAUAUAUAUCUAUAUAUAAUCUCUCUCUCUCUCUAUAUAUAUAUAUAAUAUAUAUAUAUAUAUAUAUAUAUAUAUAUAUAUAUAUAUAUAUAUAUAUAUAUAUAUAUAUAUAUAGAGAGAGAGAUAUUAUAUAUAUAUAUAUAUAUAUAUAUAUAUCUAUAUAUAAUGGGGGCUACUAAAACCAAUGUGGAAAAAAUAUACAAUAGUCCCAGAAUAGUCUUUUGUAAAAGAUACCCUUUUCAGUGGUUAUGCAUGUAAGUAGGGUUCUGGAUCUGGUGGGAAAGAUUAAAUCAGAUGAAAAGUUCUUGUAGGUUUCAAAAUUCCUUGUAGAAGUCCAUAUAUAAAGACAAAAAAGCGAAAAACUCCAAUAGUGCAAUAUGUCAAUUCAACCAGAAUAGGUAUAAGAUAGCGAUGGGUUACUCAUAUUCAUUGGAGCUUGUAGAACAUUCAGUGGUUUAAUCCCUUUUUACAGGAUAUGAUGUAGGUGUCCAUAAUAGGCAAAGUGCCAGCAACCCAAAAUAAAGGGAUACAAAUACAACAGAGAGUGCUCUCUAGGAUGAAAUAUAUAUAACCAAAGGUAGAGCAGACCAACUGCUCUCUGAUUAAAGCGCUGUUGGUAUAAUUCCCACCUAGGAUACUUGAAGUGAAUAAAAGCAUAAUAGAAAUAAAAGGUGCCAGGAGAUAUUUUGUUAUAUAGAAUGAUACAAAGGUAUUUGACACCGUACACAAGUGGUGACCAAAAAUCCUUUAUUCAAAUAAAAUACAAAUUAAUAACAUUCAUCACCCGUUUCACCAAUAGGCUUUAUCAAAUGGAGAAAAACUUUUAAGCAUUGGCUAGGGAGUUUAAAUGGCAACCACAACACAUGUGCUGUGGCUGCCGUAUUUGUAAGAGCAGAAGGACCUCUCGUGAGGAGAUUUAUUUAUUUUCUUCGCUCUCAUAUCUGUGCCUUGACAUGAAGUGUCUGCUGUGGCAUUGACUGAGAGCUGGGAGAGAAAAAUAAAAACAUUUUUAAAUAGGUUUGUUUCUCUCAAUGCUAGCACAAUGUAUAGAUUACGUUUUAUGUUCUAGGUCUAGAAUAUAAAUAAAAAUGGGACUACAAAUUACCACAUUUUGUUCAUCAAAUAAAUUUUCAGAGACUACUUUGAACAUUUGUUUUUUUGUUUUUUCCAUUACGAUGAUAAUACUCCAUUACAAUGCCCGUCCCAGUUUUACUUCCUCUGUGUACCGCAUCCGGGGACACCAGGGAACGGUCUCCUGCAGCCAACACGAGUGCAUUGUUAAGCCCACCUGCUCCGUGCAGCAUGCAUUAUGACCAUUCAGAGAGUGCUUUAGCAGAGUUCCCUGCACAGACCUGUCAGAAAUAGGCCAGCCAAAUAAGCUGUCGCACACCUCUUCUGGGUAAAGCCACCCAUUAUUGACGUUGGGGCUCAGUAUAGGGAAAGCCUGGCUGCGCUUCAGGCUGCUAGGGAUUAAGAAUCUCGAGUAAAUGGUGAGUAAACAGUUUAGUGAUGAUAUGGGAAUUGGUGGCCACGGACUCCAAACACCAUAACCACUUCAAUUGUUAAAGAUGCUAUGGUGCCUACAGUGCUCCUUUACUAGAAGUGUUGUGUUCUGUUUUUCGUUUUCUUGUGUCAAAAGUUUAGUUCCAGCCUUGUUUACAAAAUAGUUUCUUCAUAUUUUCUUUUUUUUUUUUGUAUUUUCACCAAAUGCUUUUCAGAAUUCUUUAAGUUCUUCUGUGCAUUACUUAUAUUAGAAUCCAUAAAGAAAAAUGUCUGCGCACACAUGAAUAGGCAAAAAGGCACUCUAAGUUUGAAUUUCCCACAGCAAGCCGACAAUGUUUCAGUUUAAAAGUAUUUGUUUAAGUAUUUUAACCUAUUUUAAGACCUAUUGUUAAGUCAAAACAUUGUUUAUUUAGCUUGCUGUGGGGACAGAAAUAGGUUUGCCGUGCUUUUUUACCUUUCGAUGUGUUCUUUUUUGGCUUUUAUAGUGAAUAGUUGCAGAACCAUCAAGGAGUGGGUGCAUGCAUGCGUGGACCUUUUUAGUACGUUCCUAGAAUAAUAAACUGACCAUUUAAAUGUAAUCCCUGAACAUUAUCAUUUUCUUUAUUUAUGGCAAACACUCUUCCUAAUUCUAGCCCAUUUAACCUUUUUUGUAUCUAGGAUACUUCUUUAGUUUGCUUAGUUUAAAUGGCUUCUCUCUGUGUUGGUGGUGGGGAAUUUCUUUUUAGAGUUACAUAUGGAGAAGUGGGACCCUUGAAUAUGCUGCUUUUUGGAUUUUAUAUUCUAGCUAUUGUCUGUAUCUGUGCUUUGUUAGGUGUUGGUUAAGUAACUUGCCUCAUCAUCCUUGUUUUAUUCAAAUUCAUGAUCCAGGUUAUUGUAUAAACUAUGCUAUUUUAUAUAUGUCUCCUUUUAACAUAUGGAGAUCUAAAACCGUUUUUGUGGGUUUAAAGGGUAUCGCACUUUGCCAAAAUUUGGCACAGAACAUUAUUUUAAAAAAAAAUUCACCACACUACAUAGGGCUUCAUAGUUUGAUAGCUGCUCUCAAUUUUCUUAGAAUCACUAAACACUUUCUUCCCUUUUUGUAUAUUUCUAGACACUGCUUAACGUUAUGGGUACAUGUAGCCUGUCUUAUUCUGUUUCAUGCUUUUGUGGAAGGACAUGCCUAUACUAAUUCCUUAAUCCUUCCUAUGCUUGGCUUAGCCAUGAGAAUACCGUUAAUUUUGCGCUUCCAUUUGGUUCUGAGGGGGUUUCUUUUUCACACAGCUGCUUCUAAGCAGAAGUCCAGUGGCCAUGUGCCAGACGGUGGCCAGGAUGCGCAAGGGUACAUCAGCAGUCAGUCUCCAGAGAGCAUUGUAGAAGAAGCUCAGGGAAAGCUGACAGAAUUGGAGCAGAGAAUCAAAGAAGCCAUUGAAAAGAAUGCCCAGCUGCAGUCACUGGAGCUGGCCCAUGCUGACCAGCUAACCAAGGAGAAGAUUGAGGAACUGAACAAAACCCGUGAAGAGCAGAUCCAAAAGAAACAAAAGAUUUUGGAAGAGCUUCAAAAGGUUGAAAGGGAACUACAGCUAAAGACCCAGCAACAGCUUAAAAAGCAGUACCUUGAAGUGAAGGCGCAGAGAAUCCAGCUUCAGCAACAACAGCAACAACAAUCCUGCCAGCAUUUGGGACUCUUGACCCCCGUAGGGGAAGAGAUCACAGAGGUAGACUAUACCCAUUUACAGCAGGUUGACACUAUCCUGCUCAAAGAUGACUCUCAGCAGACUGCAGUACAGAUGGGCUUUUCUCCUAUGCAGCCUCUGGCAAUUCCGCAAGCUUUGCCUUUGGCAGCGGGUACCCUUUCCCCUGGGCCCAUUGCAAAUCUUGCAGACCUUCAAGGAGUUAUAGUGGGACAGCAAGAACUGGGUCAAGCACAGCUAUCAGGUCUGGGACCUACAGUCAUGUCAGAAACACAAGAAGGGUUAAUGGUAGCCAGCCCUGCUCAGACACUCACUGAUACUCUGGAUGACAUCAUGGCAGGUGGGUAUGAUGAAUCAAGCCGGUUUCAAUUGGUGUAUCUACCAUUAUACGUGAAGGGGCACAUAUAUUUCCCCAUAGAGUGAGCAUGACAGUGUCAAAUUUCUAGGUCAUGCUUUUGCAUUUGUAAAAUAAUUGUUAAAAAUUUUUUUUAACAUUUUCUUACUUAUGUUCUCUGGGACCUCUAGUAGGUCAGGGUUUAAAUUAUUAAAGACUUCAUCCUUAUUAGAUGUGCAUCUAAAUCUUCACCUAUUGGAGGUCCUUGAGGGUUUGAGUUGGAUAAUGUUAAAUUUAAGUUAAUUAACUAUUGUAUUAGAUUUUCUGCAGGAUAUAUAUAUCUUUAGUAUAUAAUCUGAUCAAUUUAUAUUGUGCAGCAAUAUUCACGAUUUUAAAGCACCUUGUACAUCGAUGUAGUAGGUUGUUUUUUUUGUUUUUUUUCUCCUUUAAGAAUGCUUAGGUUUUUCAUGCAACUGUGACUGCAUUAUUGUCAUAGUUGCAUUAAAUUUUAUUUUUUAUAUAUAUAUAUAUUUUAGUCUUAGUAUGAUUUUACUAUAUUUAUGUUUUAAGAUGAAACUUAUUGCCAUUGUGUUUUCCCAUGUAUUCACUCUGGUAAGUUCAUAUACAAGCCUUUUGUGUUUGUAUAUAUUUGCGUAUAAAUAUUGUGCAAAGUCUUGGGCUAUGUUGAAAAAUGUUGCGUAAUGUCAUUAUUUUGUGUGGUCUCCCUUGAAAUGUAUAUGUCACUGUAAACAUUUUGGUUUCAAAUUAAAUAUUUUGAAAUAUCGUCUAUACAAGGUGCUAAAAUGUCGAGAUAUAAAAUGCAAUGAUAUAGUACCUACUUUUACUUGUCAGUUCUUAGAGGGCUGUACCAUCACCGAAUCCUCUCCCAGUCAGCCUUCAUGUUUUUUGUCACAGAAACUACAGUGACUGUGCUACAGUUGAUAGAAUUAAUUCCCUGUUAAGCAUGUUAAACUCUUGAUGUGGAGGCACUUGCAAUGGAAUCAGUGUGAUAGUCAUGCGAAAAUUUGCUUAAAAGGAGCAAUGAAUCCAGUUUUUUUUUUUUGCUCUAAUAAGUUGAGUUGUAGUUCAACUGCUUCUUACAGUAGAAAACAUCCACAAAACUCAGCAGAAGUAAAAUUAGCAUAGUCUUUCUGCUGUAGCACUAGCUCAUUGCAGAAGCUGUACAAUUUGGCAUUUCCAUCAAAUUAAUAAAACUUUAUUAUGAUUAAUGUUAAACAUUUUUGCAUGUUUUCAAUGAAUUAUCUUCGUGACUCCUUUAAAAAAAAUAAAAAUAAUAAUCGGCUACAUACUUUAAAUAAAAAAAUUGCAGUGGAUAAAACAAAAAGCUUUUUGCAUGUAUGAUCCGCUUUAAAAGAACAUUCCACCAACAUAACUUAUGUGCAUUUUAUUGGUUUUAAACGGUUUUUGUCUCAUACUCAUGCUGUAAUUUGCUCCCUGUUCAUAUCUAUUAAGUUUUGCCGUAUAGUUUUGCAGCUUUUACAUUGACAUUUAUAUAGCACCAACUUAUUCAGCUGUGUAUGUUAUAAAGGGUAAACGUUAACAAUAAAUGAGACAAUUACAAAAUGUUACAGGAAAAAUAGGUUGGGGACCACACAUGCAGAUGCACACACGUACAGGUCAACAUUUUAGCCAAUCUCCAGUUUCCUACCUUUUGGAUGCAGGGCGAUGGCUUCUGCAGCCUUGGGCUGUUGGGAGUUUGGGGCUUGCGCUACCAGUCCGCCCCCUUCUCUCUGCAUUCUUUACUUCCUCCCAGUGCUGCCAUCAUUAAAGGGGCCUGGUCACACUCAAGAAUAUGCCAUUCUCACUAGUGCUGCCAUACACACAAAAUAUGAAAAUACCUUGCAAGCUAAUGGCUAGCCACUGUUGGUGAGUUUUUGCCAAAACAGCUAUUUGGGUCUUCCACUGCAUUUUCUUCACCUUGUACAGUUACUUUCAAAUUCAUGCAUUUUACGGGAGGCCAGACAAAAUAUGGAUAUGCUAUAAAAUAAAAAUUCUGAAAACUUUGUAAUUAUAUUGAGGGGUUUUAUUGAACGCUGAAGUUGCACCAUAGUUAAUUGUAAUGCGUGUGAUGCAAAGUGUUCUUGGGUGCCACCCCAAUUUAUUUAUUUAUUUUUUCCCCUUGUUAGAUUUCUUGAUAUAUUUAAUAAAAACCUGACCUCUCUAAGCCAUUUUCUGUAACUUGGAUAUUGCAGACUCUUCCAUAUUAUUGGUUUAAAGCUGUCUUACCUUAGAGAGCAAUGUUAGGCUAUGAGUACUGGUGAUGCUUCACUCUGCUCUCAAGUCUAUGAUUGCCCCUCCAUGAUUGAACAGGUAUGGAUUCAUAAUGGGAGUGCUCCAGUUUAGAUAAAAUCACUUUUUGACAUCCAAAACGGGGUGGCAAACAAAAACUCUUAAAUGUUUUAAUUUGUGUAAAGAUGUUUUGUUUUCCCCCCACCUCUAUGGCCUAAGACUUACAAUAUUGUUUAAGUAUAUUCACACAAACACGUUAUGUUUGUGCUUGAGAUUGUAUCUGUUUUGUACAUGUGUGGUUUAUCUGCCUUUAUAGCAGAAUAACCACAUUGCCAACAUCUGGGGCAUUUUAAAUAUGGUCAGUUACCAGAAAAAAAUACCCCUAGAAACAUUUGUCCUUUUUGUUAUUUUAAAACCUUUUCAACAAGAUCCCAAAAGCUUUGCAGAGUAUAAUAGCACCACAAAUAGUCAGCAGCAAAUAUUUCUGCCUUGAUAAUCCAUUCAUUGAAAUGCCUUAAAUGCACACUUCUACGCAAUAUACAAUUUGAAUACAGGAAAAAUUAAUGUUUAAGAUGUAAUUAAGACUAAAUUUUAGAAUAUAUGUGCUUUUUACAAAUUUAGAAUAUUAUAUGCCAGUAUAGAUAUAUACACAUUAUUUUUUGAAAAUUAAACCUUAAAUGCUGGUCAAAGAUAAAUCACUUGAAUGGAUUAUUAAGUAAUCUAAUUUUGCUAUAAACCUCCUUCUAGGUAAUAUUUUAUGUUCAUGUAAAAGGUGUGCUGCACUAAAAAUAUAUACUUGUUAAGGCUAACGUGUCCUGUAGUGUUAUUCGCUAAAGUGUGUGUUUUUGGUAAUUCAUAUUUAACUUUACAUUUUUUCCCCCCCACAAAUUCACACUUUAAUAAAUAACCCUGAUGGUUUAGUUUGCUUUAUUCCAUAAAAUCCAACGCUUUAAUAGAUCUUUUAUAGCCAGACUAAGUGUAGACAUUUUAUUCAACAGCAGUGAGUGGAAGAACAUCUGCAAUCUCAAACACUCCUACCCACAGCAUUGCAACUUCUAUAUCCCAACCUCAGACGCCAACUCCAAGCCCCAUCAUUUCUCCUUCAGCCAUGCUGCCUAUCUACCCAUCCAUAGAUAUUGAUGCACAGGUGAGUUAAAGUUUAUGCACUCCGUAUGCAUGUAUAUGCUACUAAGCAUUAGUGGACUUUAUAUCUGUCGUAUCUUUCUAGUAUUUAGUACCACGUGUUUGAUGUGCUUUUUUUUUUUUUUUUUCCUCAGACUGAAAGUAAUCAUGAUACAGCUCUAACUCUUGCCUGUGCCGGUGGCCAUGAAGAACUUGUGCAGACCCUUUUGGAAAGAGGAGCCAACAUUGAGCACAGAGACAAAAAAGGCAGGUCUCCUAUCAUGUUUAGUCAACUUUUGUUGUUUUAGUAACCACUGAAGCAUAUCCUGUUUUUAGCUAUUGUUUUUUUAUGUGCAGUUAUUACAAUUCUUUUUUUUUUUGUUCGUUUUUUAAACCUAUUGUUUUGCAGGUUUUACUCCACUAAUUUUAGCGGCUACUGCUGGUCAUGUUGGUGUGGUAGAAAUCUUGUUAGACAAUGGUGCUGACAUUGAAGCUCAAUCUGAGAGGACCAAAGACACACCACUAUCUCUGGCUUGCUCUGGUGGCAGACAAGAGGUGACCUUGCAUACCUUUCUAUGUUAAAAUUUUGGGGUUUUUUUUGUAUAAUUGCAUAAAAUAUACAAGGAUAGGGCACCACAAUCACAAUGGUGUGAUAUUUACCACUUAUGAUAAGUCCAUACAUAAAAGGAAAAAUAAAAAAUAUUGUAGUAUUUAUUAAAAAUAAAAAACUUUCUAAAAUCAUUAAAAUCACUCUCUCAAAAAACGUGGCACAACUAGAAAUACUCCUAAAUUGUGCAAAAGAGCUUUUCAGCCACAUAAAGGGUUAAGAGCCCUGGUAUAGUCACUUUCUUGAGUGUCCAAUAGAUACUUGAAGGUCCAAAGAUUUCCUUCAGUUGAGGUAAAAGCUGUGUAAAUUUGUCUGGGCAAUAACUCUCACUAUUGCAACUCAACACGUUUCGUCCUCAUCGACUUUUUCAAGUUCAAAGGUGUGUGUGUUUUUUUUUUUUGUUUGUUAUAUAUAUAUAUAUAUAUAUAUAUAUAUAUAUAUAUAUAUAUAUAUAUAUAUAUAUAUAUAUAUAUAUAUAUAUAUAUAUAUAUAUAUAAUUUUAUUCAGUUUGUAGCUGAAGAAAGUAAGCAAUAAAUCCCAAGUUCAGUCAUUUUGGAAGUAAAGCUUCUUUAUCUGUCACUUCCUGGUCCCUGCAGAAGUAGCAUAUGUGUAGGAUUUUUUUUCUUGUAUCUAAUGCAUUAAAAAUGAAAUCUACUCUACCUUGGAUUCUUUAACAAAUAUAAUCCAUUACACAUAUGACAUUAGUUAUGUAGUUAUAAAUCAAAUUCUGCAUUUGGCAUUUCCAACUACAGAUAAUGUAUUAUCUUUUGGCCCCGCCUCCUUGAUGAUCUCCACUAACCCAUUUGGCAUUUCCAACUACAGAUAAUGUAUUAUAUAUAUAUGUGUAAUGGAUUAUAUUUGUUAAAGAAUCCAAGGUAGAGUAGAUUUCAUUUUUAAUGCAUUAGAUACAAGAAAAAAAAUCCUACACAUAUGCUACUUCUGCAGGGACCAGGAAGUGACAGAUAAAGAAGCUUUACUUCCAAAAUGACUGAACUUGGGAUUUAUUGCUUACUUUCUUCAGCUACAAAUUGAAUAAAAUUAGGCAGGAACAGAGUUCAUUGCACCAUAACCAGUUCAAAUUGAAUAAGAGUUUAUGGUUUGUGGUGUGUCACGUUAAUUCUUUACUUGGCUUAAAGCAGUCUUGUAUAAUGUACUACAACAUAAUGUAAAAAUAUAGUGUACAUAUACUGCAUGCAGCAUAUUGUGUUCUAGAACAAUUUACUUAUAAAGGUUUACAUCAUUGCAUAUGCAAUCGAAUAUUUUCAAGAAAUGCAUAGCGUAAUUCAAACUGUUUUCCUGUUUUAAUGUCUGCUUACAUAAUAGGUGGUGGAAUUGCUGCUGGCUCGCGGAGCAAAUAAAGAGCAUAGAAAUGUUUCUGACUACACACCGUUAAGUUUGGCUGCAUCUGGUGGUUAUGUAAACAUUAUAAAAAUAUUGCUAAAUGCUGGAGCUGAAAUAAAUUCAAGGUAUGUGUUCUUAAAAUUCCAGGAAGUGAAAUGUUGUUCAUUCUUUCAAUUUUUAAUCCACACUGUGUUUAAAUGGCCCUCUAUAGCUCUGUGGUGAUUUAAUUAUUGGAAAUAAAGUACAGUGAAUAUUGGUGUUCAUGUAAAUGGAAUUUCUUUCUCCCCCUUUGUAGAUAUCAUAAAAGAUAAUCAUUAACCACAAUAGAUUUUAAUUGAAAUGUACGAUUAUUCUCACUACCAAUUAAACAGUGGGAACAUUAGAAACCUCUCCUUUUCACACUCCAGCAAUUUUAAGGACUUCACUGAAUGCUUUUUUUUUUUUUUUUUUUUUUGCAGAAUAUUUCAAUAUUUAAAGAGACGCUAUAGUCACCAGAACUACAGCUUAAUUUAGUUGUUUGAGUAUUUACAGAAAAAAACUUGCAGGGACGUGCUAUAAACACAGCCUUUUCAGAAGAAAAGCUAUCUUCACAUUGCUCACUUGAAACACCUCUAGUGGCAACUCCUCAAACAGCAAUUAUAGGUGCUUCCUGGAUGAGUACUCCACACUGUGCAGCACUGACAUUCAGCGUUUCCACAUAUUGCAUUGAUUCAAUGCAUCUUUAGAAUGAUGGCUGGCGUUUGGCCCCGCCUCCUUGAUGAUCUCCACUAACCCAAUGCUUUGGGUUGUUCGAGUAUUUACAGAAAAAAACUUGCGGGGACGUGCUAUAAACACAGCCUUUUCAGAAGAAAAGCUAUCUUCACAUUGCUCACUUGAAACACCUUUAGUGGCAACUCCUCAAACAGCAAUUAUAGGUGCUUCCUGGAUGAGUACUCCACACUGUGCAGCACUGACAUUCAGCGUUUCCACAUAUUGCAUUGAUUCAAUGCAUCUUUAGAAUGAUGGCUGGCGUUUGGCCCCGCCUCCUUGAUGAUCUCCACUAACCCAAUGCUUUUCAUAUUGGGAAAGCAUUGGAUUGGCUGAUAUCAGUUCUGGUGGUGUCAGCCAAGAAAGCAGCCGGGGGGCUGGCGAGGAAAAUGAGGUACAUUUUCUUACCUUUUUAAGAUGGGGGCAAGCUGCCUAAAUGAGGUUAGGAAUACCGGUUUGUGUUUCUGACCCUAUAGUGUUUACCUAAAUGUAGUCCGUGUUUAGCAUUUUAUUGAACGUUGAGUGCAACUGUUUUUGUUUACUCCUCACCCUCUCUUCCACAGAACUGGUAGCAAGUUGGGAAUCUCUCCUUUGAUGUUGGCUGCAAUGAAUGGUCACACUGCUGCUGUGAAGCUUCUCCUAGAUAUGGGCUCAGACAUAAAUGCCCAAAUAGAGACCAAUCGUAACACUGCACUUACAUUGGCCUGUUUCCAAGGGAGAACUGAAGUUGUUAGUUUGCUUCUUGACCGGAAAGCUAACGUGGAACACAGAGCUAAGGUAAUUUAAAAACAAAAAAGUUUGUUUGGUCUUGUAUUUUUUUUUUGUUUUGUUAUUCAAACCCCUUGUGCUAUUUCAAUUGCUUUUGUUUUGAUUUAAUUGCAUAAGGUUGAAAGUAUGUAAAUUUUGACCAGAAACGUGUGUGUGUAUAUGCUUAGAAUACACAUUCUAUAUCUAUGGUAUUAACAAGACAGGAACAAUUUGGUUGUUGCUAGUCACUUUACAAAGGAAUGAAGUCACUUAGUAAAUCUAUGCCUUACAAAUAUUUUUAAGUUUCCAUAUUUUGGAUUGCAGACUGGUCUCACUCCUUUAAUGGAAGCAGCCUCAGGUGGUUAUGCAGAAGUAGGAAGAGUUCUGCUUGAUAAAGGUGCAGAUGUCAAUGCUCCUCCUGUGCCAUCUUCACGAGAUACAGCUCUGACAAUUGCAGCAGAUAAGGGUCACUACAAAUUCUGUGAGCUUCUCAUCAGCAGGUAUGUAAUGUGUUGUUAUAGUUAAAGGAACACAUCUGAAAGUGUUGGUUUUAUAUAUUCAGUCAUCAGAUUUUAUAUUUUGCAAUCAUACUCGUUCUUUGUACAUUUGUAGUUACUUUAUCACACUGUAAAAUCUGCAGAGCAUCCUGUGAAAUGUGCAUAAAUGUUUACACUUUCAAUAUAUGGCUCAACUAAAAUUACUGCCAGAAGAUAUACAUGAGUUUAGCAUUUAAUAUGCAACUGAAUAUUUUCAUCUUGUUUAGGGGUGCACAUAUUGAUGUGCGCAACAAGAAGGGCAACACUCCACUGUGGUUGGCAGCAAAUGGAGGGCAUUUGGAUGUUGUUCAGCUGUUGGUUCAAGCUGGAGCUGAUGUAGAUGCUGCAGACAACAGAAAGAUAACUCCUCUUAUGGCUGCAUUUAGAAAGGUAUUUUGUUCUUUUUUGCUCAUUUUUGUUUAAGAUUUCAUUUAAAUAAAUUGGCAAUUUGUAUGUGUGUAUUUUUUUUCAGGGCAAGAAUAUCUGAAUAUCUUGUCACUUAUAAAUAUACCAACUAGUCUUCCAACAAUACUCAAAAUAAUAGAUGUAGAAAGUUGCUCUUUAAACUAUGAAUUGUAUAUGACUGUUUCAGGCAGCACCCCAGAACUAGUGUGUUUUUUUGUUCGUUUUUUUUCGUUGGCUCCAAACUAAGCUAAAUCAACUAGUAAUCACAUCUUAAAAUCAGUAAUUUUGUAACCAUGCUUGGGAAAACAUCAGUCUUUACUUUUAAAGCAAUGGGAACUGUAAGAGGCUCUCAGUCUCACUGUGGCUUGAGCAAAUAUUUCAGCAUUUGAGAGUAAGCAGAGGAGAGAAAGACGUGCCAGCACUCGUGUUACUCCACUUCAGCGUUAAAGCCAUUUGAAAAUAGCUUAACACUUGAAAGUAAAAUCAUGCUUGUAGACUCUGUACACCAUAAGCACUUCAUUGAGUGAAUCAUCCAGAUUGCCCCUUUAAGGUUUCAUUUUUCAUGCUGCUUUGUAAUUACUUUGCAGGGCCAUGUUAAGGUGGUGCGCUAUCUUGUGAAAGAAGUAAACCAGUUUCCAUCAGAUUCGGAGUGUAUGAGAUACAUUGCAACAAUUACUGACAAGGUAAGUAAUACUUGACCUAAUUCAUGUAAUCGUUAUACACACAAGCAGUUUGUGGUAUUCAUUUUUGAGGAGUUUUGGGAAAGUGUUGAUAUUUUCUCCACCAUGGUCAUUGUUUUACUGGGUGCAACCUUGUUAAGUUAUCUUCUUGGUAAAUUUGAAUUCUACGCUUUAAUGUGAUACAACCAUGAACAAGUUGUGUUUCUCUUCUAUAGAGUUUGUAUUUUUUUUUUCUUCUUCUUCUUAAGCAUAGUCAAACUGCAUAAUUUUGUCUACAUCAAAGUAGUUGGUAAGAAUGUAAAGCAUUUUGUAUUUUAAAGCAUUAGAUCUAAAUGGGAAAGUUAAUGAUCUAGCUAGUUUGGAAAAAAAUCUAACUCUAUUGUCUCAACUUAACUCUUAGCCUCUGUUUUACAAUUCAGAUUUUAAUUCACUACACUUCAAAGUUAUGUGAAUAACCCUGUUAACCUUUCUGAACUCAAGAUUAUUUAGAGUUGUCAAGAAAUUUUGUUGCAACCUAUUCAGAAUUUUUUUAUAUUAAUCUCUUCUAAGUCAUACUGUUCCAGUGAGACCACUGGCUUGUUUAUUUGAUGAUCUUCAUUUUUAAUAGGAAUUAUUCAUUUCAGGAGAUGUUGAAGAAAUGCCACCUUUGUAUGGAAUCAAUUGUUCAAGCCAAAGACAGACAGGCUGCUGAAGCAAACAAAAAUGCCAGUAUUCUUUUGGAGGAACUUGAUCUAGAAAAGGUACAGUGCCUUUUAUUUAUGUUUCAUGUCAUGCUAGAGGGAGUCUGAUAGGGCCUUGUGCUGAAGAGUCAUCCUGUUUUACUUGAGACUAGCUGUGUAUUUUGCAUAAAUGUUAGACAUGUAUUUUUCCACCCCCAAAAAAUCAUUGUGUAAGGGUUUCUGGUAAGUACGUGGUCCUCUUUUUUUUUUUUUUGUGUAUUUCUAGUCUGAAUUGUCUUGCAAUUUGCCUAUCUUCUAAAUGAUAUGACAAUUAACAUGAAGUAAUUGUAAAAUUGUUAAGGUUGUAGGUUUGCGGUGGUGUUUACACUUUUUUGAACUUCCAUCUAAGCUUUACAUAUUCUUCAUAGUAGAAAUCCUUGAUGGUGUAUGUGAGAAAAAAAAAUCCAUUGAUAUUAGUGUGGCAUCUUAUUUAUAUACUGUUAUAUAUAUUUCUGUCUAUCUUAUCUCUUUGUAUACUAUAUGUAAAGGGAAAUUAAAGGAUAGUUAAUAAACUGUUAUUUCACUCCUAGCCCCAACACAAAAAUACAUUUUGUUUUGGAAUUCACUAUAUCUAAAUCUUUUGGCAGCAGCACAAUGCCAUUAACCUGACAUAAGUAUGUAUGACAAUGUAGGUUUUUUUCAAUAUACAUGUAGUUGAGAGAAGAAAGCCGAAGACUGGCAUUGGCUGCAAAGCGAGAGAAAAGAAAGGAAAAGAGGCGAAAGAAGAAAGAGGAGCAGAGAAGAAAACUUGAAGAAAUUGAAGCGAAAAACAAGGAGAACUUUGAGUUACAAGCUGCUCUUGAGAAAGAAAAGCAAAAGGUUGAAGGUGAGUUUUUCACAAAUAUAGUAACAAACAUUUGUUUAUCUACUGACCUCAAAAUAACUUAUUACACAGUAUAUUUUAAUAAUGUGCUUAUUUUGUGUUUUGAACAUGUAUUCUAUCAUCUUUCUUCCACUUUAUUAGCUGUUUCGAAAAGUCUCCCAUAAUCAAUAAAGUACAUUAUUACGUCUUUAUUUUAUACAUAAUAUACGUGUUAAGUGCAUUUACAGUAGGGAUAUAAUCGUAAUACACUUUGUAUGUCCUAUAGAUGAACCCCAAGUCUUAACUGAGCCGCCUAGUGCAACUACAACCACCACUAUUGGUAUAUCUGCCACAUGGACCACGUUGGCUGGCUCACAUGGAAAAAGAAACAAUACAAUAACAACGAACAGCACGAAGCGGAAAAGUCGGAAAAGCAAAAUUUCAUCUGAAAAUGUGCAGAUAAUAUUUGAAGAUCAACUCCCAAUAGCAUAUGGGCAACAAGAAAAGCUCAAUGGAGAGUCCAAGAGCAGCAGCACUAGUGAAAGUGGAGACAGUGACAACAUGAGAAUCUCCAGUUGUAGUGAUGAGAGCAGUAACAGCAGCAAUAAGAGUGACAAUCAUUCUUCCAAUAUCGAUAGUCUACAGAGCAAAAAGAAACCUUCUGUUCUUGUCACUUCUCCUAAGGAAGAAAGAAAAAUUACUGCUAAAACGUCAAUAAAGUAAGGAUCUGUGUUAUACACUCAAACUCCAUUAUUCAAAUUGUGUGGUGUUUCAUCCCAAGUUAACAUGUUUAUAAUCCUCAUAAAGAAUAUAGUACCCUGUAUGCAUUUGUUCCUUUUGCAGUGCAGGUUUAAAGCAUUGAUAUUAAACUCCUUUCUUAAAGCAUAACUGCCAUAGUGUGUAUUUUGAGGGUGGAGGGCGUGUUAAUCUUAUUCCUUUUCUGUAGUUCUGCAAUUGUUUUGAUCUAUUUUGUGGUUUCUUUAAGAUUACCUGAAUCAAUUGGUGAAGCAACAUGUAAUUCGUUGUCCACAAACUCAAAGUCUGGGCCAUCACCACUCUCCUCUCCCAAUGGAAAGCUAACCAUAGCUAGUCCUAAAAGAGGCCAGAAAAGAGAAGAGGGCUGGAAAGAAGUAGUUAGACGGUAAGUAGCUAACACUUGGCUUUUAGACUUCACUUAUGCUGUGAAUCCAAUAGGAGCUCAAGGUUUCUUAUAGCUACUGCAACUGUCAAAUAGUUCUCUGGUGGAUUUACAUCAAGAGGAAAUUUGAUUCCUCAUUUGCCAUCUAAUAGCCGUACAACUUUAGAAUAAUCCCACAUUACUGGAACAGAUGGCUCUCCCUCUCCCUUCCCAUUGCUGCAUGCAUGUGUGAUUGGUGGCUUGGUAAAUCACUGUACAAAUACAAGUUAAGAAAAUUAAAUCAGCCUGUAAAUAGGCGUGAAGCUGUUUAUUCAGUAAUUUAAUUUGUCUGUGAUAAGUGAAGAAAUACAGGUAGGAGCAUGAAUGACAUAUGUGUGUGUGUGUGUGUGUGUGUGUGUGUAUAUAUAUAUAUAUAUAUAUAUAUAUAUAUAUAUGUAUAUGUAUAUGUAUAUGUAUAUAUGUAUAUGUAUAUAUGUAUAUGUAUAUAUAUAUAUAUAUAUAUAUAUAUAUAUGUGUGUAUAUAUAUAUAUAUAUAUAUGUAUUCUCAAAGAAACUGCCAGAUGGAGGGUUUAUGGAAUAAUAAAAAAGCAACUAUUGGCCAAAUGAGUCAUCUGAUACAUGAGGCUUCUUUUUGGUUAGAUACAUACAGAUGUAAGUUGACAUUUUAAACAUGUAGCAAAUUUGCAGUCACAAUGCUUGUUAAAUAUAUUUACAUGCAUUGUGAUAGGAAAAUGGGAGUGUGAACGCUGUCGAAAGAACAAAACUACUUUUCUGGAAUCCAUUUUAUACACAUCACUUUCAUUGUCCUUAUGAGCAAGUAUUUGGCGAAACUAAACUCUACAAUAAUGACACAUUGCAAGAAGAGCUCUCCAGCUGUUUUUCCAUUGGAAUGUGGUCACAAGUAAACUCCAGUCACUGAGUACAGUACUUCACUGCAGUAGUUGAUCUAUGACCUGGAACAAUGCUUGUUUUCUCGGGCCCUUUUGUUAUACAUCUACCCAUAUAUGCAAGAUAAUGAUUGAAUGGCACAUGCAAUUGAUAUUCUCGGUUUCUUGUGCAUAGUGCACUAUUAUCAGUAAAUGCAGUAUGACAAUGUUUGAGAUUUUGUUUUAAUUCUUAAUAGCAUGUUUAAAAUUUCUACACUUAUUUUACUUUUCAUUAUCCCUAUCAGGUCAAAGAAAGUUUCAGUACCUCCUACAGUCAUUUCACGAGUUAUUGGAAGAGGAGGCUGUAACAUCAAUGCUAUCAGAGAAUUUACAGGAGCACAUAUCGACAUUGAUAAACAGAAGAACAAAACUGGUGACAGAAUAAUAACAAUCAGGUAACUUGUGAGACUUUGUUCACAGCUCAGCUAAAAAGAUUUAACAUACAUUCUUGUAAUUUUUAUUUUCAAAUGUAUGUAGCUAUUUGAACUAUAUACAACGGACAAAUUGAGCUAUCCAGGGAUACUUGAUAUGUGGGGUUUACUAGUAAGGAAAUAUGUUUCGGGGUAUUUUGUUAAUGUUCCUUGAUGUCUGAAAGUUAGAUUAGCAGUUCUCUAUCUAGUUAUCUCACGGACACAGAGGCUCCCUUUUUAGUUUACAACGCCCUGCUGGAGGUCUGUGUAUAAAUGUGUUUACUGUGAACAAAGAAACAUUCCUAAUUUUACCCUUACUCAAGCUUCGACUGAAGUUUGGGUGGGCGGUUAUAUCACUGGACACACUGCUGCAGAACAAGAGCGUUUGGCAGAGAUACUCUGGUUGUGUAUUUGAGCUCCACCACAGCCAUAUUUUAAUUCAAAAUAUAUUUUUAUGAGGUUUCACAGAGCGCAGUUACUUUGGAUCAUUGUGGAUUAAAGGGAAAUUCUAAGCACCAAAGCAGAUUACUGAAGUGUUUGGGGUUUUUUUUUUUUUUGGUGUAUGUCUAGGUCAUGCAGUGUCACAGCUCAAUUAUUUUCCAUUUAAAAUGUCAGUCAUUUUUUUGCAAAGCUCUAGCCACAUCUUCUCUUGCUGUAUUACACACAGCCUUCCCUAUACACAUCCAGGAAGAGAGCACAUUUUUUCACUUCCCUUAUUGAAAAGUGUAUUAAUUUUAGAAUGUUUUCCUGCCCCUUAAAUUGCCUGCUAGAGCCUACAGCAACUUGUGUGUGAUUUAAGUCCAAGCAAUGGAGCAGAAAAUGAGAACUUCUAAAAUAAACUUACUGCUCUAAAAAUGAAACCUUUUUAGUAUGAAGGUUGUGAGUCUCAAUCAUGGGAUGAGUCUUAAAUUAUCUUUAUACAUCUUAACCAAAGUAAUUUUGUGCUUAGAAUGGAUAUUCUAAGCACCAAAACACAUUUAGUUUAAUAAGCAGUUUGUCUAUAGUUCAUGCCCUACAGUCUCACUGCUCAAUUCUCUGCAAUUUGAGUUCAAUCCCUUUUGAUUAUUUUUAUGCAGCUAACCACUUCUCCCCUGACUUUGAUUCAGCCUGCAUGAACAAAAUUGUAUUUUUAAUCUAAUCAGUGGCUUCACCGUUUUUGCUCUUGUGCUCUAAUUAAACUGUAAUCACACACAGGCUGCUGUAGCAUGCUAUUAACAGCAGGAGAAAAUAAAUUCUGAAUUAAACAGACUGUGCAGUAGGGAAAGUUUAAACAGAUCUCUCUUUACAAGAUGUGUAGAGACGUGUUGGUCACAUACAGGGGAGGUGUGACUUUGGCUGUAUAAACAAAGUGAAUUAACUCCUAAAUGGCAGAGAAUUGACCAGUUAUACUGCAGGGGCAUGAUCUAUACACCUAAAACACUCUAUUAAACUUUGUCCCUUUAAGCCAACACCAACUUGCUUUUUAAGAUAAGUUUACAAUGUGAGGAUGAAAAGGAGUCUGAAAAAGAUAAUUGAUCAAUGGUGUUCAGGGCCUGGAUUGUGAUUGUAUGUUAAUUUGUAUUAUAAUUGUUUUAUUGUUUUAAUUUAUGCAUUUGCUAGUUAUACAUUUUGUUUCAAUUUUUGUAAUCUUAAACUUGCAAAUGUAUUAAAUAUGUUAUUAAGCAGAUAUUUAAAGGAAAAUUUAGAUCUGUUUUUUCCAAUUAAAAUAUAUUAAACAAGUAUCUUGCAUAUGUUUGUUUCGUGCAGAGGUGGAACAGAAUCCACUCGACAAGCAACUCAUCUAAUUAAUGCACUCAUUAAAGACCCUGAUAAAGAAAUUGAUGAACUUAUCCCAAAGAACCGCUUAAAAAGUUCCUCUGCAAAUGCGAAAACAGCAUCUUCAACUUCUACCAUUUCUUCUGUAAACAGUUCAGUUAUGGGUAUUAAAGUCACUGCUGUCACAGUGUCCCCAACAUCACAAGCUGCCUCUGCCCUCUCUGUGCCAGCCAUUACUUCAGCAUCUGCCCACAAGCCCUUGAAAAACCCAGUGAAUAAUGUGCGACCUGGAUUUCCAGUUUCUCUUCCUUUGGCUUAUCCUCCACCGCAGUUUGCCCAUGCAUUACUUGCAGCUCAGACUUUUCAGCAGAUCCGUCCACCUCGAUUGCCCAUGACACACUUUGGAAGUACUUUCCCUUCUGCACAGUCCACCUGGGGCCCGUUUCCUGUCAGACCACUCAGCCCCGCAAGAGCUACUAACUUUCCUAAAUCUCAUGUGAUGCCUCGCCAUUCUACACAAAAUAUUAGUAGCCCUCAGGUGAUCCAUGGAGUCCCUUCUACUAGCCCAGCUGUUACCACAAACUCUGCAGCCACAAGUGUGCCUGUCUCAUCUACAAGUGGGAGCCUCAGUUCACCUUCAGCCAGAAGACAACUCUUUGUCACUGUAGUGAAAACCUCUAAUGCCACAGCAACCACAGUUACCACAACUGCAAGCAACCACAUCACUACACCAACAGCCUCCACCUGCCCUGUCCCCACUGCCAAAGAACACCGGCCUGCAUCAUCACCUUCAUCCCCAUCACCACCAUCCUUACCUGGAGGGGGAUCUAGAAGCAGCCCCUCUGAUUGCCUGACAUGCUCUCCAAACAAAGGGACCUCACUUUCCUCUGAACAGGACAUGGUUAACCAGCCUGUCAUGGAGUCACCUAGCUCAGGCAACAGUAAGCAAGCGAGCUCUACCUCUGGGAGUACCCAAAUACAUCCAGCACAUCAGCAUACUUCAAAUUCUGUUUCUCAUGAUUCCCGACCUCCAGUAAUGCAAACACCAGCUCCCCCUCCUCCAGACCCAAGGAUGACAUCAUCCCUCAAUUUAGCAGUUAGUGGUUCCUCUCACCAGGCUGCUACAUCUAACAUCUCUUCAUCGUAUUCUUUAUCCCAACCAUCUAUGGUGUCUACUCAGUCUGCUGCUAAGAUUGAAAACUCUGCAGUUAGACCUCACUUACACGGAGCUAAUCCUACUCACAAGAAUCAAGUUCCUGUACAAAGUUCCUCUGUCUCUGGCCUCGUUGCACAUUCAAAUAUGAAACGACCCCAAAAUGUGCAGUCUUCUGGUCCACACAAUAUAAGUACACAAAAUGCUGCUCAAAAUUCUGGUCAUCCUUCAAGUAAACCUAUGGGCCCUAACUUCAGUUCAGCUUUACCAUUCAGUCCAUUUAGCACAUUAUUUGAAAACAACCCAAACCCGCCUCAUCCUUUUUGGGGUGGCUCCAUGGUUACUAAUCAAUCUGCUCAAGAUUCCAUGCUCUCCAAUCAGUCUUCAUAUUUGCCAAAUCCUGAUUCAAUGCUUCCAUCGGAUACUUCCAAAGCCCCUGGUUUCAGGCCACCAAUGCAGAGGCCUCCUCUAAGUCAAUCAGGUAAGUUAGUGGAAUAUCUCCCAUUCUGAAUCUGGUUUCUGAAUUAAAGGGAUUCUAUAGUGCCAGGAAAACAAAGCCAAAGGGAUUAAAACCCUUUCAGUCACUUAAAUGAAUCCAGCACUGAUGACCCACAGUCCUGCGUCAGGCUUCUCCCCACGCUGCUCCCCCACUGUCAGCCGGUGGAGGGGACCUAAUGCACAUGGGCGGCAAAGGCCUCGCUCGCAUUGGGGGAAAAUCUGAAGCUGGAAGUGGUCAUGCAAAGCGUGAGGAUGUCCAGUGUUAGAUACUGGACCAAAGGUCUGUUUCAAUUCAGGAAGUCCCUUUAGUGGCUGUUUGGUAGACAGCCACUAGAUGUGGAGUUAACCCUCACUGUAGGGUUAUGGGGCAUUGCACCCAGACCACUUCAAUGAGCUGAAGUGGUCUGGGUGCCUACAGUGUCCCUUUAAUACUUCAGAGCUAGAGAAAUGGUUGGUGCCAGGUCACCAUCUAUAAUUUGUGUCUGUAAUGGGCAAGAACAUUUAGAAGAACUUUGAAUGCUCAAAGACAGCAAGGACUGAUUCAGGCUCACCUUGUACGAAGGCAUGGCGUCCUGACUCACACAUUCAUGAAAAAAAUAUACAAUCUCAUCCUCCUGGCAUUUAGGAUGUCAGGAUGCCAUGCUGGAAAACAAUAUGAUUCCUGAAGCCACCCAAAAAAGCACAAUUUGCUCUCUGCUACACCCUAGGGACUGUGCUGCUGUCUGGCAGAUCUCUUCUCCCUACCCACUUCAUAGAAGGAAGAGGAAAAGGAGUCAUUUACUCAAGUAUGUGUGUACAUGUGAGUGGCUUGUAUGUGCACUUGUUUGAAUAUGGUUCCCUUUAUAUCUUUUUUUUUUUAAAUUUUAUUAAGUCAGGCAUCACAACAUUUUAAGGCAACAGGUCACCUGUUUAGAGAAAUUGAAACCGCAUCUUGAAUAUUUUAACCUUGAAUAUAUUUAUUCAGAACUUAUACAAAACUUUUUUUAUACAAAAAAAUUUAUUUUUUGUUCUGCAAUCUCACAAUGCGUGGUAUUCUGUACUGUAUAAACUGUAGGUUUAAUGCGAACUACCAAAAAAUUUAAAUCCUAGACCUAUUUAAUACUAAAGACUCAUUAAUUUAUUUUGAGUUAUUUUCCUUGCACUUGGUGUGCAUAAAUUAUAAUCAAACCUGCAGAAAUAAAUGGGGAGGAGGGGGGGGGUGUUUAAUGUUGCAUUAUGUAUAAUAAGAUAUUUUAAAAGAUAAAUAAAAAAGAGAGAGAAGCCCUUAAGUUACUGUUAAACGCAUAGCACAAAUUCUGGGUUUUGUUUUGGUCCAGGAAGUCGACCAUUGUCUUUUUCUAUAAGGGAUUAAUAGUAUCAUCAUAACUUAUAAGUGUGUUACAUUUUCAAGGUAUUGUGAAUAUGGAUUCAUCUUACACAUCUGCAGCAUCAUCCUCUGCCCAUCUGGGUUCCUUUGCCUCUCUUUCUGGAAGUCAAAUGUAUGCACCCGGGGGAGCACCUGCUGCUGCAAAUUUCAACAGACAACAUUUUUCUCCUCUUAGUUUAUUGACCCCAUGUUCGUCGGCAUCUAGUGGUAUGAAAACAAACCUGUACUAUUUCUUGUAAAGUGUUUACAGUAUUUAUCCUUGUGUUUGUAUAUUUCAGAUGAUAUAAUGGGGUUUACUGUUUGGAAGGGAAAUGUUUUGCUACCUUAACAGCUCCAUAUUGUAAUUAUAGCUUCCUAAGGUGCGUGUAUUCUUUCACAGCCUUAUGGUGAAGUUUGUGGCUCUGCCUUAAAGCAUUGUCCGUAAUUGAACAGUAAAUUACUCACAUACCAGCUUAUACUAAUUUGUUGGUUUGUUAUUGCUGAUGAGGAAAGGCUUUUUCAAGUAUAGUUCCCUAGGAGUAAGCUUUUGCCACUCUAGAGAGUGCCCCUGUAUAUGUAGUGAUUUAUGCUGUGCAGGGACAAUUAAUUGUUUUUGCGUGUUCUGCCUUGUAAGUCCACUGUAGAUCAUUAACAUUUCAGAAAAGAAAAACAAAUAUUUUCUACUGCGAACAAAUAAUUAACUUAUCCAAAUGUGGGUUUUUUUUGUUUUUUUUGUAUGGAUAUUGGUUAGUGCACUUGUACAAUUAAAAUAUUCAUUAUAAAAGGUGUUUCUUUCAAUUGCUUUAAUUACAUUCAUUUUAUAGACUCCUCAGCCCAGACUGUGUCUGCUGCUGUACGAGCUCAGUCUCCUUCCCCAUCAGGAGUACCUAUGGUAUCUGAGAAACCCAAUUCGGUGCCUCAUGACAGAAAAGUUCCUGUGCCAAUUGGAACAGAGCGGUCAGCAAGAAUACGGCAAACUGGGACCUCUACACCAUCUGUAAUUGGGAGCAACUUGGCAGCGUCAGUGGGUCACAGUGGCAUCUGGUCUUUUGAAGGCAUGGGGGGUAGCCAAGGUAAGAUAAAGCAUGGAAACAUUUACAGUUAUUGCUGUAGCUAUUGGUAGACAUUGUGUAUGGGUUUAGUCUCGUAUUUCUGAUCAAUUAAAUCUGAAAUGGCAUAUGUUUUGGUUUGCUUUUUCAGAUGCAAUUUCUUGUACAUGCAGUUUUUAUUGUAUUCUGUAUUUACUAUACUUGUGAUUAUACAUUAUUGUGAACAAAGAAUCUCUCUACUAUAUACUAUAUAUAAUUAACUGCUUCCUUUAUAGUUUACUUUUCUGGGUGUUUGGCAUUGUCUCCAGUAAAUGUCUUGGUCACUAAACAUAUUAGCAGUCCUUGCUAAUGCUCUAAAGCUGCCUGUCCAUUAACUUCAAACCUCUCCUAAACCCUCCUUUCUCAAGUCCCCUUUAUAACCUUUAGAGUGUAAGCUUACCAACUAUUUAGCUUACUAAUCUGUAUAAAAGGGCUGUAAAUGCUAGAUCUCAGCUCAUUGGCAGAGUCCUAUAUUCCUUUUAUAAUGGUUUAUCUUUGCCAGGAGAAGGCCUGGUCCAUGACAUCUAGAGUGCUGAUGGUUGCCUAUCCCUUGGUCUAUACUGUGCGGUCAAUAUGGAUUGUACAGCACUGCUGAAUACGUUGGCACUUUAUAAAUGCCAGUAAUAGUACUAGUAAUAAUAAAGUAAAAACGGAGUUUGGAAAUGGCAUCAAUAUUGUGUUGUUUAUAAUGUAAAGUGCAAGUUGUGUGACUUUUCUGAAUAUUGCAUUUUUGUUCGAUUGGCAGAUAAAGUUUCAGAUUGGUGCCACACAGGAAUGAGUAAUCACAUGAUGCACAGGCCCAUGUCAGAUCCAGGAGUGUUUUCACAGCAUCAAGGAAUGGAAAGAGAUAACUCCGGCAUUGUACCUGCAUCAGGAGCCUACCAUCAACAUGUUCCAACUGGUUACAUGGAUUUUCCUAAAGUCGGGGUAAUCUAAAAUAUUUUGUUAGACUUACAAAGUGUUGGAGGCCGCCCUUACUUUUAUUCAGUAUUUGCAACAACAACAACAACAAAAUCUGCUCUGCAAAUUUUUUAAUUUGAUUAUUAGUUAAAGGGAAUGGAAUUUAGAAAUACACAACCAAAUAAAUAUUAUUUUUCCUACAAGUAUACAAAACAUAUCAAACUAUAAACUAAGUUAGCUAAACAUGUCCAUUACUUGCAGCAAGUUUCAUCUUCAAGUGAUGCCCUAUUGGAGAUUUUCAUAGAAUAGGGUAAAAUAUUUAGCUGAUGUUCAUAAUGGCCACAUCACUGUAGUAUCUCGGACCAUGAUAAGCUGAAUCAUGUGCUACAUUAAAGGAAAACUCCACAGUCCAAAAGCACUUCAACUUGCUGAUUAAGGAGUUAUCCUAGAUUUCUAUGAGAAAUCGGCACUUCAAGAAAUCAACUAUGGAAUACUCACCUGGCUGUCAGCUAGAGAGGUUUGCAACCUCCUUCCAUUGGCUCCCCUGAUCUAAUGGAAGGUUUGCAGCCUCCUUCCAUUGGCUUCCCUGAUCUAAUGGAAGUUGUAGGCAAACUCUACUUGUGUGUGUCUGCCUCCUCCCAUACAGACCUUGACCAGACCAGACACACAUGCACAAGCUCUGGUUAUUUCCAUGUAAAGAGACUGAAAGUCUCUUCAAGUAAAAAUGGAGUGCUGGGCUAACUGAAGCUGCAGUUUAGCAGGUCAGCAGUCUUUGCAAACUUUUAGGAUAUAUCACUAACGAAUACAUGCAUGAAAAAUGUGUGCAUUCAUAGGGGGUAUAUCUACUAAACAUUAAUUUUAAUUUUUUUUGCAAAUUUGGGCAGUGGAGUCUUCCAUUAAGAUGAACACAGAUCAUAUGUCAAGAUUUUUAAUUUGUAUUUAUUUUUUGCAGAAUACCACCAAAAUGUUAAAUGGGUUGAGGAAAUGGAUUUAGUGUCUACUUUUCAAUUAUGCAUGCAAAGAGUGAGCUUGAUGCAGUUUAUUUUUUAACCCAUAUUUCAGUCACCGCUGUAGUCAUGCUCUGCGACAUUUUUAGUUUGUGAUUCUUCUAAUAAAUUCCUAUGUAUGGGUACUUUUUAUGUGAAUUUUCAGUGUAGCGUGUAUUUUUGCAGGGCAUGCCUUUCUCAAUGUAUGGAAAUGCCAUGAUGCCUCCUGUAGCUCAAAUGCCAGAUGGAACAGGCGGACCUAUUUUCAAUGGACCUCAUGCUGCUGAUCCUUCUUGGAAUUCACUUAUAAAGAUGGUUUCCAACUCAACAGAGAAUGGGCCUCAAACUGUAAGGAAACUGCUUGAUACGUGUUUUUUUUCCAAGUCAUGAAUUUAAUAUGAUUUAGUUUUAAAAUUUCAGACGUUUUAAAACUAUUCUAUUUCAUCAUAAAUGUUUUUUAGUGUGUGUACUACAAGUAAUACUGAAGAGAGACUGAAGUAAAACAUGUCGCUUAUUUCUCAAUACAUUAUGUAGACAAUGCAUUUAAAUAAAUUGAAGAAAAGUUAUUCACCUUUAAAGUGUUCCUGAGUGCACUGUUUGACAGGUCUGUCUUCUACUACAAACAGGUCCCUCACAAACCAGGAAGCGCCUUUGAUCCCAAAAAGCAGUUUGAUUUGUCACAUAAGGGUUCUGGUCAUGUGCAGCUCUCCCCAGAGGCACAGUCUGAGCAGUCAACCUAAGUUUUGUGCAAAUGCCUUGCGCAAAAGCUGUACAAUAAAGUGGGCAGCCAGAACAGAGUAUUUUAAGACUGUGUUAGAGCUGCACCACUUCAAUAUCUAAGCAUCUCUAAAUGAGAGCUGGGUACUAUCUACACCAUCAUCUUUACAAUAAUAUAAAGUUGUGAUGGUGCUUAUUAAUCCUUUAAGUGGAUUGUUUAGUACACUAGCCUGAUACCAUAAGUCUACUUUAUAGAGGUGAUAGGUGAGACUUUAGAAUUAACAUACAUUUUUUUUUUUUUUUUUUCAAUCGUCUUAGUAGUAAAUCUCUUACUGUGUUGUGGUAUAUUUAGUUCAGAUGCCCUACCUCCAGUAGCACUUCCCUCUGGCUACUUUUAGUUUUGCUGGUAAGACUUAAGAGGGAGACAGUAUUGUACACUGUAGAAUAUCAUCAGGCCCUAUAGCUUGAAAAAUGUUACCUGAAGCCUCUAAUAUCUUGGUUUAACCUGGUAUCUUCACUAACAAAUGGCAAUUUGUGCUAUAAGAAUAAAGAAAAAUGUUUACAUCUCAUUUCCCACCAGCUGAGUAUCCUUCAGCAACAAGAUAAAUUGCUGUCAUGUAUUCAGGCUUUUUGUGUUCUGUUCAUUCUGUGUAUAGAAUUCCUAAUACAUAGGGACUUCUAUGCACCAUAACCACUAAGACUGUAAACGUUAUGGUGCCUGAAGUUUCCUGUCGCUGUCCGACUUCUGGUAAGGAGUCAAACCAUUUUCCGUUGAUUUAAAACUUAUUUGGCCCCGGUGCCCUAUUUUUUUUUUUUUUUUUUUUUUUCUCACUAGCAUUAAAGUGGAAUUUCUGUUUCUGCUUUAGCUAUAUUAAUCAUGUGCAACAUUUCACAUUAUUUGUCGGAGACUGUCUGCUGAUGCUUUCAGCUGCUGAAUAAUGUAAAAAGUUGCACAAAAUUAUCAAUAUCAAGAAGAGCAAUAAGACUGCAAUCGCCCAAGCAAAUUGAGUUGCAAAAGCCAGUGAACUCUGGGCACUAUAACCAUUACAGCCUGUUUUGUGACUACAUAUGCAGAGUGUAAAAUCCUUGAAAAUAAGUAUAGAAUUUUGCCUGUAACCAAUGUAUGUACCAAAGAGAAUUGUGUAAAUGUGGCUCUAAAAGUGAAACAAAUGCAAAAAAUCCACACUAAACUGGGUUCAGUAUUGAACUUAAAAUGUAUUUAAAAAAAAAAAAAAAAAAACCUGAAGAUGUGAUAAAACAAUAAUUUAUUUUAGUGCAUGCAGCCGCAUAUUAUUAUUAUUGGCAUUUAUAAAGUGCCAACAUAUUCUGCAGCGCUAUGCAUCUAAAAAGCCACAAAUGAAGUGACUUAAAGGGACACUUCAGGCACCAAAACAACUUCAUCUAAAUUAAAGGACCAUUAUAGUGCCAGGAAAACAUACUCAUUUUCCUGGCACUAUAGUGCCCUGAGGGUGCCCCCUCCCGCCAGGCUCUAGCGAAAGGAAAGGGUUAAAACUUACCUUUUUUCCAGCGCCGGGCCGAGAGCUCUCCACCUCCGAUCCUCCCUUUCGGCUGAAUGAGCUGCGCGCGCAUUCAGCCGGUCUCAUAGGAAAGCAUUUACAAUGCUUACUAUGGACGCUUGCGUGUUCUCACUGUGAUUUUCAAUGAGAAUCACGCAAGCGCCUCUAGCGGCUGUCAAUGAGACAGCCACUAGAGGAUUUGGAGGCUGGAUUAACCCUAUUAUAAACAUAGCAGUUUCUCUGAAACUGCUAUGUUUAUAAAAAAAAAAAGGGGUUAAUCCUAGAGGGACCUGGCACCCAGACCACUUCAUUAAGCUGAAGUGGUCUGGGUGCCUAGAGUGGUCCUUUAAGUUAUGGUGCUAGGAGGCCCCCAGUAGCACUCUUACCUCAAGGGAUUAAACCAAAGGUUACCCCAAAGUUGCCUCCAGUGGUAAUGUCCACUUACCCUCCUACAUCCAGCUUCUGCAUUUUCACCGGGCAGGGGCGCCACUGAUUGGCUGAGAGGGGUCAGCUGACGCUCUCAGCCAAGCAGUGACACCCCAUUCACAAAACUGGCUUGGCAUAGGUAUGUUGGAGAACGGUUUGACCCUUCACGGUAAGAGUGCCCCUGGGGCUUAUUGGAACCAUAACAACUGUAUUUAGAUAGUUGUUUUGAUUCCUGGAGUGUCCCUUGAAUUUUGGAAAGUAAUAAAUAUGUAAAUUAAAUGUACAUUGAGUAUUUUAAUUUUAAAUUUAAAACAAGUUAUUGCCAUUGUAUAGAGUACAUUGGCAUAUGAUAUAUAUGUAAUUUUUUUAAAUAAAUAAACCAGUUAAUAAGCUUUUUUUUUUUUUUUUUUUUUUGUAGGUAUGGACUGGAACCUGGGCUCCUCACAUGAACAGUGUGCACAUGAACCAGAUGGGCUGAAUUGGAUUCUCUAGCAUGGAAAAUCCUAAAGUGAGGGGGGGAGGGGAGGGACAAAACUUUCAUCCCACAGAGGCAAAAAGAUGACAUGCUCACAGAUCAUUCUACUGAUGUGCUUGACUGAAGUGUGUAGGCUUUUUGCAGAAGAACUUACUAACUGACCUUUUUCUGUGACCGUUGUGACCACCCAGUCCCAUCAACAUAAAUCUCACUAGUUAUCCCUUUCUUUUUUUUUUUUUUUUCCUCUUUUUUUUUGUUUUGUUUUGUUUAUGGACAUAACUUUUUCUUUCUUUCCUUUUUUUUUUUUUUCUUUUCUUUUUUCCUUGAAGCUGUUUGGCUGGUUGGUUUUAGUACUGUAAACUGCUUCGAGCAAACACCGAAAAAUUAGCAAAAUUAUGUAACUGAUUCUGAUGUUUUAGAAUGGCAAAUAAAUGUACAAUUGUUUACAUAACAGAAAUGGCUAAGCAGAGAAUUCAAUAUGUCAGUAUAGAGGCUCUACAGUAUGUAGACUUAAAUUAAUGUGAGAUGUACCUUCAUAUUCAGAAAUCUGGAUGUUUCCUUCAUACAUUAAACUAUUAAUAAGCAUUACAUUUCUUCUUGUUUACUUUGGAGCUUUCAUUGAGUGUUAUAUAUUGGUGUUAACUUGAGCACACUAUAUUAUUCACAAAUGCUUUAAUAUAUAUUUAUUAACACAGAGAGCAUGCUACAUAAAUAAAAAUAAAUCAACAGACUUUUAAAUUUGCUUUUGAGGUUCACCAAAAAGCAGUACUUAAAGACGUUAAAAUUAAUAGGCUGUGCUUUGCAACCCAACAGAUUGUGCUCAAUGCUUCAUAUGAACAAAGCAGUUGCCAGACAGACCCUUUAAAACUAUGUAAAUUCAAAGUGUGUUAACACAUUUAUGUUUGAAUGAAUUUGGAAGCUGGUGUGACUGUAAUAUGAGGAUUCUGUUUUUGUUUUCUUUUACACAUGCAAUGUGGUGUGAGAAUCACUGUCACUUUAAGAUUAGUGGGUAGAAUAUCUUUAUAACUUCUGAAACCUCUACUUUGUAGGAGCUACUAUAAAGAAUGGUCUCUUAAAAACACUAGCAUGUCUUGACUCUAUGCCAGUUUUCAAUCUCCUGCUUAAAGGACCACUUCAGCGCUAGAACCACUUAAUUGGAAUGAAGUUGCUAUUUUGCGAACAGGUCAUGGGUGCUGGCUUAUCUGCAUGGGUUAAACAGUUUAAUGCCUACGAUGUUGGUGUGGUGCUUGGAGAGUCCUUUUAACAUAAGCAGUUUUACAUGCCACAUCCUUCACUGAUUGGAACUUUUUAAAUCUGCAUCUAGUAUUUAAAGGGACACUUCAGGCUGCCUCCAGCCCCAAUAACUUCAUCUCAAUUAAGUCCUUAUGGGGGCUGGGGUCACUCCCUUGUCUUCAGAGGUAAACCAUUUUUGCAAUGUUUAACACCAAAGUUGAUUACCAAGUACCAGUUAACUCUGCUUCUCUGGCCCUCAUUCAAUCCAGGAAUAUUUACCUUGGUAGCUCGUGAUAGGCUGAGAGCAUCAGUUUACUUUCUGUCUGUGGAAAUACAGAGGAAACAGUUGUCAGCAGCCAGGGAACCAACUUUGAGGUUUAAAGUUUUUGAAGAGUCUAAACCCUGAAGGUGGCAGUAUUCCUUUAAUGACCGGAUUUAGGAGGCAACUUGUCUGUACGGGAUUAUUUACAUUAAAUGAACUGUAGAUUGAUUGGUCUAGUGUAGACUGAUUAACUCAAAUUUGUGUUCCUCUACUUUGUCUGCACUUCUGUCCAAAAGGUGGAUAACUUGAUGGUUUGUAAAAGUGGCAAAUUAUACUAAAAUGUUUGUGGGGAUUUAUUUAUUUUUUUUCACAACAAAUUUGGUGCAGAUUUGAUUCCAUAUUCACGUUCUUUAACAUUCCAGGUUAUGAACACAUGUUUAAAAUUAAAAUAUGCAAUUUAAUAGGUGUGAAUGUGAUGUAAACACUACACCUCAUUGUAAAACAAAUAUUAGCUUUUGAAUUCACUGCUAAAUAUUGCUGGAAUGGUUAUGAAAACUAUCCCUGUGCAGAGUGUGUUUAGCGAAUGUUAUGUUAAUUGUUUUGCCAUCAAGUACCAGCAGCCUGCGCGUGAUGCAGAGUGGAACAAAUAGUUUACGUUAAUACCAGUGUCAAAAAUCCCUCUAGAUUACCCAUGAGAGAAAAAAAAACUUUCACUUGGCUGUUCAUGUUUUAUUUGCAACUACUCUCUCUGCAUAUUACAGGGCUACCUACUAGUUUGCUGUUUUUUGUAUAUUUUACUUUUUAUUUGAAUGGAGGGGAGACCACACAAUUAUUUUACAAACGUUUUUUAAUCCAGUUUUUGUAUUCUACACUUGAGUUAUUAAUAUUCUCCCAUCAUGUGUGGCCUUGAAGCCAGCCAUAUUGGGGGUAUGGAUAGGACCUUGUGCCAUUUCGAAUGCAGUAACAGUCUACAAUAUCUAGAAUGUCAGAUUACCUGACACUAAAUUUUAAAAUGGCUUUAGCUGGUAAUCAGUACAUCUUUCACACACUUCAACAAAAACUAAGCAUGUGAACUCUAAGGAGACACGAUGAAAAGAAUUAUGUAAGUUUUGCAUGGUUACAAGUCAAUUCAAUAAAAGGCUUUUCAUAUAUUAUGAUAGAUUGUGUUCACUCAUAUAAAUAUAAUACACAGAUUAUAAAUAUAAUACGCAGAGAACACAUAAUGGCCUUGAUUUCAUGAAAGUUCAUCUGCUGCAAAAGCAUAGAACCAAGUCCAAGAAUGGAUAGCCUUUUUAGGCCAUGUACUAGAAGUGACAGACAUCAGCUUUCUUUUAUGAAAAGUCCAAGGCAGCAAUAAGUAAGGCCACUUGUCAGUAUGGACCUCAUUUGCAUCUAUAAAUGCAAUCUGAGAAUUAAAAUGUGCCUUGUCCUUAAAUACCUUUAAAAUUGUACACUGGUAGAUGACUUGUUCAUGUUCUCUUUCCCUACUUUAACAUGUGGCUUUGAACCUCCCUCUCCUUUUGAAAUUUACACUAAUGAAAUGUUGAUCUUUACGUGAUUGGGUUCAGAAUUUUAGUUUUCACAGAAUGCAUCUAUUUCUUACAUAAUCAAUAAAUAAGAGACUUUAAAUGUUGAGGGUUUUUUUUUUGUGUAACUGUAAAUAAAAUUCUCGCACUUUCAAAUUCAUGGUUUAAAAUAAAUUUGCACACCUUUAUGUAACUGAAGCAAAUAGCUUUAAACUAUGUAUUUUGACUAAAUGAUUAAUUGUUAAGCUAGUAGGUUGGAACAGUGCCUAUUUUUAUUUUAUUUUUUGCCAAGAUUUGCAUGGUUGUACAUAUAUAUGCCAUUUUAAAAACAAAAUAGUUAAAGGAUUUGCAAGUCAUACAUACAUACAUAGAAAUCCAUGUAUGCAAACAUAAAUAUUCCUAUUCAUAUCAAUGUUACACAUUUUAGAUUUUAAUUGACCUUAUUGUGUAGUUCCCCUAUCUUACAAUUUAUUGAAAU